GUCACAAGUGACAUGGUGUGCUGAAAUAGUGGGAGGGAUAUCAUAUUGAGUAAGUGCUGAAAAAAUGAAAAAAUAAGUGAGUUAAAAAGGAAGUAAAAGCUGCAAAGGGAGGAAUAGGAGUGAUAGCAUGAAGAGAGCGGAAGGAAGGCAGCAGAGGUGAGGCAUUUAAAUGCUCAGAGCAGGGCAGGGGAGGCAGGGAGCUGGCUGAGCAGCUGGGAGGUGCCAGGAUCAGGGGGGAGGCGGAUCAUGUGCUCGGAGCUCUGUAACACAGGCACUCAGUGGAGGAAGCAGCCCGGGACAAGCAGGGCUGGGGAAGAAGUGCAGCCGCACUCUGCAAACAGGGGAUGCUUCAAUCACCAUCACUACCCCGGACCAGUGUGGACCAACCACUGCCACCCGCCAUUGGUGCUCACAGGAUACCACAGCCUGGCAUCCUCCUGCCAAUAGUACCAAGUACUCGUGGGGUUAUCCAAACGACGCAUCUACUUGUGAUGUAGUGCCAUGCCUGUUUGUACAUGGAUAUUUACAUUAUCUCAGUGCCCUAUAGUGUCUGUCCAUGCAUACCUUCGUAGCGAUAUACGCCGCACUUGGAAUCUUUGGAAUUAUAUAUUUGUAUAAUAUUUUAUUGUUAAUGUUACAAUUCUUAUUUUAGAAUUGUAGGGGAAAACACUUGCUGCUUACUGUUGCUGCUGUUUUUGUUUGAUUUUUGUAGUUUUUUUUGUAUUAUUAUUUGUUUGUUUUUUGGUGGGGUUUGAGGAUGGGGGGCAAUCUUGGGUGCCAUAGGUCUAUCCCUAAGGACCCAUCUGAUCUAUGUCAGAAGAACCGCAAGUACAGUGCAGCCUGCAACUUCAGCAACAUCCUGGUGAGUCAGGAGAGGCUGAAUAUCAAUACAGCUACUGAGGAGGAACUAAUGACCCUUCCAGGGGUGACCAGGCAGGUGGCACAGAACAUAGUGGAGUACAGGGAGUACAUUGGAGGGUUUAAGAAGGUGGAGGACCUUGCACUGGUCAGUGGGGUUGGUGCUGCCAAGUUGGAACAGGUUAAAUUUGAAAUCUGUGUCAGUAGCAAAAGUGGCUCUGCCCAACAUUCACCCAACUCGCUGAAGAAGGACUUAGAACAUGGGCACCAUGGCCAGCACUUAAGUGCAACAAGGGUGAACAUUAAUACUGCCACUGCUCCCCAGCUUAUGUGCCUCAGGGGAAUUACAGAGGAGAUGGCACAAGACAUUGUCCAAUAUCGCAGCCAACAUGGCCCCCUAAAGAGCAUUGAGGACUUGGUCAAGGUGGAAUCUGUUACAAUUUCUUUCUUGGAUAAGAUCAGGCACCAAGUCUAUGUACAGAGAUCUCGACCGCCAUCCACACAAACCAAUGGAGGGCUACAUUUCAUGGCCAAGCCUCAUCCUAGCCCUACUUCACUGAGUCUACAGAGUGAGGACUUAGACUUUCCACCUGGCGGACCAACCCAACUAAUCUCUACUCGCCCAACUGUGGAGAUUUUUGGAGGUGUCAGGGAAGGGAAGCCUGUCCUCAGGCUGGCCUCUUGGAAUCUUCAAAACUGUAGCCUGGACAAGGCAAGCAACCCUGGCGUGAGAGAGGUGGUGUGCAUGACACUACUGGAAAAUAGGUAAGAUUCUGAAGCAACACUUUGCACCUUUAAAAAUUGUAAGUGCUCCAUGUGUUUGCUUUGAAACUUCAAUUUCCACCAUGCAAAAAGUCAUGGUGCUCAACACUAGUCAAACCAAAAAAACUACAAUACUGUAUCAAAAUAGGUGCUUUCAAUACCUUGGCUUUCUCUGUAUUUUUUGAUACAGGAGCUAAGGUCAUGUUACAAGAAUUGUGUCCCUAUGCUUUUUCAAGUGGGUCCCAGUGGGUGUUUUAAGGCACAUUAUAUAAUUCAGGCCUCAGGCCGUAAUUCAAAUAAAGUUUUUAUUGUAAAACCACUGCCUUCCCCAGUGUAAUGCAGAUCACUUUUACCACUGGGAAUAAUCUUACAAAGGUGCAUUGCAGAAAUAAUUUUAGCAUAUGUUAAUACAUCAAACUCGAAUGGUUACUAAAUACAUUUUACAAUUGAGGAACAGGUUGUCAAGAUAUAGUAUGUAUACAUUUUAUUUGGGGGGGAAAUGGAUAGAAGCUCAGUAAUAAUACAUUUUAUUAAUAAGAAAUAUAUGGGAUAAGAUAAGUGUCAAUUAUAAGGAAUCUAAAGGUAAAUAAAUAAUGGAUUAUAUUGUUUGGGAAAAUUUAGAAGGGAUUUUCCAAAUUAAAGUGAGUAAGGGACAUAGGCAGCAUAGCCGCUACAUCUUCAGUUCAUGGUCCAUGGAGGUAAUGGGUACAGUGCCUAAACUCAGUUUUUCGUUAAUCCCAUCUCAGCUGUUUUGAUAACAAUACAGACAUUCAAAGACCAUGCCCUUUGUUUCACUUUCCACAGUUUGUGCAAAAUAAUCAGGCUGGAUUCGGGUGUCAGAAAUAUAUAUAUUUUUUUAUUAUUUAUUUUUUUAUUAAACCACUUGAAAAUGGUUUUCUAAAAGUAAAAGGCACUGCAUCCAUAACCUCUUGUAUCAUAAACACUGCAAUAAACUGUUGUGGUUUUGGGAUGUCUCUUUAACACUAAUAAAAAGAGAUUCUAAUUGCUAUAAUCACUGCAGGCCAAUCUAGUGGGCAUGAUGCAAAGGGCCUUUGGGUGCAUCCCCCGCACCUUAUACCCAGCUUGUUGGUUGUUGCUUAGAUAAGGUGUAAACACCCACAAAGCCUCACCACUAUAAUGAACUGUAGUGUUUAUGGUGCGUAGAAUACCCCUUUAAUAACCUGAUACCCAGAGCUGCGCUCUGUAAGCUAGUGCCAAAUUUAGUGUCUCUAUGCUGACAUAUUAGAUGUGCGUAGGAGGCAAAGUGAUCAAAAACUUACAGGUGUUCUCUUCCUGGAGAACUUGAACUUUUCACUGCAUACUUGAUCUAUGGUUUAAAGAUAACCUGUCAUGGGGUGGAUUCACCAGCAGAUGAAUCUGAGUGUGCCUUCUUUUUUCCGAUUUACACUUUCCAUGCUUAAAUCUUUGGAAGUGUCAUUAGUUAUAUCAUGAGGAGUUCUGCUCUUUUGCUAGAAAGCAGUAUAUAUAGGAAAUGGUAAAAAGUGAACUAUACCGAGGGCAUAACAAAUCCUCAGGAUUAUAUGAAACACAAUUAUAUAAAACAAGGAUCAAAAUGUGUUUAUUCUCACCACUAAUUUACAUCUAUUACGCUCAUUAAAAAUAUGCCCAAUAAAAAUGUUCCCAUUUUAGCCAUGCGAUUCCAAAACCCAUUAGAAUGUUGGAUUUUGCAAAAUUCAGAGGUUGCCAUACACAUUUUGUGGUAUUUGCAGCAUACUCCCCAAUCUCAGCUUUCCAUGAUGCAGGACACAAAUGGACUGGAUAAAACGGGGCAGAUCAGAUUGGCCUGGCGUGAAUGCAGGGCAGACUUUGUCUGCGUGGUUCUAGUUGUCUGAUCACAGUGUGUCAAAUGAUGCUAAAGUGCUAUGCUUUCUGGAGAUAAUUACCUGCUAUCGCCAAACAAAGUUGGAAUGGUGGGACAGGACCCCAAAUUCGGGACUGUCCCAACAAAAUAAGGACAGCUGGGAUGCCUGUUUGCAGUGCCAUUGUAAUAUAAGCAGCAACAAUUACGCACAAAUUAAUUACUGAUAAUUUUGGCAAAGAUUGGUACAUAAAUAAUCACCAGGAAAUAAUCUAGUAAAAAAUAAAACACCCUGAUUUUCAAAAUAUUAUAGGGGAUUUUCGACAAGUUGGUUGUUAAAUUGUCUCAAGUGAGACAAGAGCCAAGAAGAGUCUUGGGGUUAUUCCCUUUUAAAUACUAUAAUUUCCCCAAUACAUUGGAAAACAUUACGUGCUAUAUUUAUAUGAUAUACAUAUAUAGCUGUAUUUACUUUAGGGCACAUAUAUUCAGUUGUAUAUACCAGUAUUAUGUACAUGAAAUUAUAAGCAACAUUGCAGCAAAAAAAAAAAAAAAAAAAAUUAUGGCUGGAUAACUUUGAGUGGUCAAAAUUAAUAAAAUUUUGCAAGAUAUUUACUCAAAAAGUGUUUUACCAAUGAUAAUAUAAUUGGUAUUUAUCUUGUCUUCAACUCUAUCCUGGGAUAUAUAUUAUAUUAUGGUCACAGAUUAAUGGGAAUUCCCAACUUUAUCUUUAAAUAUUGUGUCAUAGUUGGGGUUUAUUUGUUAAAUGCUUAAUUGUAGUGAAUUGAAACCUAACUAGCCAAAUGUAGGCUAAAAUAGCAAGCAAUUGUUAUCUAAAUGUGGCUAUUCGGUUUGUAAUUACCGGUAUCUUUUUAAAUUCAGUGUUAAGUGAAUAAACCUCAGUUUAUGUUUUUUGUUUUUUUUAAAAGGGUAUUUAAAGAAAAAUAAUGCAUUAAAGGAACACUAUAGGGUCAGGAACACAAACAUGUAUUCCUGACCCUAUAGUGUUAAACCCACCAUUUAAGUGGCUUGCCCCCCCUUAGUCCCCUUAAAAGGAAUUAAAAUCACCUUUUUCCCAGCCCCGAUCCGCCUCCUUGAUGACAUCAUCAGAAUUGCAGAGUUUUAGCCAAUCCAGUGUUUUAGCCAAUCCAUGGGAAAGCAUUGGAUUGGCUGAAAUCGGCAAGGAGGCAGGAUGGGGGUGGGGCCAAGCACAGUUUUGGUCAGUCAGCACUUCUUCAUAGAGAUGCAUUGAAUCAACACAUCUCUAUGAGGAAAAUUCAGCAUCUCCAUGCAGAACGUGGAGACGCUGAACGGCAGUGGUGCCUACUGUGCAGCACUGCCACAGGAAGCAUCUCCAUCUGAGGAGUGGCCACUUGGAGGUGUCCCUAGGAGAAAUGUAAACACUGCCGUUUGCAUAAAAAGGCAAUGAUUAUACCCAGAACAACUAAAUUAAGCUGUAGUUGUUGUGGUGACUAUGGUGUCCCUUUAAUAUUACCAAUGUAUUAAAUGUGUUCUGAGUGUUAGCAUUAUAACAGUGUGAGAAGUUUAAAUCAGUGAUUUUUAACCCUUGGCCAAAAUUGGGUUUGCAUGUUAUUUCAUUGAGUCCCCAAUAGGUGAAAGAGGCACAUCAUGUUUAUCAGUCCCCAACCCACCAAAAAUUGUCAACUGAAUGCAUGGUUAGUGACCAGAAAAUAACAACGGAGAAUAAACUGUUAGUCCCCAGUCUUCUCUGAAAUAUACACGUUUUAGUUUAAUACAAGUUGAUAAUGCCAAAUUACACAGCUUUUAUAGGAAAUUCAAACUUUCUACAUGUGUUCAUUUAUAUAUGAUCAACAUAUGUUUUUCAUCUUUGUUUUUGAAGGGAUUUGUAGUUAGUCACAUAGUUACAUAGUUACACAGCUGAAAAGAGACUUGCGUCCAUCAAGUUCAGCCUUCCUCACAUUUGUUUUUUGCUGUUGAUCUAAAAGAAGGCAAAAAAAACCAGUUUGAAGCAUUUCCAAUUUUGCAACAAACUAGGGAAAAAAAUUCCUUCUUGACCCCAGAAUGGCAGUCAGAUUUAUCCCUGGAUCAAGCAGCUAUUACCCUACAUUGAAAGAUUAUAUCCUUGAAUAUUCUGUUUUUGCAAGUAUGCAUCUAGUUGCUGUUUGAACAUCUGUAUGGACUCUGAUAAAACCACUUCUUUAGGAAGAGAAUUCCACAGCCUUAUUGUUCUUACAGUAAAAAAACCUUUCCUUUGCCUUAGUCGAAAUCUUCUUUCGUCCAGUCUAAAUGCCCAUGAAUUGUGGAAAUCAGGACUAACUUACAAUAAAAACCUCCAUCAGAUUAUAUUUUAUGAUAUGUCCAUAAUAAGCAUUCAUGUAUUAAAGGAACACUGUACUUACUAUAACAACUUCAUCUAGAUGAAGUUGUUAUAGUGCCUAUUGUAGUUCACCUUUCUUUGUGACCUUUAAUGACUUGGUUUUAAAAAUUAGAAGGCUUGGAGGCAAGGCUUCCAGCCACGCCUCCAUUCCUCUUGGUAGGAGAGUCGGGACUGUUACUUUCUGGCUCCCGUACCCCAGCAUACCGUGAUGUCACACUUGCAUGCACAGUGCCGUUACGAUCAGUCAUAGAGCAUCUAUGGGGAGCAUUUGAUUGGACCGUCAUCCUAUUGGCACUAGAAAGAUGGUGAGUACAUUUUUUGUUUGUUUAUUAUUUAUUUUCGUUUUUAAAAUGUAGGCUGUGGAGGGGGGAGUUAGUAGAAUGCAGUAGAGUUAGGAAUGCAGAUUUCUAUUCCUAAAGCUACAUUGUCCCUUUGAGUCACAGUGUUAAAUUCACCUUUGCAGGAGCAAACGUAUUUUUAUCUCACAUGUUCAUAUGCCAGACAAUAUUUAAAGGCAUAAGAGGAAACAAGAUUGUGGACUUUGUAAGCUUCAGUGUAGUGAUACAGUAUGACAUAAAUAAAAAAUAUUGUGGGUUAUUUAUAAAGAGCAAUUAGCCAGCCAGAUAUACACUGAUCAGCCACGACAUUAAAUCCACCUGCCUAUUAUUAUGUAGGUCCUGCUGAUGCUGCCAAAUGAGCUCUGUUGCAUCGAGGCGUGGACUAUAAUUUCCCCAGGACAUAAGAACACAAUACGUGCAGUGCGUACAAUAUAUCUAGCCACAGCUGUAUUUAUUUUAGGACAAAUAUAUUCAAUUAUAUAUAUUAUGUCGAUGACAUUAUCAGCAACAUAGCAGUAUUUGUAAAAAUGUAUGGCUGGAUAACUUUGAAUGGUUGGCAUUAACAUUUUUGAAGAUAUCUUCUUAAAAAGUGUUUUACUAAAAAGAAUAUAUUGAUAUUUACCCUGUCUUUAACUACAUCCCGGGAUAUCUGGUUAUUUAUUUAUGGUCACAUAUUAAUGGCAAUUGACAGCUUUGUUAUCGAAUAUUGUGACAUAGUUGGAGUCUGUUUGUUAAAUGCCAAUUUGUAGUUAAGUUAAACCUAACUAGCAAAGUGUAGGCUAAAAUAACCAAGCUCUGACCUGAGAAAACGGACCAACCACAUGCUCCUCUAUAGAGGCAUUUAAUUGGACCAAGGAGAGGCAGGUUGUGAUGUAACAUUAGGGUUGCCUCUAACAUUGGGGUUGCCACAUUCACCAAGCUUCCUUAGAGACAUAUUGUUUCAUAUUGGAUGGACAGCGUAUGCAUAUAUAUUCUUCCCAGCAGUAUAUAGAAUAUGUAUGUUCAGGUAUCCUUAUUGAUUUUAAUGCUUUUUCCUGUUAUGAGUGUAAUACAUGUGCAUUUUAUAUGUGUAAUGUGAAAUCAAAGUGCAGUAUAUUUGAGGCCUCUGUGAGACCUGUGUAUGGAAAUGGUUGUUUUACUCUGACUGCAGACUUACAUUUGAGCUGCUGCCUGAAGUGGCUAGAAGGGAUGAAAGGUUAAAAAAAGACCUCCUCCUGGGAAGCUGACACACAGAAGGCAGCAGUAGGUCCACAGGAGUUUUGGAAACAACUCUUUCCUCAGCUUGAUGACUCUACCAGCUAUUUGGGCAGUCAAAUACAUAGCUUUGGAGGUGGGAAAAGGGGUAGCAAAUAACCAGACACCAAAAGACAGGGGAGGACCAAACUUCCUGCAGCAUGUAUAUGUGAUCAGGUCACAAGUAUUCACCUGUCUGGCACCUCGGGCGAGGACCAGUCCUCGUGCUCACUUCUGUUUUGGCCCCUGCUUAAAUUUGACAUUGAUCCUCACUUUAGUAAAUAACCCCAUUUGUCUCAAAGUCAGUCACAUGGAAAAACUAAUUCCAUAUAUAUAUAUAUAUACAUAUAUAUAUAUAUAUAUAUAUUAUUUAUUUAUUUAUUUAUUUGGUUUUGUUUCAGCUUGUACAUAUCGUAUCAAUAUUCAUCAAUACAUAACAUUUCAUGUCAUCAUUAAUCUAGAUAUAUUUUUAUUUCAUAAAGAAAGGCAUUUAUUUGUUUACGCAAAAAAAGCAACUUUUACACUAUUAGUACACCACAGUCUGUGUUCUUUGUUACACACUCUUACAGUGGCGUUUUCAUAAUUUGCAAAGACCCACGAUGGUUAAAUGGCUGCUGGAGUUCCAGUGGCAUGGGAGGGUGGGGUGUGCAGGCAAAAGUGAGUUUAACUUACCUGAACCAGUCCCUUGCUGGCACCUCCAUCUUCUUCCAGCCGGUCCCUUUUCUGUUCCUGGUGCUUGAGAGCCAGAAGCGGAUGUCACAGUUGUACUCUCGCACACUGGUCACUGGUUACUGCUGGGGAGUAUUGACAUUUCUAGACUGCUCGGUGUAUAGAAGUGUCAGGCAUUGGAAAUAUACAGACACACAUUAGUCCCUACUUUGACUCAGUAUUUCUUUUGACUGGGUUGGGAUGUCACUGAAUUUUGAACACUGUCAAUAUGAGUACUUCAUAAAGAUUUUAUCUUUAAGAAAUAGCCAUUUUCUGUGUGUGUGGGGGUGGGGGUUGGUCUUUAAUAGGACUGACAGUGUAUAUUUGUUAAGUGAAGCACUAAGCAGGAACAGUCCAUUGGGAUGCGUGUAGACUAGUCCUCUUUAUACUCCUUCCUGAAACCAAAUCUGUUGGAAAAUCAAAUUACAUACUCUGGUUUGGCUUAGGGAAAAGUUCAAAAUAUGACAGUUACCAUGGAAACCAGUGGAAUUUUCCUGCUGAUUGUUCCACGUCCAGAAGUUUGCCCCUGAAAUUGCAGUUUAUAAAUACCACUGUAAUCUCUUCGCCAAAGUCAUUCCUUCCAUAUUGCAGUGCGCACGCAUGUGACACUUUGGCGCUCAAGUUAAUUUACAUGUGUCAGGACAUCCAGACAUAUAAUUAAAAGUAUGAGACAAAGGUUUGGAAUUAAAAAAUAAUAAUAAUAAUAAAAAACAGACUGGCAGACUAGUAUGGAGAAGACUAGUAAAUUUAAACCAGACUUUUAUUAGUAAUCCACCCAUAAGGAAUAGUUAUAUGAUACAUGUAAUUACUCUAAAUGUUCUGCAAUUUAUUAUUCUAAACGUACUAGAGAUUAUUUUCCAAGAUAGGCUAAACUGGGCUCUUGGCUGAGCACCAUGAGAAGUGUCUUUCACAAGUAUCUUCAUUAUCAAAGUUCUCCAUCGAAUAUUUUCAUCUGAAAAAAUGUGUUAGAAAAUCUGCCCAUUUGUGUUUUUAAAUAAUUAUAUAGUUAUUUACUCUUGCUAGUUGAAGUUAGUGUUUACAGACCCUUACUGGAAGCUAGAUUUAGAUUCCCUGGUCUCGGAGUGGUAGUGCUUUUUCUCUGAGAUAUAGAAUUUGACCCCCAAAGUUAGUUCCACAGUACUUGCAGCCAAAGUGAAGAAGAUAUGCUCCCAUUGUAUCUUUCUGGUAGUAUGAAAGAUAGUUUACCGGGAUUGUUGGAUAAUUUAAAUGAAAACAAAAAUUGUACCUUUCCCUUACUUUGAGGUAUUAUUACAUAGGUAAUUCUUUAAAACCAUGCAAAAAAAAAGGGAAAAAAGUACUUUUUUAAAGAUCCAAUUGCUUACUGGACAUGCAUAGCAAGAGACAGUAGCAACACACUCCCUCAGUACUUGGAAAAUUAGGUGAGUCAGAAGAUUCUCUUGUGGCCUGUGGUGUCUGACUUUUUCCCAUAAUCACUUGUCAAGUGAGAUUUAUGGGUUAAGUAGUUUAGCAUCCAGCAGCAAUUCCACUCAAAUAAGAUGAGUGGAGCCUCUUUAUAAACUGAUAACAAACAUAAAUAAUAAACUAAUAUCAUAGUUUUGUGAAAUCAAAUCAUGCCAAAUUAGGCAAGCUUAAAAGCAUAUUUGCAAUAUUCAAAGUUGUGAUGGUGCUUAGGGAGAAUCAUUUUCAAGCUAAUACAAGCUAAUGUAUGGAUAUUUGUCCUUUGUAUAUAAUCUGUAAAUGCUAUGUCCAAUUUUAAUCACUGCAUUAAACUGCAGAUAUUUAAAUGGGCACUGUAAACUACAUAAUCACUACAGUGCUCUGUAGUAGUUAUGGUGCUUAGAGUGCCCCUUUAAAAAAACUAUGGAGAUUAAUAUGCAUAACAGUGAUUUGUGUUGAUACACAAACUGAUAUGAAAAACCUAGGCACAACUAGCUACUUAGUAGAUAGACUACCUAUGUUUUGCAGAUGGCCUACCAUGCCCACAUUUAAGUGUCUCUAUUCUCACAAGGUUACUUUGUAGCAUCUUACAGCACUUUUAAAUGUGCUUCUUCCUUAUGUUAUUACAUUUUAAAUCUGGUCAGCAGUUUUUUUUUUAAAUAGUAUUGAACGUAAUGAUUGGUAACGAACCUGAACUGUGCGUAAUACUUCCUUGAUGAUUCUGCAUCAUCAGUACGGUCCUCCGUUUGUGCAGAAGUGAUAUUUGCUCACGGGUAUAUUUCAUAGAUAAGCUAGUACUCAAAAGAAAAUAUGUUACUGUACCAACUAUAUUGGAUAGAGCUUCUCAACCCUUCCACUAAAAGUAGUAAUGUGCACUACUUCCAAAGAAAAGAUCCCUGAUGGCUUUCUCCAAUAUCGUCAGCACUGACGAAUACCACUGGGCACCAUAGAGUAUCAGCUGGCAUGCCAAGCUAGUGAAUGAUGUAAAAAAAAUGAGACAUUGAUAUUAUCAAUGUAGAAUAGUAAUUUUAGCAGUGUCACGGAACACUGGAAGGACUGCCAGAGGUUAAAAACAAACAAACAAAACAAAAAAAAUGGUUUGACUACUUACUGUAGGACAGCACAGGAGACUCUUGGCACCAUAAUAACUACAGUGGCUAUAGUGGUUAUAGUGCUUAGAGUGCCAGUUUAAAACCUGAGGCUAGAAGAAGAGUACAUCCUAUGUCAGGUCCAACAAACACAUUGUCCGUGGAGGGUAUAUUAUUUUAUUGACUUAAUCACUAAAGGAAAUAUAUAUAUCGAUAUAUCACAUUUUGAGUAAAAUUGUAGAAUGUGUCAUCUCCCAAUGGUGCUUGUUAUCCUGAAGAUUUAGCUUUAUGCUAGACUGCAGUGUUGUGCGCAUUCAGUAAAAAAUGUUUUUUUCCAACUUACUACAAAAAUUUCAGAACCUGGCAAAUUCAUAUUAACCCAACUGAAACAAUCGCACUCCUACACCCCCAUUCCUGUUCUAGAAAAAGCAGGAUAUCCUUAUUUAUGGGAGCUGCGCUGUCUAUUGCCGCAUCACUGAAGUUAUUAUGAUGCCUGCAGAUCACAACUAAGAACUGUAAAUCAAUUCACUGCAUACAAGCUUCUAAUCUUGUUCAGAUAUAGCACUGACAACAUCCACUCUGUCACAGAGGUGCAUGUGACGACUAAUAUAAUGUACAUUGCCGGGCAGCCCCUAGUGACUAAUGUACCCAGCAAAUUACUGACCAUAUUUAUAAUAACUAUAGAUAAUAUUAAAUAUACUGGUACUAUUUCAAUACAUAGAGUAUCCAUUUAAAUAACAGUAGCUGAGCUUGUUGUCUGGUGACCCCGCACUUGGUGACACUUGGGACCUACUCACAAACUCAGGGCAUUAAGCCCAUAAUUAGAGUGUUUAAAAAGCGCUCUGCACAGGUUGUGCCCUAAAUGAGGCUGGCCAGAGAGGCUGACAUGCUUCCAUGUCGGUCAGACCCGCCAUCUUUACAGGCAGGGCCGUCCCUUACCCAGAUGGGCUUGCUCAUUGUCAUAACUCCUUCAGGAGUUCCAUAUCUCACUUUCAUAUCUCCCAUUAGAGUUUAUGUUUUUCACUCAGGUCGGCAAAUUAUACGAGUUUUUUCAAAGGGAUUUUUACCUCAGACCAUUCUACAGUAGUAUUUAUCAUCUGUUAACUAGGAAAUCCCACACUUGAGUCGGUCCUUUAUAGGAGGAAUAUAAUCCCUUUGUGUAUAACUACACUAAAGUCAUAGCUCCUUUUAGGCGGUUAUUCAUCUUCCUGUCUAUUCUGUGAUACAGACAAAGCUCCUUGAAUCUUAAACCAGGCAAUAGGUCAAUAAACAAAUCUGAAUUACAGGGCUGAACACUUGCAGCACAACUAGAUUGGAAUACUGGUGUGUUAGUGGCAGCCAUUACAACUGGUCUCGCUGAUCACAUCUUACACUAGGCAAUGGCCAGAGAUCUUACUUGUGAUCUAGAAGAUAUCUUCGCUUAACUAACUCGCAUUGAUAAAAUAUCACAUUGAUACUAUGUUAAUAGAAAUAUGAGCUAUUAAGAGGAAGAUUAGAUACCCAGAAAGCACACACAGUUUUACCCUUUUCUGUCAGGACCCAUGUAGUUGGGUCUAUUAACACUUUCAGAAGAAGAGAGGGUAUAUUGUGGGGAAAAGUGUUUAAUCUGUUAAACUGAUUUAGCACUAUUAGACACUUGUGGGGUGCACGGACAGCCUUAAAAUCUUAAACUUACUCUUAUUGCAGUUUGUUGGUUAUUGUGAUGGUUUAUGUUUGAGCACAUUCUUUUGGGAAACUUGAUACUUUUAGUGUUGGAGUCUGUGUACAGCAUCCACUUUGUUGCACUUAAAAAACAAACAAAAAAAAACUAACAAACAUUAAUUUAGCACAUUUUUUAAAGGAAUAUUUAUGGUAAUUUCUUUAACUUGCUCCUUGUUACGGUAAAAAGUUUUGCCAUCAUCCCUGAAAUGACCAAGCUAAGCAUAUUUAAUGUCAUAUUUAAUGACAUACUUGCUUUUCAGCUGUGUGCUGAUGUCACUAUUAAAACUACAGUGCAUGUUCUAAAUGAUGUCAAAUGCACUGCUACGCAUGAUAAUUAUACAUGUUUUUUAGAACCUGCAUUGUUUACAUUGCAUGGUUAAAUUCACUGCUGGUGGCGGUCUUUAAAACGCAGACGCUCCCAUAGGAAAGCAUUGAUUGAAUGCUUUCUGAUGGGGAAGAUUGCAUGCGCACAUUGGACCAUUGUGGACGAGGCUAUGCCUCAUCUAUGACAUUGCAUUAAGAGGAGCUUCUGUGCUUGAAAAGGGUAAGUAAAAAGCUUUAUUUUAUGAAACUGUAUUGGGAAAAGGGGAGGACAUCUUGAAGUAGGGCCACUAAAAAGUUAGGAAUACAGGUUUGCACUCCUAACACUUUAAAGCAAUAUAAAGCAAGUAAUACAAGUCACUCAUAUGUUAAAAAUAAAUACAAACAAGUGUCCACUUUAACAAAUCAAGCUUAAUGACUUUCCUUUUCAACUCUAGCCAGGCCACUUUUUGGUGUAAAGAAUUAAAACACAUGAAAGGUUUACCAGGAGUAGCAUUUACUUUAAAUUGCUCUUCUACUCGCCUUGCUAAGUUAAAACAUUCUCAGUGAGUAUAGAAGACAAAACACCCAGCAUGUGCAAAACCAUAACAAAAUAUAUUUAUUAAGAUAAAAAUAUGCUUACAGUGUCUCAAUGAUAGCAUGCCAAAUACCGUAGUUGUCUGUCUACCAAGCAUGGACUGCCGUGUGCACUUUAGAUUAUUUAAUCGUCCAUCGGUGUUUACUUGUCCUCUGGUAGACCCAGACCUUGGGAUCCUUUGUUCUGCCCACGAAGGCUGAAACUUCAGGCUUAAACUUUCUUCAGCUUCACAAAUCAGUAAAGCUCUUAAGCAUUGUAUUAUAGCAGCAUGCUCCGUCCACUUUCUCUAUUGGCAGGGGACUAUGAAUAUCCAAAUCUGGGGCUCCAGAACUAAGUGUUUCUGUGGCUACAACUGUGAAUGUCUGAUGCUCACGCUACUCAAUGACAGCAGGCAUUUAGCGAAUAGUGGUUGCAUGGGCAAACUGUUCUGUCUUAUGGAUGUUCAUAAAAGAAAACUGAAACCUUUACAUAUUGCCACUAUAAGGACAUAAUUUUCUUCGAAUUAGAUUUAUUGAUUAUAUAAAAAUGCUGUUUUAUACGGUCUUAAAGGAACUCUGUCAGCAAAUACAAACUUCAUCUAAUCUAUUUCUAUAUGGAUCCCUGUGUCUGAAUUUCAUUUUAUUUUCCGAGUCCUCUAUUUUUAAUUAAAUACAAAAAUAAAAGUAGGUAUUCCUUGUCCUCAUAUAUAGCAGUCAGGAUGAUAAAACUCUGAUAAUGGGUGGGGUUUAAUCAAUUUUACCCACAAUACAACAGUAAAAUCAAUUACACAAAAUGGAAACUGCAGACAUCAUGGACAGAGGAGAACAAAAUGACUGCUCCCAGAUAUUGAGAUCCUGCACAAGGAAAAAAAGAUAAAUAAAGUCAGCUGGCAAGGAGAAGAGUAUAAUCAUAUAUAGUAUAUAGGGUACAUUAGGAAAGGAAAACCAAAGUAAAAAUGACAGGUCCACUUUAAAACUCGAUGCUACAAUGCUCCCUGGUGCUCCAGUGACACCAGGCAGUCGGUAUUGAUGGGCUGAGAGUGCUAGCUAACCACUCUCAUACAAUGAUUAAAGGACCACUAUAGUGCCAGGAAAACAUACUCGUUUUCCUGGCACUAUAGUGCCCUGAGGGUGCCCCCACCCUCAGGGUCCCCCUCCCGCCCGGCUCUGGAAGGGGGAAAAGGGUUAAAACUUACCUUUUUCCAGCGCUGGGUGGAGAGCUCUCCUCCUCCGUUCCUCCUCCUGGGCUGAAUGCACACGCGCGGCAAGAGCUGCGCGCGCAUUCAGCCCGUCGCAUAGGAAAGCAUUUACAAUGCUUUCCUAUGGACGCUUGCGUGCUCUCACUGUGAAAAUCACAGUGAGAAGCACGCAAGCGCCUCUAAUGGCUGUCAAUGAGACAGCCACUAGAGGAUUAGGGGGAAGGCUUAACCCAUUCAUAAACAUAGCAGUUUCUCUGAAACUGCUAUGUUUAUAAAAAAAAUGGGUUAACCCUAGAAGGACCUGGCACCCAGACCACUUCAUUAAGCUGAAGUGGUCUGGGUGCCUAGAGUGGUCCUUUAACAUUUUGUGCAACAUAAGUUGCACAUAAUUGAUAUUAGCCAGCCCAAAGCUCUAGUUCCGAGCUGAUGACACCCCAGUGAUGCUGCCAGGGGUGGAGGUACACCUUCAAAGCCAAACACUGCACUUACAGAUGCCACUUCAAAUCAUUGAAGUGGUAAAUAGUGCUUGAAAUAGCCCUUUAAAACUUAGUGAGAUUUUUAGAAAUGCUAGUGUUUAUUUGGAAUAUAGCCAAACACAUCCCCUAUUUGAUACUAUUACAUGAUUUCCCUAUCCUCACAACAGCCUAACUCAACACAUCUAUCUGAAACUGGGUACAAAGAUGUGAAGCUUAGAUGUUUGAGUAAUGUUGAGACUCAUUUAGUGCUUUACAAGAAUGUUUACACUGUUAUGUGUCUCUGUUCUGUUCUCUACCUAGAGAAUGAAGUACUCACAUGGUGCCACAUUUUGGUAUAAAAAAAGUUACAAACUAAUCCAGAUUGUUGGUGGCAUUGCUGAUUUGAGUAUCCGUGUGCCAUGUGUGGUGGGUAAACGCUGUCACCUACGCUUAUGGUCAUUAUUUAUAAAUGUUUGCAAAAAAACAAGAGUAAAAUGCACACACUAAAAAAAGGGGGGAAUACUUCCUGCAGGGAAAGGGAUGGUCAAUCUCUGAAGACAUCAAAUGGAAAUAAGGAAUAUCCAGGCACAUCUGAGGUUUCUUCUAAACGGCAGUCUUUAUUUGAAACAAGGAAGUGGAGACAAGGUUUUGGCUCCUCUUGUUAAAGGCUCAGAGAGGAGCCGAAACGUUGUCUCCACUUCCUUGUUUCAAAGAAAGACAGUCUUUUAGACAAAACCUAAGGUGUGCCAGGCUGUUUAUUUUUUACAUUAGUUCUAAAUGUAUGCUCGAUGUGACUCAUGAAGCAUUUUUUUAAAUCAGAAAUUACAUUUAAAGAUGUCCCCCCUUAAAUGACAUUAAUAAUAGGUUAUAGAUUGGAAAAAAGGACUGUCCGCCAGAAAAGUCAGUGUUUGUACCUGAUGUUGCUACAAAAAACAAGGACAAAGUUAUUAAUGUGUUAAAAUAUGUCAGUGAGAAAAAAAGUUUGAAAGCAAACAUUAAUCAUUUACUAAACGCUUGACCAGAGUGUUAACUUAAUUCUUAUGUAAGGUGAUUACGUUUAGUUAUGCCCGGAAUUUCUCAACAAAGGAUUUCUUUUAAUUUCAUUGUACUGCUUUCACACUAGAUGUUGUGAUGAUAAAAUUUUAUCUAUUCUGUUUAUUUUUCUGCUUUGAUUCUGCUGCUGACAGCAUUGCUAAAUUAGGCAAUGAUUGUGUAUUGCUUAAUUUGUAAUGAAUUCAAAAAUUAAUUGCAAAAUUCUGAAAAAGUAAGUCGUGACUAUAGAAGAGUUGAAGAAUAUAUCUAAAUUUGCUGUUUUAGGGUAAAUCGGGUUUAUAUUCAUUAGUAUUCACUAUUUAUGGAAUAACGGUUUAGUGUCUCCCAGGAAGGAAGGCAUGAAUCGUGAACAUACACUGUGGGGAAGUAGUAAAAAAAAAAUAUGUGGUGCAGUGUUCAGUGGUGGCUGGUGAGGUUUAACCCCUAAGGACACAACUUCAGAAAUAAAAGGGAAUCAUGACGGAAUAUUUCCUUCAUAUGUCCUUAAAGGACCACUAUAGUGCCAGGAAAACAUAUUCGUUUUCCUGGCACUAUAGUGCCCUGAGGGUGCCCCCACCCUCAGGGUCCCCCUCCUGCCCGGCUCUGGAAGGGGGAAAGGGGUUUAAACUUACCUUUUUCCAGUGCUGGGCGGAGAGCUCUCCUCCUUCUCUCCUCCUCCGUUCCGCCCCUCGGCUGAAUGCGCACGCGCGGCAAGAGCUGCGCAUGCAUUCAGCCGGUCGCAUAGGAAAGCAUUUGCAAUGCUUUCCUAUGGAUGCUGGCGUGCUCUCACUGUGAAAAUCACAGUGAGAAGCACGCAAGCGCCUCUAGUGGCUGUCAAUGAGACAGCCACUAGAGGAUUAGCGGGAAGGCUUAACCCAUUAAUAAACAUAGCAGUUUCUCUGAAACUGCUAUGUUUAUAAAAAAAAUGGGUUAACCCUAGCUGGACCAGGCACCCAGACCACUUCAUUAAGCUGAAGUGGUCUGGGUGCCUAGAGUGGUCCUUUAAGGGGUUAAAGAUAAUGGGGCAGUGUACCCCAACAUGACCUGUUCAAAGCAAGCUGCAUUUCCAGUAAUCAGUAAAGGGGAAAAUGGAAACUGAAGAUAUAAUCACAACAGACUCUUGUUUUCUCUCACACACUUCUCAGUAGUCCUUACUAUGCUGAUCGAUUGAAUAGGCAGGAUUCCUAACCUCAGAGUAGUGAUGAUACAUGUUCCAGCUUGCCCAAGACUACUGUGAGUUAUGUUGCCAUUUUCUUUCUGUCCUCUCACAAUAGAGAGGACCUGAGAAGACAGAACAAGCACAAUUGGAUCUCCCCAGCUCAUUUCCCCAGAGUAUCACAGUCAAAGGAUGGCUGGAUUAAUAACCUUUAACAGAUUUUGCCCUGUAGGAUACCUCCCACUCUCUCUCUCACAGUCAGUCCAGGACAUGUAUGCUGUCAAAAGAUUAAAGGAACAUUAUCGCAUGAGGAAUACAAGGAUGGACUACCUAUUUGGGUGCCUGCGACCAUCCAGUAUGGAAUAAAAUGGUGUUUUGCUUACCAUUUCUCAAUUUUUGUGAUAGUUUUUCUGAGGCUGGCUGUGCCUCCGAAGAUAUGAUCAUCAGUCGUGAUUACCUCAGCCACGCCAAUGGUUUCCCCUUGGAAAGCAUUGAGAGGUUAUUGCUCAUGAACAGCAAAACGCUGCACCAAUGAGUAUCUCCUCACACGGAUGCAUUGAAUCAAUGCAUCUCUAUGGGGAGUGUUUAGUGUCUCCGUGCAGAGCAAUGAGACCCUGAACGUAGGUCUUGGAAAGAUUGCACGACCUAACCCAGAAAGUCCCUCUAGUGGCUGUACGAGUGACAGACACUAGAGGUGUUACUAGGCAGCAAUGUAAACACUGCCUUGUGUCUGAAAAGGCAGCAUUUACAUUGCUGAGACUGCAGGGACAUGCUAUAGACACCAGAACCUCUACCUUAAAGCGACACUAUAGGCACCCACACCAUUUGAUCUUAGUGACCCAGUCCCCUUAACACUGCAAUGUAAAACAUUGCAGUUUUAGAGAAACUCCAAUGUUUACAUUGCAGGGUUAAGCCUGUCUACCAGACAGCCACUUGAGUUCAACUCCGUGAAAUUAUGCUAGACGUCCUCACGCUUUACAUUAGGACGUCCAGCAUCUUGAAAAAGGAAAGCAUUGAUUGAUCGCAGUGAUGUUGCGAGAGGAGGAGGCAAAUGAAGGAAGUGAAAAAAGGAUUUUUCACCCAUUUGUGACUGUGAGGGGAAGAGGGGAUGCACACAUAGGCGUGCGCACGGGGUGUGCCGGGUGUGCCUGGGCACACCCUAAUCCCCGUGCGCACGCCUAUGGUUUGAGUCCUGCAGGAACAGUGUUCCUGAACUUUUUUUUAGCAGGAACGCUGUUCCUGCAGGCACUCAGUGUCCCCUGUCUCACCUCUUGCCCCUGUCAUGGGAGGGCAAGAGGUGAUGAUUCCCCCCCCCCCACCCUUCAGCUCAGCGCGCGGCGAAGGAGCUCUCUGCUCUCUGCUUCCUCUCGCCGCGCGCUGAUGCCGGGAGCCGGAAUAUGACGUCAUAUUCCGGCUCCCAGCUACAGCAGACAGCCCGCGCGGCGAGAGGGAGCAGAGAGCAGAGAGCUCCCUCGCCGCGGCUGAGCUGGAGAAAGGCGCCUGCCCCCACUGGACCCCAGGAACAAGUCCACCAGCACUCCAGGUAGGAGGCUGGGUGGACAUUUAAAAAAAAAAAAUUAAAUAUAAUAAUUUGUGUGUGUGUGUGUGUGUGUGUCAGUGUGUGUGUGAGUAUGUGUCAGUGUGUGUGUGUGUGUGUGAGUAUGUGUCUGUGAGUGUGUGUCAGUGAGUGUGUGUGUGUCUGUGUGUGUCAGUGAGUGUGUGAGUAUGUGAGUAUGUGUCUGUGAGUGUGUGUCAGUGUGUGUCUGUGAGUGUGUGAGUGUGUGUCUGUGAUUGUGUGUAAAUGUGUGAGUAUGUGUCUGUGAGUGUGUGUGUCAGUGAGUGUGUGAGUAUGUGUCAGUGUGUGUCUGUGAGUGUGUGUCAGUGUGAGUGUGUGAGUAUGUGUCUGUGAGUGUGUGUGUCAGUGAGUGUGUGUGUCAGUGAGUGUGUGAGUAUGUGUCAGUGUGUGUGUGUGAGUAUGUGUGUGUCAGUGUGUGUGUGUGUCUGUGAGUGUGUGUGUCUGUGAAUAUAUAUAUGUAUGUGUAUAUAUAUAUAUAUAUUUAUAUAUAUAUAUAUAUGUGUAUAUAUAUAUAUAUAUACACACACACACGCGGCGUAUGUUUGUGCUUUAGGGUGCACACCCUAAUGCAAUAGGCUGCGCACGCCUAUGGAUGCACAUGCAGAGUGUUAGAUAUAUAACACUAUAUACUAUAGUGUUUUAUUUAAUCUGUAGUGGUUCUGGUGACUGUAGAGUACCUUUAAAUGAUUCCGAAGACAAAAACAAUCAUCUAUAUAUAAUUAUGAAGUAUUAUGUGGCUUGUUAUGAUGAGGUAUUACAUGCAAUGUUAUAUCCUUGCUGUGUAUCAGGAUGUGUUGAGCAGGUUUUUAGGUAUAUGGAAAGAUAAAUGCAAAAUCUAGCAUUUUAUUUGACAUGUAUGUGGUGUUAUUCAAUAUGAAAUAUGUAAAAAAUAAAUAAAUACAAAAUUAGAAGGUUUACUCAAUUAUAAAAUCAAAUAAUUUGCAUAGAUGAGAACUUUCUUAAUGCAGGUCCAGGCACAGAAUACUGAAUCGAUAUAUGCAGCCAUAGUGUUUGCAAAGCAGGAUUGAUUUCCUUAGUUCACAGUCAGGGAAACAGGGUGCAUGAGUUAAAUAGAAAAAAUAUCGUUUAAUGAUUUUGCUUUUUAGUCUUCUCUUAGUGAGUGCUAAAUAACUCGCUGCCUGACUAGUUAUAGAUUAUGAACAAUCCAUAAGAAUGCUUUGCUGCUGCCUUCUGUUUGCUGGGUUAUAUAUUACUGACGCAGGCAAAAUUAAGAUAAAACGUAACCAGAUGGGAGAGGCAUGAUGACAUUUAAUUGCAACACCUUGGUCUUAAAAAGGACAACAUUUACAGUAGCAUUUUCAGCACCUGAUUUACAGUUGUUCAAUAGUCUUCUGAAAACAUUGACUGCACAAUAUUAAAAGAACAGCUCGGAGCAUCUCGUGACCACUGCACAUGCUAAAGGAAAUAAUGACUGGUUCAUUCUAAGAUCUCCAAUUGAUUCACAUAACAUCUCCAAUGUCCUAUUUCUUUGCACACACUGCUCUGUGUGGCCCAGUGAUACGAGGGGCCCAUUGCAAUCGGAGAAUGUUACAUGGGGAAGUCCCAUCAUAGUCAUGCACCAAUACUGUAUAGAACCCUAACUGGCAUAACUUAGUUGCAUUAGGGGUGUAUUGAUAUAUGAAAGCAUAGCUAAUGGAUAAAUGUGAUCAAGCACUACAAUUGGAGCAAUUACCAGCGAAACCAAUGAAACAGUUGGAACAUUAUUUUGGAUUCCAUGGUAGCUGCUCCACAAAUAGAACUUUGGCUUAAAGACUCCUCUGUGUGCGUUGUUGAUCUCUGACACGCUCCCAUGCAAAGUCACAGGUUUCUACUUUCAAUAUAUAACAUUUUGAAGGUAUGCAUCACCAUUGCAGAUAUAAAGCUAAACCUAUUCGUCUUUCCCUGAAUCAAAAUAGGAUAUUCAUUUACCAGAUAGCAGGAACCCAGAAACACAAAUAGCAUAUAUCUUAAUUGCACUUUAUUUUGUUUCACGGAUAAUAACGUGCAAUGUGUUGAUUAUGUCUUAUAUAAUUUAUUCCUUCCUUGAUUAACAAAUGCAAAUUUAAAUUAAUAUAAUUAGAAAAGCACCAAAGAAACUGUUUUUAUUUUAAAACAUUGAAAUGCAUAUAUAAUUAAAAGAAGUUUGGAAGCUCUACAGGAAGGGUUCCAGGUAACCUUUCCUUAGAUAGGGAAAGCCAGGGCCGUGAGUUUAGCUGACGGUAACUGAUAGGGACUUUUUCCACACGACACCCAACAGAUGUACAGCUAAUUAUACACUCUGUGACACACUUGCUAAACAAUUCAACAUCUCAUUCAUCUCGCGAAGCUCUUGGCAUUUUACUGUAUUAAACUAUCACAUAGCAUCCUGUCUUUACAAUCAUUGUGUAUACAUCUGCAGUUUAUCAAAAAAUGCAUGUUUCUGUUGUAUUACAUCCAAUCACUUAACCUGACAAUAAGAAAAUGUCUGCUCGUACAUUUAUUUUUUGCGAUUUUUUUUUUUCUCUUGCCAAAAUCACUUUUUUUUCCAUUUAAUUUAUUACUAAGUCUACAUUACUCUUAAAGUUGAAUGAACCCAGGGGCUGAUUGGGUCAAACCAGAAAAGCAAAGGGACGCAAUGCCGUCGAGGCAGACCGAUUUCAUGUCCAAGCACGGAGCACGGUUAAAUAACUCUAACAAGUUCCUUGUAAUGACACUUCCAUGCUUUGCUUUUUCAUUCUUUCCCUCCCCCCCCCGAGAUGUUCCCAGAAGAAACACGAUUAGCUAAGAGUGCUGCAAUGAUCAAUUUGACUUUAGUGUCAGAUGCUCAGCAUAAUUGAACAGCACAUUUAUUGCAAACUACAGUUACAACUUCUUGUUCGGAUUUUUCUUUCUGUAUUUUGGCCUACAUUUUGGAAGUGGAUGUCAAUUUGCUGUAAUAAAACUGCUCAGUUAAUAUGACUGUUUAUAAAUUAAAGGUUUACUGCAAGGAUCAUGACAAAAUAUGUCCAAUGCAUAGGAUAUCCUGUAUCCACCUAUAUCAGAGGAGGAAAUUGCAUUUCGAGUCCUGCUCUAAAAAUAUUUGUACAACUUGCACAUAUUAUACGAGUACACACAGGUCAAGUCCCUACCUCACCCUUACCAGCUAUUGGAAGCAUACUUGUUUUUUUUGUGUAAGUUUUAGAGACUAUAUUGCACUCACCUACUCUGACCUUCAUACAUGUAUGCUCACUGGCUGUUAGAGAGAACCCAAGCUAACUAGCUACAUUCCACCAAAAUUAUUAUUUCAUAAAGAUAAAAUCUUUUUUUGAAAUAAUCAUAUUCACUGUGUUUGGAUUUCUUUUGAAAUUCCAACGCAGUCAAAAUAUAUACUCAAAUAAAGUAUGGAGUACAUGACAAUAGGUGGUAAGUUCUGUAAUUUCCCCAGCCAUCUCUAGUGAUGACUGUAAGGAGAAAGACAUUUUCGAUGGAGUAUCCCACAAGACAUGUGCGAGAGUACAACACUGACAGGCUACUGGCAGAUAAAGCACAAAGAGCUGAAGAGGACAGACUGAAUGCACGUAGCAGUGGCUGUGGUCUGUGGAGGACAUGUUCAGGUAAGUAAUCUCACUUUUACCUGCACCUCACGGUCACCUCACUGCAAGCAGCGCAAACAUGCACAGUGAGAGAGCCGUGUGCAUGCAUUUUUGGCGACAUGUGAAUGCUAUGCAGAUCUUCAUUCACAUGAGAAACAUUCUCUAACUUUUAUUGGUUUAUUAGUAUCAUUUAUUAUUUUAUUAUUUAUAUAGGGCCAUCACAUUCCGUAGCGCUGUACAAUGGGAAUAUUAGCAAAAAUGGUUUUAACAUCUAUAGGCCUCCAUAAUUUGUAGUUUGCAUGCAAGUAAAAAGCAGAAUGUGCUUAGUGUGUCUUUUUUGUAAUCAGCGGUCUCCAUAGUUAUAAACACAGCUGAACUUUUUUUUGCACGCAUCCUUGUUUCAAAAAAAAUCGUUUUUACAAAAAACGCCUUUUGACAGCAUCAUGCGUGCUUUAUUGAAUAUGUUUGUCAAUUUUCAUUUUAUUAUUUGUGUUAAAUAGACUUACUGCUGUAUUAUCCUGUUUCAUUGUUAAGAUGCUCGAAAUUAUUUGCUUAUUCUGUAAAAUGACUAGAAAAGGCCAACUAAGAGUAAAGCACUCUAUUAAGAGAACAAUAAAAUAUAGACAUAUAGGCUUAUUUACUAAAGUUAGAAUUCAAAGUGAACUUCAAAUUUAAGAGUAGCUGACGUGAAAGCAUAGCGGACUUGAAUUUUUCCAGGUUGACUAUUUUGACCUUGCAUUUUAAAUUAACUUUGAAUUCUCUCUUUAGUGAAUAUCCAUGAUAGUUAUUGGUGUGAACUGUCAAAAAUUAAAAGUAAAUUUCGAAAUGUAAGGAGAAAUUCUCAAGGUCAUCUUUCUACACUGAACAAAAUUAUAAACGCAACACUUUUGUUUUUGCCCCCAUUUUUCAUGAGCCGGACUCAAAUAUUUUUCUAUCUAGACAAAAGGCCUAUUGCUCUCAAAUAUUGUUCACAAAUCUGUCUAAAUCUGUGUUAGUGAGCACUUCUCCUUUGCUGAGAUAAUCCAUCCACCUCACAGGUGUGGCAUAUCAAGAUGCUGAUUAGACAGCAUGAUUAUUGCACAGGUGUGCCUUAGGCUGGUCACAAUAAAAGGCCACUCUAAAAUGUGCAGUUUUAUUGUAUUGGGGGGUGGUGAUGGGGGUCCAAAAACCAGUCAGUAUCUGGUGUGACCACCAUUUGCCUCACGCAGUGCAACACGUCUCCUUCACAUAGAGAUGAUCAGGUUGUUGAUUGUGGCCUGUGGAAUGUUGGUCCACUCCUCUUCAAUGGCUGUGUGAAGUUGCUGGAUAUUAGCAGGACCUGGAACACGCUGUCUUAUAUGCCGAUUCCAAGAAUUGUGUACAGAUCCUUGCAACAUGGGCCUGUGCAUGAGGUGAUGGCCGUGGAUGAAUGGCACAACAGUGAACAUCAGGAUCUCAUCAUGAUAUCUCUGCAUUCAAAAUGCCCUCAAUAAAAUGCACCUGUGUUCAUUGUCCAUAACAUACACCUGCCCAUACUAUAACCCCACUGCCAGCAUGUGCCACUUGAUCCACAACAUUGACAUCAGCAAACAGCUCUCCCACACGACGCCAUACACGCUGUCUGCCAUCUGCCCUGUACAGUGAAAACCUGGAAUCAUCUGUGAAGAGAACACCUCUGCAAAGUGCCAAACGCCAUUGAAUGUGAGCAUUUGCCCACUCAAGUCGGUUACGAUGACGAACUGCAGUCAGUUUGAGAGGACGAUGAGCAAGCAGAUGAGCUUCCCUGAGACGGUUUCUGACAGGUUGUGCAGAAAUUCUUUGGUUAUGCAAACCGAUUGUUGCAGCAGCUGUCCGGGUGGCUGGUCUCGAUUUUGGAGGCGAAGAUGCUGGAUGUGGAGGUCCUGGGCUGGUGUGGUUACACGGGGUCUACGGUUGUGAGGCCGGUUGGAUGUACUGCCAAAUUAUCUGAAACUCCUUUGGAGACGGCUUAUGGUAGAGAAAUGAACAUUCAAAUCACGGGCAACAGUGCUGGUGGACAUUCCUGCAGUCAGCAUGCCAAUUGCCCGCUCCCUCAAAAUUUGCGACAUCUGUGGCAUUGUGCUGUGUGAUAAAACUGCACAUUUUAGAGUGGCCUUUUAUUGUGGUCAGCAUAAGGCACACCUUUGCAAUAAUCAUGAUGUCUAAUCAGCAGGGCUCGAGUCCUGCAGGAACACGUGGAACUGGCAUUCAUGUACUUUUUCCACAGCACGAACGUCGUUCCCGUUAGUGGUCCUGCAGGACUUGUUUGCACGCAAGGCAAACAAGGCAUUGGCCUUGUUAGGAAUAAAUGUAAUGAAAACCAAAAGAGUGAGAACAAUAUUAGUAUACGUAUAAACUGCGCAAAAGGAAGUGUACUCCCAGUAUGGGAAUGAACAGUGUAAUAGAUAAAUGAAUAUUGGUUCUGUGUAAGUAAACUACACUUGACAAAGGGUGUGUCCGUGAUAAAUGGAAAAAGAGUGUUUUUAAUCCUGCUCCUUUAAAAGAAAGUGUCCCUACAUUUUCUUAUAUAAGACAAAAUAGCAUGAGAGUAAGUAAGGUAGCACAGAAAAAUAUACACACUAAUCACAUAGUAGUAAACAUAUUAAACAUUUAUUUGGUCUUCUAUGCAAUAUAAAAAUGUAUAUAAAAUACAAAAUACAAUAACAAAGUGAGAUAGAUAAAAUGAUAUUCAAUACUAGUGCUGAGUGUGCACACUCUUUUGUAUGUAUAGCCAGAAAAAGGACUAUAUCAAGUAGUAGAAGGUAAAAAUGUUAUAAAACAUAAAAAUGAAAAAAUCAUAAAAAAUAAAAAUGAGAGCAAAAAGUGAGAAUAAAAAAUGAAGUUACAGAAAAAACCAGCGUGCUGAAAAAAAGAAGAAAGUCCAACCUUAUAAGAUAGCUGACAGCUUGCUAGUUCGGCUGAAUAGAUCCUGGCAUCCUGCUUUGGCUUUGUUAGCCUUGAGGCAGGCGGCCGGUUGAACUCCAGGCGGGCGGUUAGUGAGCGCUGAUUUGUUAGCUCUCCCGGCAUCACUCUUUAACCAUCCACCUGCCUUCCUGCCCGCACAGCCCGGCCUAGGUAAAAAAUCCACACAGCUCUCCCAAAGGUAGUGUGUGUGUGUCUGGCUGUCAGUGAGCCCCCCUACCUACCAUAAAGCGAACCCCUACCCACUUCACAGUCCCCCCACCCACUCACAGCCCCCCUACCCACCAUACAGCCCCCCGGCCCCCUCUUCUAAAAGGCAGUGUUUGUUUGAAACAAGGAAGUGGAGUCAACUUUUCAGAUCCUCUCUGAGCCGUUAUCAAGUCAGAGAGGAGUCGAAACGUCUCCACUUCCUUGCUUCAAAUAAAGACUACCUUUUAGAAGAAACCUCAGGUGUGCCUGGAUAUUUAUUUUUUUCCAAUAAAAACAAUACAGACAAUAAAAAAAUUAUACAGAUAAUAAUCAAUUUAUUAAUUUUAAAUUUAAUAAUAAUAUAAAAUAGCAAAGAUCCCUUAUAAAACAUUCUUUUUUAUGAUUGCUAUGAUGAUGAAGCACACUAAAUGAUUAACUUUCACUUACCCGAACAGAUAUGUGGUAAGUCUGAUAUUUACACAAGGGAAGCAGAGGACACAUGAAAAGCACAGCCUGACUCUGUGGAUCACUAAUUAAACACACCUUAUCUUUCCUCUGUGUCUAGCCCCUGCUGAAAGAUGUUUAGAGAUAAUUUACCUUAACAUGAUGUAAGCAGUGAUAAACUCUGCUGGACACAUUAGUUAAGUACAUACUUUUACUUUUUAACUAAAGAUUUAUGACAUAUGCCAAAAUAAUCAAUUUCUUCAUUCUUGAGUGGGAAAAAACGAGAAAAAAUGUUAUACAUCACACAGGUAAACCUGUUGGUUUAAAGGGACACAAUAGGAUUUCAUUUACCCCAACAAUUGUAAUACAUUGUAUAAUACCAAUCUUAUCAUGUGUUGUGUAAGGAAGUGGAUGCUCAUCUAUAUUUGAAGUUCUAGUUUCUUUGCAGAUGUUGCAAAGAAGCAGUGGUAGGCAACCUUUGGCAGUCCAGAUGUGGUGAACUACAUCUUUCCUGAUGCAUUGCCAGCAUCAGAGCUGACCCUGGGGGGUGGGGACAGCUAGCUGCUCUGUAGAAAGGUAGGGUAUGCAGCACUAGGCUCUGCUCCACAGGUAGAUCCUGCCCCCUCUCAUUAGACCUGUCCCCCGUAGGUCAGUGCUAGUGAGAGGGCGCAGGAUCUAUCUGAGCAGACAGAGCAUAGCUGACACCCCAACUAUCUACAGAGUACCUAAGCAAUGAUCCGCAAUGAUCCGUAUCCCCCCAGGAUCGACUCUGGCCAGCAGUAUUGGUGUAAGAGCAUUAUGGGAGAGGUAGUCCAGAACAUCGGAAUUGCCGAAGGUUGGCUACCCAUAGGCGUUUUAAGUAAGAAAUAAAUGUUAAGAUAAUGUUUGAUCUAUGCAUUUACUUGUCACAAUGUAUAUAUUGAAUUGAAUCGUCUAUGUGAUGCCUGUGACAAACGCCGCUUUCCACAGACGUUUGCCAUGCACUCCUGGAGGAGUGUGGAAGCUGGCCUCCUACUCACCGACUAUGGGCCAGGUCAGCAACUGUAAAGACCCAUAUUUUAUUCCCCUUGGUUCCCCUGGUUCGGCUCUUUCCAUUUGUGUGCAUACAACCGACCGCUAGCUCUCUGGCUGCCGUUUGCAUGGACCAAAACCGCGAACAGACUUCAGGGGUACUUAGCCGUGAAUACACUGGAACGAUUUUCGGCAUGAAAACUUUGUGGUUCCCAGUCGGUUCCCAGCGGCAGUUAGCCACGAUUCUAUGGAACUGUUUUGGGCAUGUGACCAUGCAUGCGGGCGGUUCCUGAACCGAUCUGGGUGAUUUUUGGAUACGUUGGUCACCCAGAUAGGGGCUAUCAGGAGAUGUAACUUUUAGGAGGUUUUAUGUAUUUUUAAAGGUAUUUUUGGGGUGUUUGGGAAAUGUGUGUUUUUUUGUACCUGGAGAUAAUUGAGUUUAAUACAGUGCUUGACUAAAUUAUCUCCUAUUUGUCAUCUUGUUACUGGGAGGGGAAAGGGCUAAUCAUUGUUCCAGCAUGGAGGAUUCAGCGGGGAAAGUCCUUGAAAGAACUAGAGCUGAGUGUCGUCCAGUGCCUGGGGGUGUCUAGAGCGAAUUCCCCAUUCGGCUCCAGGAGGGAACGAUUCCAAGACCGCAGUCAAACCAACGACUAUGGGCAGAAGUUCUGCGGUUUGUCCCCUGUCCCAGCUAGGAAGCGGUCCUUGGCGGAAGUACCCAGCCGGGGUACAAGGAGCUCCGUUACAAUGCCAUUCACUUGUCUGUCUAUAAAACCUCUGGUAAGACAUUUACAUUCCAAUCCGAUCUCAUUCAGUUUCAAGAAGAGAUAGUAAACAGCCACUGGAACCUGAAAACCAGCUCGUAUUUCUCAGGCUGUUAGCGGCAGGGAUCUUAUAGCAGAUUAGAGUGUGCCUACAUACGUAAUAGGAUCAGUCAGCCAAAACUAGGAAUAUCCUGCGUAAAAGGCAAAGACAAGGAGGGAUUCCUUUUCCAUACUGUACACAGCAUUAACAGAUUUUUCUUAAGCAUAAAAAGCAUGUUUAACCUUAAAUUUCACUUCUGCAAAGAACAGAUCACAGAGCGGAUUUAAAUGUACUUGCCAUCCCAAUACCCACUAAACCUUCCCUGGUCAUUUGAUCCGUAAUGAAAGCUUUGUCCAAUAGAAGGUCUAAUCCGUUCUGUGUUACAAUCCUCUCUCUAUAGACCUUGCUUUUUUUGUGUGGGUAGAUACUCAUAUAUAGAGUGUAUUUUCUAAACCGUGAACUGUCCUGAAUUGGAAACAAAAUAAUGAGUUACAGUGAUUCACUAACAACUGUGAAAAUGAAGUGAAAACUGAUCAACACAACUGUUCGUACACAAGCAUGCACACGGUAAAAAAAGAAAGACAGACGUUGGAGACAGAAAGUGUUUCGAAAUAAUGUAAGAUCCUAGGAAUAAAUGUAUUAUUCCGAGAUGUCUGCAUUUGCAGUGGUUGUUUUCUGCCCUCGCCUUCCCUGUGGCUAAGCCCUGCAGGUUUUAUUCUUUAGGCAUUCUGCAGAUCACAUGCCGAGAGCAGUCAGAGCCACACAGAAGCUGACUGGCCGCUUUUUCUUCUCUGUGACUGAUUACAGUAAUUGUCGGUCAAUGAACUCAAUGGCAGGCGGGUCAUGGGAAGCUUACUUUCAUGACAUAACAUCAUUUUGUACCCAGUCUGUACCAGGAAACCUUAACUGGGGUAAAGGUGCACAUAUUCUCUAGUGUAGAUUUUCAGUUUUAUUAGAUUUUUUUUUUUUUAGUUGUCUAGCAAAUACAGAUACCCAGCUGGGAAUGAAAGAUAGCUUUCAAGCCCACUAAUGCUGUAACCUUGAUAACAUGGUAUCUCUGCAUCUGAUGAGCGUUAACUUAAGUCCACUCACUGUAGCAGUGUGCUUUGUGACAACCUCUUACAUUACAGGUGAUAAGCUUUAGCUUUUAAUCCCACAUUUUUAGAGAAUUUAGAAUUUUUAGAGCUGAUUUGGAAAAUUCUGAUGUUGUCAUAGCUUGCCAGCUUGUGCCUCAAUUUUGCCAUGUGGAUCUAAAUUGCAAACAUAUUUACUUUAUCGAAUAACCCUUCCUGUAUCACAACAGGUAAUGAGAGUUAGUAAUCACAACUAGAACACUGUGCUUCAUGGUAACCAUGAAUCACUAGGGGGGAUUUUGAGCUCUCUCUCAAAGGAACACUCAAAGCACCAUAACUACUUCACUGUGCUGUAAUGGUUAUGCCCCCCAUGUAAGUAGUCAAACUAUUUAACAGUAUGACAAAUUAUGUGGAGCCCAACAGGUGAUGUUUCAGUCCCCAUGUUAGCCAUAAACUAGCCCAGCAGUGGAAGGUUUAGCUCGUUGUCUAAGACUGAUCAGCUAAUGCACUGCAGAGCCUAGCUCAGAUCUAAUGGAAGCUCUGUUCAGACCAGCAUCCGGGGGACUCCAGGUAAGUUGCCAAACCAUUUCGAAAUGGUUCGACUACUUACAGUAGGGGGUGCCAUGGUGUUUCUGACAUCAUAUCGUUACAUGUUGUAGUGAUUAUGGUGCUUUCGAUUGUUCCUUUAAGUCCCUAAGUGUAUUACUAUAUUUCACUGUGCUGUUUUUUGGUUAUGGGGGUACCUACCACAAUACCACCCGAUUGCAAUUCAAAUAUACAUUUGAGCUUCUUUUUUUUUGCAACUUAACAACUGUAUGAAAAAUUCUGGUGAGGGUAAAAAUGCAUCAGCUUGUUUAUAAAUUUGAUAGUGUUUUCUAUAGAUUAUGCCAAACUAAAAUACAAACACAAUUGCAAUGUUUUAAAUCAAAAGCUGCAAAAUAAGGUGUUUCUGAAAUUCGAUUUUUGAAUUAGGGGACUAUUCCAGAUAUAUACAACAUACAUCUCACAUGUAUACAUUAUUUACUAAAUGCUGAAUAUUUAUUAAACAUAAAAUUUUUCUUUUUGGAAACACAGUCACAGAGUUUUUUGCUUUGCUAUGUUUUUCACAUGGAUUUCCCUUUCAGACAUACAUUGAAAGAGAGCUGAAAUUUAUACUCACACGUGACUCUUUUUUUCUAAUAAAGGUUAUCUUUCCAGACAGCAUAUAUCUCGGUUAUUAAUAAAGCCACUACACUUUCAAAGUAUGCCCUUAGUAAAUGACAGAUACAGUAGACAUGUUUGAUACACUUGCUGAACUAUGUUUAAUGUUUGACAAAUGUAUUGCAAAGCUUUCCAGUUUUUCUGAGAACUUUCAUUUUACAUUCCCACAAAUAGUGCCCGAUAAAAAAACAAAAACAAAAAAAUAGGUGAGGCUGAAAAAUAUUUUUAGGACUGCUUUGUCAGAUCCUGGAAUAUUGGGAGCUAUGUUAGCAAAAUAGACAUAAAUGACCAACACAGGUGAAUGCUAUAUAAAUAUAUAAUAUUAUAAAGUGGUGCAGAAUAACCUGAUACACAAACACAGACAAUGUGUGUUGUAAUCAAAUCUGAAACUAGAAGAACAGGUAUUAUUACUGAUUUUUGUACGCGUGCCAAGGGGCAUUGUUAUUAGCAACUGUUAUUACUCAUCGGAUCUGUUUCUAUGGAGUCACAGAGUCACAUGGUCUGCCAAAACAGACUGAAAAUUAGAUAGAGAAUUGCCAAACUAACAUUGUUUACAUUCAUCAUUUGAACAAUUAUUUGUACACUUUUACAUGGGUGAUUAUAACACCCUCCCUGCCUUUUCCUGAAAAGUAAGUUAUAACAUUGUCUCAGAACAGAUAAAACAUGUUUUGUCUUACGUUGAAUAUGUAAUUAGGAAUGCCCUUUUUAACUACUUAUUAUUACACAUCCUAUACGAAGUCUUGUAAUACUAUAAAAAGUGUUACGCUUUACUGAAGAUUCUAUACAAUUUAAUGGACAAAGAAAACUAGUUAUUAACUGGUUAUUAUUUAAGCAUUUAAAUAACGCUUAAAGGAACACUAUAGUCACCUAAAUUACUUUAGCUAAAUGAAGCAGUUUUAGUGUAUAAAUCAUUCCCCUGCAAUUUCACUGCUCAAUUCACUGUCAUUUAGGAGUUAAAUCACUUUGUCUCUGUUUAUGCAGCCCUAGCCACACCUCCUCUGGCUAUGAUUGACAGAGCCUGCAUGAAAAAAAAAAAACUGGUUUCACUUUCAAACAGAUGUAUUUUACCUUAGAUUAUUGUAUCUCAAUCUCUAAAUUGAACUUUAAUCACAUACAGGAGGCUCUUGUAGGGUCUAGCAGGCUAUUAACAUAGCAGGGGAUCUUAAUUAAACAGAACUUGCAAUAAAGAAAGCCUAAAUAGGGCUCUCUUUACAGGAAGUGUUUAUGGAAGGCUGUGCAAGUCACAUGCAGGGAGGUGUGACUAGGGUUCAUAAACAAAGGGAUUUAACUCCUAAAUGGCAGAGGAUUGAGCAUUGAGGCUGCAGGGGCAUGUUCUAUACACCAAAACUGCUUCAUUAAGCUAAAGUUGUUCAGGUGACUAUAGUGUCCCUUUAAACAAAAUAAGGUGUGUUUUUUUUCCUCACUCAGCACUGUAUUGAUCUGCUGAAGUUGCUUUAAAGAUGUCUUGUAAGAAAGAGAUAGUAACUAUCUCAUCUAGGACCUGCUGAUUAUUCAGUUAUAAUGUAACAUCAAUUGGCACUGUAUAUCUGCAUCAGAUACCCAACAUAUCUGCCACCUUAAAUGUUUGUUUAUAUAUUGCAAUAAGCAUCAGUACAGCUAGUGUGCUCUAUCUAUCUAAUAAACUUUGACAGCACAAACUCUCAAAAAAGGUAUUGGCAUAUUAAAUAGUACACAUAGCCCAUUGUUAAAACAGACACUCUAAGCACUAAAACCACUGCAUCUUAAUGUAGUAGUUUUGGUGCAUACAUACUUCCCAUUUUGUCAGCAAUGCAAAACAUUGCUGUUUCUAAGUGGCAAUGACCUUAAGAUUCUUUCAUUCUAGAAGGUAUUCCCCUUUAGUAUCAUCACGCACAACAUGAGGAUGCCAAACGCGCCAAUGUUUCUCUAUGAGGCGCAUCACACUGGCGGAUUGCAUGUCCACACGUGAGCAAUGUAUGCUUAAUGCUUCUCUAAUAUGACAUAGGUCAUCGUGAUUGAUGAUCUCACAGCACUGGAUUACAGUAAAGGUUAAUGUAUUUUUCUCGGUAGAGAGGAAGGAGAGUAAUAUAAAUGAAUAGAGAAACACAUCUGACUGAAAAUAAUGCAUAUCUGACUUGUAAUAUAUACUUUUGAAUUAUAUACUUUUCCCAUUAUAAUAUCUGGUGGCAGGUUGUUUUGCCACUUAUGACUGUCUCCUAGUUUGAAGAAGCUCAGAUGUUGGCUUUGCCACCGUCCCACUCUCUUGCUGCGACCUGGUUGUCAGACUCCUACUGUUGUUUUUUAACCUGGUUUCUUGACUGCUCAGUAAUAGCCCAAUUGCUUGCCCCACUUGAUGUCCACCCAACUCUACCGUUUUUCUAGCUACCAUGACCCCCGGUGUUUCUUUUUAACUAAUUUAAAUAACUUAUUGGUUUAACCUCUUUUUUUCUUUUCCCAAAACCAUUAGAUUUUUCUUCUUUUCCUCACCAUUAUUCCUGGUGAUGGAUUGCAUCCUGUACUAAAAAAAAGAACAAGGGGAGAUCCGGGGUCUUAUGGAAAUGAUUAAUCUUCUUGUUCUAUUGGACCAAACUCAAAGAUGUAAUCGAUAUUGCAUUCAUGCAUACUGUUUUAUUAAAUGUACUUUUUGAUUGUAACGCCUAAAAGUGUGCCUUGUACCACACUUCUCUCCUAAUAAAAUGAAUAAAUAGAUAAAAUAAUAUACUUUUGUUUUUAACAUUUCACAUUUUAUUAGGAUUUUCAAUGAAAGUCUGGCAUGCACUUUCACUUGGUUAGGAUUCUCAUUUGUGGCUGUAUGGCUAAUGCAUGCGAAUGGUUAGCCCUGCACCUUGGUUGCUUGUUUACCAGUCCCUAAUUCAUCCUUUGAGCACAGGGGUAAGCAGCAUAAAGUCCCUGAAUAUGGAACGCAGCCCAAGCUGAGAGCUAGCCAGCCAAGGUUGCUAUGUUGUUUUUCAGAGUAUCUGGUUUCCUUAUCCGUGAAUUAGACCCAGCUGUAAUUAGAGCAUCCUCACCUGUUCUGGAUGCGCUGGCAUGUCAAUAGCUUUGGGGAAAUAAUCUGUUUUCAAUUUUGUUUUGAAUUGUAUAACAUGCUAAUGCGUUGCUUUAUUUACACAAUGCCUACUGCUAUUAUUUGUUUGCUUCAUCCGAAAACAUUUUCAUUGAACUGAAGUUAUUCAUAAUUAUUCAAACAUUGAACCAACAGAACUAGUUAAAGGGACACUCCAGGCACCCAGACCACUUCUGCCCAUUGGAGUGAUCUGGGUGCCAACUCCCACCUUAACCCUGCAAGUGUAAUUAUUGCAGUCUUCAUAAACUGCAAUAUUUACCUUGCAGGGUUAACUCCUCCUCUAGUGGCUGUCUACUAGACAAUUCCGGUAUUAUAGCACACACGUGUGCUAUAGCGUCGCUGGACGUCCUCACGCUAUGUGAGGACCUCCAGCGUUGCUAAAUUCCCCAUAGGAAAGCAUUGAAAGCAAUUUUCAAUACUUUCCUAUGGGGAGGUCUAAUAAUGCCGCACAUGCGUAUUAGGUUUUCCAUGCCGGCGGACGCAAAUGCUCAAAAGGUCUCCCCCACCGGGAUGAUGUCGCCGAGGGACAUUGGCGCUGGAUACGGGUAAGUCACUGAAGGGGUUUUAACCCCUUCAGCCACUUGGGAUGGGGGGGUGGGAGGGAGAGGGGACCUGCAGUGCCAGGAAAACGGUUUGAUUUCCUGGCACUGGAGAGUCCCUUUAAAGAGCUAAUUCACUCAUUUUGGGGGUUUGAGUCACUGCCUAAAGUCUUGCAUAGGGGCUUACUUGUCUCUCUUGCCAAUAGAGGAGGUACGGCAAAAUCCAGAUUCUAAAAUGACUCCUUACUCGAGGUGCACCAUAAUAAUUAUAGUAAGACACAGUGGUUAUGGCGCUAGAGUGUUCGGUUAACUUCUAUUUUGUUAAUAUAAACGAUAAAAGUUAAAUUUAUUUUCUUCUAAAAGGUAAAAAAAAUAUAUACAUUUUAAAGUUUUUUGUUUUAUUUUAAAUGGUUUAUUUUGCAUCGAGUACAUUACAGAAGAAGGACUUUGGCAAUCUGUACCUUAUUGUGUCUAGUCUCUGUUGAUAAAAGAACUUAAAUAUUUAAUUAAAUUGCACUUCAAGGACAUUUCAAGCUCCUUUGAGUAUAGUGGCAUUCUGUGUCUUGUUAAUUAACAUGGCGUGAAAAUGUACCAAAUUUUAGCCAGUUACAGGUAUAUUUUCCUAUAAAAUCACUUUUAAUUCUAUUAUAUUGUCAAGCAAUGAAUUCAUAAAUUUUCCUGUAUUUGCAGCAUGUUGUUUAAAUAUAUGAAUUUAUAAUUCACAUGAGUUGAUUUCACUCACUGGAAUUUCCAAGUACCAGCAGUAAAUAGGGACUUUUUGCUUUGGGAGUAAAGUACAAUGUAGUAGUUUCGGUUUUGGUUUGCAACAAUAAUCCACUACAUUAAAAGGACAAAAUAGGCACCAAUAAAACUUUAGCUUAAAGGGACACUAUAGUCACCAGAACAACUUUAGCUUAAUAAAGCAGUUUUGGUGUAUAGAUCAUGCCCCUGCAGUCUCACCAGAGGCGGUUCCAGGGGAGGGCAACGGAGCAGUUUCCCCCUUCUCCCGCCCCGGGAUAACAAGGCAGGCCGAGGCUCUCCCCUGCCUGGUAAUGCAGGGCUGGCAUUGUCCAAGUGAACUCCCUCCCCAGUCCGCAGCCACAUUGCUGGCAGCCGGCAGGGGAGGGAGGAAGAGAGGACCCGAGAGCUCAGCCUGCAGCUCCUCCGGAUCCUUCUCUCGCGAGCACAGAGCGUUGCUGUGGUUACCACAGCAACGCUGUGGAUCUCGCGAGAGUGAACUCUAGCCCUGGAGCUACGGGCUAGAGUUCACUCAUAUCACUGAUACCACCGGGGAUUCCCCACUGAACCACCAGGGAUCGAGAAAUGUCCCCCCUCCUUCCUCAGUAAAGGUAAGAAGAUGACUAAAAUGGAUUUUUAGUCAAAGACUAUGACUAAAACUAAAUUGAAAUUUGUUGCCAAAAUUAACACUGCGCAGAGGGGCUCGGGAAGGGACAAGAGAGACAGACCCGCUUGGAGAGAGACACCUAGAGAGACUGGGAGGACACAAAGAGAUACAGAGGGGCUGGGGAAGGGGCCAAAGAGACAGAUAGAGGCUUUAACUAUACCUAUUAGAUUGUACUCUUGUCGACUAAAAUGUUCUGGAGAUUUAGUCAUCUAAAACUAAAUCAAUUCAGAUGACUAAAAUAUGACUAAAACAAAAAUGGCUUUUUAGUCAAAAGACUAUGACUGAAACUAAAUUGAAAUUUGCCGCCAAAAUUAACACUGUAUCUGUCGCAAACACAUUCUUGAGAUUUGAAAUCACUUUAAAACAUAUGAACCAUUAUAGUAAAUAUUUAAAUAUUCAGUAAACAUACAUGGCACAAUGAAACUAACAUCUUGGGCUUUCUAAGUACGUCCACCAUCUUUAGUGUGGCGGUAUGGCUGUUUUUGGACAAAACAUGUUGGUUACAUGAUGUGUCUAGAAGGCUAGACUUUUAAGAGGGAACUUUACUUUUGUAGAAAUUGUCGUUUUGAAUUAAACAUUGAUCACCUUUUUUAUGUGAUGCAAUGCUUUUGAUUUCUAAAUUGAAUUUAAAUGCUUUUGACAUCACUAACAUGUAUUUAUGAAACAUAAGGGAGACGCAAACGACCCAUUUAAAUAAGAAACAAUGCAUCUGCAAAGUAAAACACUGUCCAGCUCAGGGUAACUGUUAUUUAAUUCCCUAAUUACCUCUCCAUCCUUCCCAGGUUAUUAUUUUAUUUUCACUCUCAGUAGACCUCUCCGCAAACACUUAUUAUUCCUAGUGUCUUACUAUGGAAGUUCAUUAGAGGGGUUAGCAGUCGGUAAAGAAUUUGUAUACCAAGAAGUUUAAAUAACAGUUUCUCGUUAAAGAAGACUUCAUGUGAGCAGGAUAAUGCUUGCUGUGCAUAUGUAGAUGUGUCUUGUGACCCCUAAAGAUCAAGGACCUAUAGUAGCUCCAAUAUUGCGUGCAGAAGUAUGUUUUUGCAUUUUUUGGAAAUUUGUAAACCACAUCAUUAUUUUGUUGUUUUUGUUGCUUCUCAACUAACCAUGUCCUUGCAUAAAACUAGACAUUUAAGUAGCCCUUCUGAUGACUGCCUGGACUGUUGCCCACACCAGUUUAUAAGAGUUCAACAUUUUUACUCUGUACAAAGGUUACUAUAGGACAUCCAGGUUUAUCUCAAAAGCCUGCUGAGCCCUGAAGGAAGUGAUGACAAAACAAACUGUGCUGCAAUAUUCAUCUACAGCUUCUUCAAGGUUUAGCUGUUUAUCUUGCACUGUUUUGUAAUCAGCAGUUCGCAGUGCAUAGAAUGACAUCUGUAAAGCUACAAAAACACAAAAUAUACAUAGGGCCUUACCAUCUGUUCUCAGGAAAUUUCACCAUUGAAUACAACAUUGAAAAUAAACUAUCACUCGUGUUUACCAUUUUUAAAAUGUAAUUAUCUUUUUGACAUUUUUUUUUAUAGGAAAGAUUUAGCUACUGCCUUCACAAUCCAGUUUAAUUCAGGCACAGCCGUGGCACAUAAUUUGUUAGGAGAACGCAAACAUAGGCAUUGUUUCUGUUUAUUCUCCGCUCUCUGCGCUGACUGACAGAUUCAAAGAGUUUUGAAUCAGGGUGUCAAGAUGGAGGAGCUCAUUCCCAUUAUAGAGAAUUGUGGAUUUCUACAUUUAAUUGUAUUUUUCACACCUCACAAACAUAUGUGCUAAGUAUAGGAGAUAAGUAAACAUAAUACUAAAAUUCCUGCUUUCCCUUUAAAGCGAAUCUGUUGUGAAAAAAUAAACUUACCUGAAAACGCUCCCAUAUAUAUAUUUAUUUAUUACUGGCAUUUAUAAAGCGCCAACAUAUUCCGCAGCGCUGGUAUACAUUGAAUACACCAUAUAUCAGAGCAGAGACAGACUCCUCUCUGCAGCCUGAUACUUCUCCAGUGAAGUCAUCAAGCCUGAUGACUUUUGUCCCUAGAGAAGCAUUGAGGCCGCCAAAGACAUGUGCCAUAAUCCACAAAUAAAUUAGUACUCACUUUGAAUUGCUGACAAUUCCCACUUGGGUUUAAAACCCGUCCUUGGCUUCUUCCAGUGUUAGCACGUUUUGCAUGCUGACGCAAGAUGUCAAAUAGCUUCAAUAAUUGAAUCUAUUUCUGUUAGAAGUCCCUUGUGGCUGUCUAUCUGACAGCCAAUAAUAGGAGUUACUAGCAGGAAAUUGCAAGACGUUUACAGUGCUGUUUCUCAGAAUCAGCACUGUUUUUAUUCACACACCUGCAUGGGCAAUACCCCAUAAAUACUUCAUUAAAAUGUCCCUUUAAACAGGAUGUUGUGUACACAUGAGUUUGAAUGAUACAUUUUGAGUCAUUUCUCCAAGGAUAGACCAGUAGAACUUCAGUUGUAUCCACUUUGAUUAUUUGCAUGUUCUGAUUAAUUCUGUUUAGUCACUGUAAUUAUUUUGGUACUAGUCCCAAAGGAGUUUGUAAUGCUUCAGUAUACGUUUAUUUUACAUAGAAGCUAUGUACAUAUUUAGAUGAAUUUACAAUGUAUAGAUCGUGCCCAUUUCUACUGCUAUUGUUAUAACAAUUCUGACGUUUAUAGUAGGUAUGGCUGUUUUCGUCUUUACAUAUAAGCUCCAUGUAUAUUGUUAAUACACAAGAAUCAAAUUAGAUGAAAGACCAACAAUUAUCCAAUACGUUUGGUUAUAACAGUUACAAAGUCACAAUAAGGACAGCGCAUACAGUAUAGACUAAAACCACAUCAUGUAUAACCUCUGUAUACAUGGUUACUAUUACUUACCCAAAUAAAGCAGAGUGUGUAACAUAGGCAACAUACAAACCUAUGCAAAUAGUUUAUAUAAUAUAUAUAACAUACAUUAUAACGUAUGGAUGCAUACUUCUGACUCCAUGCCCAGAUUUUUUUUUGUCUACGUUAGAUCAGAUUUCUGUCUUGUGAUGACUUUUGUUUCCAGUUGAUAUAUACAGAGUUAUUCACUAUAGCGAGAAAAUAAGGUGAUUUCAUUCGUGAUUUUUCUACCUACUUACAGUAUUGUUUUGAUCACACCCCACUUUCGAUUGAUUUGGUGAAGUAUUUAGACAAUAUUUUCGUAGUACCACAAAUAAAAAAGCAGAGACAACAUUUUAUAAAUUCCAACAAUCAUUGUGGAAACCAAACAAAUCUUCAGGAAAAUGCCAUUGUUUUCAGUAGUAAUGACUCACAUUUUAGAACUUUACCCCCUUCCACAUUUAUGAAAAAUACAUAGGUCAGAACUAUAUUUAAUCAUUGGUCCUUUGUAGAAUAUGUUUUAAGCUUCUCAGAUGAUAGUAAAACCCUGGCUGACUUUAUCUAAGAUCCUUUGGCAGGUUUGGCAUUAAUAACCAAUACAGAAUCCAUUCGCUUUCUUAAAGGAGAUCUCUAAGCACUAUAAAUGAUAUAGCAAAUAGUAGUCGUUCUGGUGCUAUGAGUCUAGAGUCUUAGGGCACUGUUCCCUGGUUUUAAGUGAAGCCUUUCUGGAGAGGUCUGACAAAAAAAGAGAGCCGUAGAAGUGGUUAUGGUAUUUACAGUGUUUCUUGAACUUAGCUAUGUUGGUUCCAGCAUCUUCCUCAUUGUUUUUGUUCUUAAUUGAUUUUCCCUGUCCUCGUUCUCUUCUGCUCUUUCUCUUUUAUUAUCAGCAAACCCAACUGACCAGUUUAUGUUAAAAAAAAAUGUUGCAUUUGCAUCAUUCAAAUGUACAUGUAGCCUUUCAGAUUAUCCCAACAUUUGUAUUGUUCAACACCUCCCAAUAUUUCAAAUGGACAAAGAGGGACACUUUAAUUUUAGGGCUGUGGGUGUUGCCAGGGUUUGGUUGUUCUGAUAAAUUUUAGGUGACUUACUAAUAACAAAUUAUGCAACUAAAAUGUAAUUUAGAACAAGAACAAUGUAUCUUAUUGAAUUCUAAGCAGAUUUAUAGUAGUUUAAAGACUCAUUACUGUGAGAAAUAUUGCUGUGAAGCUCUGUUAUCCACUCAAACACACCAACAAUAUGGAGCUCCUAAAAAAAGAGGGACUUGAGGCCAAAGCAAGGACUGUCCCUCCUACAUAGGGACACUUGAAAAGUAUGGGAUUGUAUUUGUUAAAAAAUAUCUCACAUGAACAUUAGAAACAGACUGUCUUAUUAUACAUAAAUAUUUAACAUACUGUCAAAGAAACAUAUUCCCUAGCAGCUUGUAAACCUGAUGACAGAUGUCAAGUCACCUGAGGGAACAGAGUCUGGUAGUCAGGUACAUCUGUUCAUCAAAAUAAGGGAACAUCCUUCACAGAAAUAGGCAUCCAGUGAUAACAAGGUUUAUUUACAGUGCUGAGGCUUUAGGCCUUUUUCCAUAUUGUAAGUUUCAUUUUUUGAUAUCACUGCAGUUUUAACAAUACUGGGAUGAAUUUUGUCAGAGCGAUUUUUAAACACUGAAUUAAAGUUGACACAAAGCAACUGCCCAGUUCUUGGUUGGCACUUGGUCCAGUCGUAUUGAAACUCAUAAAGAUCUGUGUUCUUAAUGGGCAUACAUAAUGUGGAAUUGAAAUAUAAAUAUGUGGAUGUUGUCUAUUGUUGUCACUGGUGUAGGAAUCCAGGAGGAUGGAGGGGAACGAUCUUGCCACAUAUUUACAUGGCAGUAUACAAGGAUCCAUAUCUCCUAGUCAUAUAGCUAAUUAUGUUUCACUCCCUCUAGCAUGUAAGCUCAUUGAGCAGGGCCCUCAACCCCUCUGUUCCUGUGCAUCCAUUUGUCUGGUUACAAUUGCGUGUCUGUUAGUCCACCCAUUGUACAGUGCUAUGGAAUUUGCUGGCGCUAUAUAAAUAAUAAAAUAAUAAUAAUAACAUGGGCGAGGCUGUUCUGAAAAGUUCUAAGUGAUUUAAUAAUAAUUUAUGCGACUAAUAUGUGAGAACAAAGCCAAUGUAUCUUAUGUACAGACUGUUUUCUAAACACAUUUAUUGUAGUUUAAAGCAGGGCUUGACAAAUUAUCAAUCUUGGAGCCAGCUAAAAAAGUUAGGAGCCAGAUUUUUCCAAUGCCAAAAAUACAAUUCUUAAAGGGACACUAUACUCGCCAGAACUACUACAGCUUAAUGUAGUGGUCUGGUGUCCAUAGAUUGUCCCUGCAGGCCUUUUAAAGUAAACUUCAGAGAAAAGGCAGUGUUUACAUUGCUGCCUAGUAACACCUCUAGUGGCCGUCACUCAAAUGGUCUCCUACCUACAUUCAGCGUCUUCACGCUCUGCAUGGAGGCACUGAACAUUCCCCAUAGAGAUGCACUGAUUUAUUGCAUCUCUAUGAGGAGAUGCUGAUUGGUAAUCAGUAAUCUUAGCUAUGGAGGCUGGCCAGCUGCAAAAGACCAGCAUAGCUUUGGAAAAAAGGUGAGUAAGAACACCCCCCCCCCUUCAGACAGACAGACACUCACACCACCCCAGGGCCGUCUUUAAUAUGGAUUGGACCCUGGGCAAACAUUUGCUUGGGCCCCCUGAACCCGGUCGUCCCCUCCCUGGCAUACAAUCAUGCCCCCCACCCCAACGCAGAGGCGGACGUAGAGAGGGCUCUGGUGCAUGAAUUAUUUUGGGCAAGAGGGGGCAAAAGGUAGAUCCCCAUCUGUCAUGCAACUCCAACAAUGCUUUGACAGCUGGGGCGCUACCAUUUUCCUAUGCAUGCAGGGUUAUAUUUAGCACUGAGCAGUAUUUGUGUGUUUGAGUGUAAGCAUGUUUUUGUAUGGAGUAUGUUUGUGUGAAUGUAGGGGUGUGUUUGUAUGUGGAGAUGGCAUUUAAAUGCAAGUAUGCAUUUAUGUGUAGUGUUGGUUUAUGAAUACACUGGUGUGUUUAUAUAUAAUUUUGUUGUUUAAAAAAAGAGGUGUGUUUAUAUGUAGUGUUGAAGUUUGAAUGAAGGUGUGUAUUUGCGUGUAGUGUUGAAUGGUGAGAUGUAUGCACAAAUACAUAUGCACUGUCACAAACACACACACACACACACACACACACACUGUGAUACACAUACACACACAGAAACACUUGCAGAUACACAGAUAUACACAAUCAUACAGAUGCAGCUAUACAGACACAUUUACACACACUGACACACACACAUACAGACACAACCUGGCACACAUGCAGACACACAGAUGCACACACGCACACACACGCAGAUACACUGACAACAUACAGAUAUACAGACACACACAAUGACAACAUACAGACACACAGAUCCAUAACCUGACAAAUGCAGAUACAAACACUGACACACAUGCAGAUACACACACUGGCUACAUACAGAUACAUGCACAGGUAUACACACUGGCACACACACACGGAUACAUACAUACUGACAACAUACAGAUACACACUGACACUGUGACAGACAUACAUACAGACACACAAACUGACACACACAGACAUACUGACAUACACACAGACAUACAUACUGUGUGCGGGCCCCGGUGCAGCCGCAAUACUAGCACCGCGGGCCCAUUAGGUAGGGAAAUAUUUAAAAAAAAUUUUUAUUGCAGGCGACGGGGCCCACGGGGCAGCUGCUUUGGGCCCCCCCUUAAAGACGGCCCUGCACCACCCCCAGACAGACAGACUCUCACACCACCACCAGGCAGACAGACAGGGACACUCACACCACCCCCAGACAGACAGACAGAGACUCACACCACCCCCAGGCAGACAGACAGACACUCACACCACCCCCAGGCAAACAGACACUCACACCACCCCCAGGCAGACAGACACUCACACUCUAACACAGUCACAGACAAAUACACACUGACACACACUCUAACAAUCACAAAGUAUUAUUUGAUACACUCAAAUGGAUGCAAUGGAUACACACACAAAGAUUUGUAGAUACACACAGACAAACAGACAUAACAGAUAUAAACACAAAUAAAAAAAAUAAAAAAAUUUUUUUUAGCCACCCUCCUGUUUCCUACCUUAUGGGCUCAGGGGGUGGCUUCCCUGGGGUCAGGUGGGACUGGGUAGGAGCAAAUGACAAUAGGUUGGUGGGGGCUGGCUGCGGCUGAUGGGAGCAGCUGUCGCUGUUCCAGACUCCCCCUCCUCCGGUCUCCUCAGCCCUGUGCAGAUCUCUGUGCGCCAUGAGGAAGUGAAGAGAACUGUGAUAACUUCCUCCUUUAAGCUCUGCUUAAAGGGGCGGCGUGGAGGGUCGGCUCUGAGGAGAGCGGCCGGGCUGGCUCUGUGGGAUGCGGGCGGCAGGACAUAACGCCGGCUCUGAGGACAGUGGGCGGACCAGCUUUGCGCAAUGUGGGUGGGCGGGCACAGUUGAGCUCGGUCGGGUGGCAAGCUGGCCGUCUUUAAAUGCUGCCCUUCAAGCUUACAAUUCCCAUGCGGGAGGAGGGAGGAAACGGGCCGAUCAAUUCCAGGCGCCAAGGGAAAAUUCUUACUCGCCAUGGCGACCUGGCGCCUGUGAUUUGUCGAGCCCUGAUUUAAAGAUACAUUACUGUAGAUACAUGGUUUAAAGAUACAUUAUUGCACUAGCGCUCCGAAAUAGGGACUGUCCCUCCUAAAAAAGGGACACUUGGGAGGUAUAAAGCUUCCUGGUGAGAUCAUACAGCUGUAUGCAUGGCUGGGACAAUUAAAAAUCUUAGGCUGGCUGGGGAGAUUAGAGAUCACCCUGACAACCAGCAUAUUUUUUAAAAAUAUCCCUCAUCUGAGCUAAUGGUCCCGAUAAUAAUGUUGUUAGAGGUGGAGUUCUAUUUACACCUCUACCGAAAAAUGAUGCUGCUGCUUGGCAGUAGUGGGUAUACUGCUUGGAGUGUUCCUUUAAAUGCAACAUAACAUUUUCCCUUUGUUUAAUGAAUCUGUUUUUCUUGUGUUUUUUUUGUCCUUGCUAAGGAAAAACCACUAUAGAGUGAUUUACUAAAGUGUGAAUUGUUGGUUAUAGCUACAAGCCACUACUUGCAGGCGCAGAACUACCAGUGGUUCAGACCGCACUGACACCAAGGAAGUUCCCGCAUCAAAAUAGAGGAAAGCAUGGCUGCAGGAAGGCGUACCGGGGCCCAGGGGUAUAAAAUAUAAACUGCAGGAGGGAGUACUGGAAUCAAAGAAAUGGCUAUGUGUGUUGUGUACUUAUGGGUCAGUGUUCAUGGAUCUGUAUGUGUGCAUGUGUGUAAGUACCUGUGUCAGUACCUGUGUGUGUGUAUCUGUGUACACACAGAUACACUUAUUAUUAUUAUUAUUAUUAUUAUUAUUUUAUUAUUUAUAUAGCACCAUCAGAUUCUGUAGCGCUGUACAAUGGGUGGACUAACAGACAUAUAAUUGUAACCAGACAACUGGACGUAUAGGAACAGAGGGUUUGAGCUCAAUGACCGUACAUGCUAGAGGAAGUGGGGUAUAGUGACACAAAGGGUAAAAGUAGAGGUAUGAAGUAGGUUGUGAGAAAAGUAUUCACUGAGGGCUUAGUAGGUGAUUUUUGAAAGUUGCAGGAGAGGAGUCAUGGGGGUGCUUUUUUGAAGAAGUGAGUUUUCAAUGAUUUUUUGAAUGAGUGGAGACUGAGAGAAAAUCUUAUGGAGAAGGGAAGGGAGUUUCACAGAAGAGGUGCAGCUGGAGAAAUCUUGGAGGCGAGCAUCAGAGGUGGGAGUACAUAUGUGUGCCUGUGUUUCUGUUAAUUUGUAUAUGUCAGUGUGAGUCUCCUAGAGUGUGUCUAUGUGUCUGUGUGCAUUGGUGUAUGACAAUGCAUAUGUGUAUCUUUGUGUGCCAAUGUCUGUGUUUUUCUGUGUGUGGCAAUGCACCUGUGUAUUUGAACACAUGCCUGCAUGCAAACAUCAACAUCACACGUAAACACAUCCCUGUAUUCAAAUGCCAACACUACUCACAAACAUUCCACUGCUGUCAAACACGGACACUACAAUAAAAGCACCCUGCAUUCAAACAGCAACAUUAAACAGACAUACACCUGCUUUCAGAUGCCAACACUGUACACAAAAACAGUCUUGUGGGCAAAUAUCAACACAACACACAAACACACCCCGCAUUCAAAUACUUAUACAACAAAAAACACACCACUGCAUUUACAGACAAAUACACUCCUACACAAAUAUAAAACCAUCCACACACACAUAUUCCAUAAAAAAUCAUGUUUACAUUCACACACAUACAAACCUGCAAGGAUGGGCAAAUUAGUAGAUAUUAAGCUCGUCAACACUUGAGAUCUACCUUUUAUAAACCCUUGCUCUAUGGGAGAGGUAGAAAAAAAAAGGCUCAAGUGCAUCGAGUUCAAAUGAUGAAACACAUCUUUUUAUGCUUUUGAUUCAAAAUAGAGCAAAUAAUACAAUUCAAACUAAUGCCCAAUUACGCCGCGAAAAGAAAAGAAAAUCCUUCUUGACUCCAUAAUGGCAAUCUGAUUUCUGCUAUAUAUCUAUUACAAAUAUCUUGAUUAUUCUGAUUUUCCAAAUAAAUAAAUCCAGGCCUUUUAAAAAUAUAUAUAUACACAAUCUUAUAAGACAACCUCUUUGGGUGGAGAAUUACACAUCUUAACAUUACCAUGACUAUCACUACUGUUAGGAUGUUACUAGCUGAUGCUCUUGAAAGUCUGUCACUAAGUAGCAGGUAACAGUAUUUUUUAUGGGGACUGCACCCCUCUUCCCCCCAACUAAUUAGCUAUUGAUUUCUGACUGGUUUACAGCCUUGUUGUUAAUCAUUGCUGGCAGAUGCUAACCCAAAAACUACUAUAAAUACUGUAAUAAAACAUCUUGCUUCCACCCUGCUGCUGCUUUUUACUGGACAACCACUACUUGCCUGUCGCUAAUAGCCACACCGGGUGACAUGCGCGUGAUCAGCUGUGUGUUUCUGUGCUUUACCAGCGUGCUUCUAAUAUGCAAGUGCUUGGUAUCUGUAGAAGCAGCCUUCAGUGAGAGGCUACAAUAAUACAGCAAUAAGGUUGUAAAAUGUGUAGCCGCUACCAACUACCAGCUGCUGUUAAAAACAACAGCUUGCAAAUGCUAUGUACCAAGAAGAAUGAAAACAAGCCCAAAGUAAAUUUUAAAUCUUAGGUAAAAAUAACCAAUGGAAACAAUUGCCGGAAUGGAGAUUUUUUUUCUUCAGACUGGCUAUUUUGGCCAAUAAAUUUUUAAAUUCGCUUUGAAUACACAAGUCACACUUUAAAGCAUAACUUAAUGACAGAAAUAAACAUAGUUACAUAGCUGAAAAGAGACUUGCGUCCAUCAAGUUCAGCCUUCCUCACACAUGUUUUUGCUGUUGAUCCAAAAGAAAGCAAAAAAACCAGUUUGAAGCGCGUCCAAUUUUGCAACAUACUAGGAUAAAAUUCCUUCUUGACCACAAAAUGGCAGACAGAUAACUCCUUGGCAGCUAUUACCCCACUAAUUAGAAAUUAUAUCUCUGUAUGUUAUGUUUUUGCAAGUAUUUAUCCAAUUGCAGUUUAAACAUCUGUAUGGACUCUGAUAAAACCACCUCUUCAGGCAGAGAAUUCUAUAUCCUUAUUGCUCUAACAGUAAUAAAAACCUUUUCUUUGCCUUAGAUGAAAUCUCCAUUCUUCCAGUUUAAAUACAUGACCUUGUGUCCUAUGUAUAGCCCUGGUUGUGAAUAGAUUUCCAGAUAAUGGUUUGUACUGGCCCCGAAUAUAUUUGUAUAAUGUUAUCAUAUCCCCUCUGAGGCGCUGUUUUUCCAAACUGAAGAGAUAUACAUUUUUAAACCUUUCUUCGUAACUAAAAUGCUCCAUUUCUUUGAUCAAUUUUGUAGCUUGUCUCUGCACUUUUUCUAGUGCCAUGAUAUCCUUUCUUAGAACAGGUGCCCAAAAUUGCACAUCAUAUUCAAAGUGUGGUCUUACCAGCGAUUUUAUAAAGAGGCAAAAUUAUAUUUUCAUCCCGAGAAUUUAUGCCCCUUUUUAUACAUGACAAAAUCUUACUGGCCUUAGCAACUGCAGAUUGACAUUGCAUAUUGCUGCCUAAUUUGUUGUCUAUAACAAUUCCCGAAUCCUUCUCGUGUGUGGUUAUCCCUAAUUCACUACCAGUUGCUUGUGCAUUCUUAACCCCGAAGUGCAUAACUUUGCAUUUCUCUACAUUAAAUUUCAUCUGCCAUUUUAGUGCCCAGUCCCCCAAUCUAUCUAAAUCCUUCUGCAGCAAAGCAAUAUCCUGCUCGCAUUUUAUUACUUUACAAAGUUUUGUGUCAUCUGCAAGCACUGAAACAUGGCUUUCAAUGCCUAUUUCAAGCUCAUUUAUAAAUAUGUUAAAUAGAAGCAGUCCCAAAACAGAACCCUGAGGGACACUACUACCACUUUUGUCCAGCCUGAAAAUAUACCAUUAAAGGACCACUAUAGUGCCAGAAAAACAUACUCGUUUUCCUGGCACCAUAGUGCCCUGAGGGUGCCCCCACCCUCAGGGUCCCCCUCCCGCCGUGCUCUAGGGGGAGGAAGGAGUUAAACUUACCUCUUUCUCCAGCGCCGGGCGGGGAACUCUCCUCCUCCAUAGCGACGUCAUUGGCUGAAUGCGCAUGCGCGGCAGGAGCGCAUUCAGCCAGUCCAUAGGAAAGCAUUCUCAAUGCACGGAAGCGCCUCUAGCGGCUGUCAAUGAGACAGCCAUUAGAGGCUGGAUUAACCCUAUUAUAAACAUAGCAGUUUCUCUGAAACUGCUAUGUUUAUAGAAGAAAGUGUUAAACCUAGCUGGACCUGGCACCCACACCACUUCAUUAAGCUGAAGUGGUCUGGGUGCCUAUAGUGGUCCUUUAAUGACAACUCGUUAUACUCUAUCCUUAAGCCAAUGUUCUACCCAAGAACAAGAAUAUUCAUCUAGACCAAUUUCUUUUAGUUUGAAGACUAACCUAUUGGGAGGAACCAUUUCAAAUGCCUUGGCAAAAUCCAAGUAGAUCACAUCCACUGCAAUACCCUGAUCUAUACUUCUACUUACUUCUUCGUAGAAUUAGGUUAGUUUGACAUGAACUAUGUUUCAUAAACCAUGUUGAUUAUUGCUAAAAACAAAGUUCUUCUCAAUGCAUUCCUGAAUAUUAUGCCUUAAUAGUCCUUCAAAUAUUUUCCCAGUCACAGAAGUUAAGCUCAAAGGUCUAUAAUUUCCAGGUAAGGAUUUUGAACCCUUUUUAAAUAUAGGAACGACAUCUGCCUUUCUCCAAUCCUCCGGUACAACACCUGAAACAAAAGAAUCUUGAAAAAUUAAAUACAGAGGUUCACUUAUUUCCCCACUUAGCUCCUUAAAGGACCACUCUAGGCACCCAGACCACUUCAGCUUAAUGAAGUGGUCUGGGUGCCAGGUCCUUCUAGGGUUAACCCAUUUUUUUAUAAACCUAGCAGUUUCAGAGAAACUGCUAUGUUUAUGAAUGGGUUAAGCCUUCCCCUAUUUCCUCUAGCGGCUGUCUCAUUGACAGCCACUAGAGGCGCUUGCGUGCUUCUCACUGUGAUUUUCACAGUGAGAGCACGCCAGCGUCCAUAGGAAAGCAUUGUAAAUGCUUUCCUAUGCAACCGGCUGAAUGCGCGCGCAGCUCUUGCCGCGCGUGCGCAUUCAGCCGACGGGGCGGAACGGAGGAGGAGAGAAGGAGGAGAGCUCUCCGCCCAGCGCUGGAAAAGGGUAAGUUUUUACCCUGUUUCCCUUCCCAGAGCCGGGCGGGAGGGGGACCCUGUGGGUGGGGGCACCCUCAGGGCACUAUAGUGCCAGGAAAACGAGUAUGUUUUCCUGGCACUAUAGUGGUCCUUUAAGUACUCGUGGGUGAAUACCGUCAUGCCCUGGAGCUUUAUUUACAUUAAUUUUCUUUAACUUCUGUAGCACCUUGUCUCGAGUCAUCCAAUCACAAGUUAUCUGCAAGUUUGUUGCAGCAAUCAUUUGCAUAUCUCUUGCCAUAGGAUCCUCAUUAAUAUAUACUAAAGAAAAAUAGUUAUAUAACAUUCUGACUCUUCCUGGUCUUCAUUAACUAACACACCCAUCUCUGUCUCCAGUGUACCUACAGUUGAAUUUUUUGUUUUUUUUAGAAUUGAUGUACUUGAAAACAAUUUGGAGGUUGGUUUUGCUUUCUUUGGCUAUCAAUUUCUCAUUUUCUAGUUUAACCAUUUUAAUUGCCUUUUUGCAAGCAUUAUUGGCUUCCUUAUAUCUUAUAUUGGAUGCCUCUGAUUUGUCUGAUUUAAAUGCUUAAAAUGAUUUUUUAUUUUUAAAUGCUCUUUUUUAUUUUUAAUGUCGUUUUAUUUCUCUACUAAGCCACAUUGGUUUCAAUUUGUUUCUUUUAUAUUUAUUACCCAAUGGUACAUACUGAGAAAUGUACCUUUCUAAUAUUUGCUGGAUAUUCCAUUUAUCCUCAGUGUUCUUUUCGCUAUAGAGUUUAUGUCAGUCGAUAUGUUGUAGAGGUGCCCUAAUCUUAAUGAAAUUGGCUUUUAAAAAAAUUAUAUGUUUUAGUAUACCCCGCGUGCUAUUGCUUUUUUGAGUUUAUUUGAAAAAUUACCAUAUUGUGAUCACUAUUUCCCAAAUGUUCCCCUAGUGGAAUGUUGAUCAAAAGAUCAACAUUGUUUGUUAUAACGAGAUCCAGUCAAGCAUCCUUUCUAGUUGGUGCUUGUACCAGUUGUGACAUGAAGGUGUCAUUUAACACAUUCAAAAGCCUGAUUUCCCUUGCUGAAGUACUAGUCACUCUAUCGCAAUUUAUGUUUAGCACCAGGAAGUGAAGUUACCAAAAAAUGUUGGACACAUCUUUAAGCGAAACUGUCAGUUCUUUGAAAGUGAAAGUUCUUUGAUUCCUAUUCAAUGUGCAAAAAUCUCAUCCGGCUAAAUUAAUGAAUUUAUGCCUUCUGCUUAAUUUAAAAAUACUUCUUAUAUCUUCCUGGAAAUAAAUACCAGGCCAGAGGAAAAAACAAAACAUCUCAACACGACAUACAUGUUUAAUAUACAAAAAAGGAAUGUACAUUAUUUUGUUUUGCCUAUUUUGUUUUGGUAAUACCUCUGCUAAUCCUGUCUUGACUAGAGUAGCCCUUUCAUGGUAAGUGAGAGAAUUUGUUUAUUUGCAAAUGUGAGUUUUUGUCUUCAUAUCAGGAAUACAGUUCAAGGCAGAAUUGACUGGCUUUUUCAAAUCAUUAUUGGAACGGUUCUGCAGUCUAGUAGUAGAUAGAACACGGCUGCUUCAUAGGCAUUGUGUAAAAAUCUAUUAGAAAGCUGGUACAAGUUACAUAGGAAUUGUGGCAUGUGCAUACGCAGUGCACAUAAAAGGCAACUAUACAUAGAAUUGUAAGCAGGCAGCAAACACUGGUAGUAAGGGAUACCUUAACUGAUUAAUAUACAGCAAGAUAAUACAGAAUAUUUGUACAAAAUAAAAAGUCCAAUAGAUUAUCAAAUGCUUGGAGUAUUCUUUACUCUUCUGAUGGUGGCAGGUAUAUGCAAUAAAGAAGAUAGAUAGCCGGUAAUGGCGAGAGUAUCUAGUACCAAAUGCAGAACAAACAACAAAGAGGUCUAUGAUGUAGCACUCACAUUUAGUAGAGCUAUAAAACCCACUCUGAGUAUAAAAGCAUGCAGUGGUACAAUUCACCACUGAUGCAUAUGUUGUUCUAGGAGUCAGUAACUCAACAUGUAGGUAGAUAUAUAAAAAGAUAUAAAUGGCAAAAAAAUGGUGCCCUCUGUAAAGCUGUACAUUAGUAAUUAUAAAGGCAAAAGUAAUUACUCACAUUUGAUGGAGCAGUGUACACUUACUCAACGCUUGGGGGUAGAAUCCCUACCAGGGAUAUAAUGUAGAGUAGCUCCUUCAAAAGGCAGUUCUUCCCAGGAUACAGGUAGGCAAUGGUGGUAUAGAUGUGCCAGGAACAGUAAAAGAUAUAAAAUGAAGUACAACAAACUAAAAAAAACCUUAAAAGCAUAAAAAAUAUAACAAAUGGUCAGACACAUUAAAAUUAAGUGAAUGCCAAAUAUCUUUAAUGCUUAAAGUAACUAGUAUAAAAUACCACAACACGUUUUGUCUACUGAGGACUUUCUCAAGUGUAAAUGAUAACAAAUUAGAUGAAAAUAAAAAAGUAGAGGGUUCAUCUUGCACCAUUACCUGUGCUAAGGGUUAUAGGUGAGUAUAAUGCUUGGAGCAUCGCUCUGUUUAUUUAAAGGCAAUAGGAGAAACAUUUAUUUCAGCUACAUUAUUAAAGGAGAUGGUGUGGGUGUUAUUAAUACACUAUUACCAGGUUCAUGACCAGAGCAGGUAUGCCUUGCAUUGACAACAAGUAUCAACCAGCUACUUCCCAUAUAUCAAUCAGACACAUAACCCUCUAUAUAAUAGUCAUAUAGCUCUGUGGCAUUACCAUCCGUUCAGUAUAGCAGCAAUAUAUCACUUACCAACCAUACAUGUUUAGCUUCCACUCACAGAGUACCUAAUAUGUAUCUAUAACAUACUAUAUAAAACCUUAAAACUGGCACCAUUGGACGCACUGCUAAAACAAAACUAGCCAUCUCACUUCGUGCCAAGCAAACAAACAUUCAGGUUAUAUUUACCCGCUAAUUGUGCUGUUCUAAGUAAGACCCUAAAUACAUUAAAAUCCAACGGACGUGUGUAUUUAUAUGCACAGAAGAAGAGAAAGGUAUGUAUAUUUCUGUUUCUCUUCCUUAUUUGUAAUGUGUCCCCUGCUUGUGCCUAGACUGAACUAAAUUGUGAUGCCAUUUGCUAAAUCGGUGAUGUGCAUUUCAAAGAAAACAGAGCAUCGCAUGAAAAAUUGUAACACUCGUUUUUGCUGAUUUUAAAUGUUUUAAUAAAUGGAAUAAAUUCCAGAGAAGGAACAGUUCCCCUUUAUUAUGAAACAAUUGAAUUAGUUAAAAAUAAUCUAGAUGGGAGAGUGAGUUCCAAUCAGGAGCAGUUCUAAGAUGGUUUGGCCUAUGUUUUAUUUAACAAUUAUUGUCAUUUGUAUUUACAUAGAGCCAGCAUAUUCUGUAGCGCUUUACAAUAUUAUGAGAGGGGGAAAUUUAUCAAUAAAUGAGACAAUUACAAAAACUUACAGGAACAAUAGGUUGAAGAGGGCCCUGCUCAAACAAGCUUACAGUCUACAGGAGGUGGGGUAUAAAGACACAGUAGGACAGGGCCAAAAUUAAAUUUUGAGUGAGUCACCAUCUCUCCUUACCAGAGACGCCCUGGACAGAAGUUUGACUUUUAAGUGAGUGAGUAAUUAGGACUUCUAUUAAUUUAUCCUUUUUUGUUUUUAUCUGUUGUUGGUGUAACUGAUUUGUUUAUCUACUUUUUGUAUACACUGUGACUAUUUUUUGUUCGUAAUAAAUAUUCCUUUAUUGAGUUCUGCCUUCGGUAAAGAAUCACGUUACAUGAAGUUACCAAUUAAGUAAUGUCAAUUGCAUAGAUAUCGUGCUAAAUUGUAUUUGGUAGGUUUUUAUUCUAAUUUACCUGGGGGGCCAAAGUACCCCAUUUAUAAAUUGUCUUGGUGGCGGCUGCGUUAAGAUUAUAAUUCAGUGUGAGUGGCGUUAAGGGAGAUUUUUAUCAUUAUUUCUGGUCUACGGCAGACAGAUAGUGAACUUUCACCAACACAACUAAGUCACGCACACUAUUUGAGUAGGGUGCUUUCGUGACAAAUUUCUAUUCUGUUUUAAUUCUCUUUAAUAUUCUUCUUUCUGUUAAUAUUCUUCUAGUUUUCUGUUUAAUCCAUUGAAUGGUGGUAGAGAAAAAGAGUGCUUUUCUUAUUUGUGCCAAAGUAAUGUCAGUACAUCUUUUGAAUAUCACUUGGGAAUCUUGGUUUGUGUUGUCGGAAUGUCCACAUUAAUUUGGAAUUCCAGGAAAGUGAUUUGUGCGAUUGCGGUAGUGAGGUAGAAAGGGUAGGAUGGGGAGAUUCCAGUCGUUUUUAUUUUGACAAGUGCUCAUAUAUUCCUUGAGUUACCAGGACGAAAACAAUCAUAACAUGAAAAUGCUGGUAUUUAACCCCUUAAGGACACAUGACAUGUGUGACAUGUCAUGAUUCCCUUUUAUUCCAGAAGUUUGGUCCUUAAAGGGUUAAAGGAUGAGAAAAUAUUGAAUUCCUGUUUUGCCGUUUCAAAAAAACAAGUCAAAAUAAGUUCAUUGGGUUUUAAUAUCACAUGAAGAUAUCACGUGCAGUUAAAACAAUCAUUCCUUAUUAAAGAUAUAAUGCAGAUUACAUGUAUAUUUUUACACUACAUGCUAUAAUUAUCGUUGACAUUUGUUCUGUAGGUAUAAUCUAUCACAUGCAUUAACAUGGUGUAUACAAAUCUCACUGUAAAAAACAUAUUUUCAUUGGGAGUAGUGUAUGACAAAUACACAAAAAUCUGAAUUUCACAGAAAUGCCAUAUCUGUUUUUUUAUGGUUCACUUCAGCUUUUAUUAUGUAGAUACACUACCUUGUUCCUUAUGUGAUUAUGUAUGUAUAUGUUUAAAUAACUUCUGCUUCCUGGUUUUCCAGUAGUUUGAAAACACCAACCACAAUCAGGUCAACAUUUGCAAUGUAUCACAGUAUGGAAAGUCAAUGACUGCUAUGGCAUUGUUGGGUCUUAUAUUAUAUAUUAACUUGAUCUAGUGCAGAUCAUGGCCGGAUUUGCAUUAGGUACCUGUAGGCUCUAAUGCGCCCCCUGCUCCCCAACCCAAAAUAAGACAGAUAAUGUUUGGAAAUUGAAAGCCUAAAAACAUAUUUAUAUUUAACAACAGCAUAUGUAUACAUGUAUGUAUGCUCAUAUUCCUGCUUGUAAUGUUGUGUUUGCAUCUGUGUGUAUAAUAAAUGUGUGCAUCUAUGUAAAUGCAAGAAGGGUUAACGUUAAUGAUAGAUGUGGUUAGGGUAAAGGGGGAGUUCUAGAGAGGGAUUAAUGUUAGUUAGAUGAUAAUGGGUGCUUUGGUUAAGAAUGAGAAUUUGGUUGAAUUUUUAAUAGUAGUUAGAAAUAAGAUUAAGGUAAAGGGUUUUCACAUCUCCUCAUAGGGAUGCAUUGAAUAAUGAAUAUCUGUGGGGAGUGUUCAUGGAGAUGCUAAACGUAGGUGCUGCACACUAGAAGUGUUACUAGGCGGUGUUUACAUUGAAAAUCCUGCAGGGACGUGUUAUAGCUGUAAGCUGUAUUGGUUCUGGUGGCUAUAGUGUCUCUUUAAAAUGGUAUUUUUAUAAUUGAAAAUAAAGCUUUGUUAGUUUAAAAAAACAAGAUGACUCCUAGCUUUUUUUUUUUUUUUACCACUUUAGUUAUUUAAAGUAUGGUAUACCUGCCAAUGUUUAUACAAACAGAAAUUUAAAUUAGUUUGAAAUAAGAAAAACAUGGCAUUAAAAAUAUACUUUUUAAAAUGUAUAUGCUAAUGUGUGUACUUUGUCGAGUGUUAAGAGUGACGUACCCAGUUCUUUGUAAUGCAGGAUAUUCCACUCUCCAAUAUACAAUAAAUAAACUGAAGAGUGCAGGUAAUGUAUGUUUCUGACAGCUGAUUGUGAUGAGUAUGAUGUUAUUUUCAAAAUUGCGUGUAGGCUGAAUAAAUGCCUUCCUCCUUCACAAAGUGAUGCAAUGUCAGGAAUAUAAAGUAUGUGUUGUAGAAAUGUUGGAAUUACAAUAGUGCUGAAAUUAAAAUAGCAGAGUCUAUAAUGUAUAUUUUGGAUGACCGUAACAGAACAUUAAAGUACCACUCCAGGCACCAUGAUAACUUCAAGUCCUGCAACUCAAUGAAGUUGUUAUGGUGUUUGGAAAUCCUGGGUGUCAUCUUACCUGUAGUGAUAAACCACUAAAGGUGCCUUUAAGGCAGCAUUAAUCUUCAUAACUCCCAACCCGAGAGUCCCGAGAAGCGAUCAUAUCACUGGUCCUGCUCAAAAUGGGGCUAACCCACCCAGAAUGGGGGUGCGGAAAUUACUGGUAGGUGAGCCCGACUGUCAUCUAAGGUCCGCUCACUUUUGGCAGACCCCGUAGGGAGCAAUGUUUCAGUGGUCUCUGCUGGGUCCUAGCGCCCUGAACAUAGCAUGAGCGCAUCUAAUGUGCUUGGUGUCCCAAUAUCGGUUCUAGCCUCCAAUAUCAGGAAGGUUGGGAGGCCUGCAUCUUACUGGUCCCUCUGUCUCCUCUUCUGGUCCCAACUUAGAACAAGAACAGAAUAUCUUAUUUACACAGGCUGAUUUCUAAACACAUUUAUUGGAGUUUAAGUACAUAUUACUGUGAGUAUUAUUGUUGUGGAGCUGUUUUACACUCCACGGGUGGUAAAUGUCCCAUGCAUGCACUAAAAAAAAAAAAGAAAAAAGACAUCUCAAUGGACUUUGAGUCCAAGACCCCUUGUUAUUCAAGGCAGGAUUUUAGCUAUCUCCCCUGCAAUUGGUUGCAUUGCUCACUUGUAUAUAUGCUUGCUAUAGACACAAUUGGUCGAAAAUAUCUUUAAAACUUUCAAAGUGAUCAUAUUUGUUCAUAAAUGUUUUCCUAUAGUUAUUCUUGUUAACGUUAAUAUAUAUUUUGUUCUUUGUCUGCAGUAUCAAGCUGCUGGCUGUACAGGAAUUGACUGACAGAGACGCACUGGAAAAGGUAUUUUUCUAUAUCUCUAUAAUAUAGAUAUGGGAUCUUGUACUGUGAGCAAAGAAGUAAAUCAAUAAAAUAAUACAGAUAAACUUGCUGUUAAAACAUUUUUUUUUACUGCUUUCCUGCUUUUUUACUGAAAUUGAAAUAUCUGAGAACACUAGCAGAAUUUACUAUGAGGGAAACUGUCACUUUUUAGAUCACUUUUAGAAUACUUAAAGGAGUAGUCCACAGUCAUAGAGCACUUCAGCUUGCUGAAUAGCUAUAUGGAUGUGGAGUAUCCCUUUAAAAUCCCAGUUAAUAAAAGUGCCAAUUUCAUUGUGAAAUUAACACUUUUAUAUAUGCAAAUAGAUUCAUAGAGUGUACCUGCCUUACAAUAUUGGCUGCAAGAAUCACUCCCCUCCUGCCUGUCAGUUCUUGCAGCAUCUGUCCUGUCCCUGUUCGGAGAGGGAGGCUUUGACACAGGGAGGAGACAGGAGAGAGGAUUUGACACAGGGAUGGGAGGGAGGACUUGACACAAAUAGGGGUGGGAGGACUUGACACAGGGAGUGGAGGGAGGAGGAAUGGAAGGGAUGAGGGAGGAUUUGAAACAGAGAGAGGAGGGGAGGGAGGCUCUGACACGGGACGGGAGGGAUGAAGAAGGCUUUGACACAGGGAGGGAUGGGAAAAGGGCUUUGACACAGGGAGGGAUUGGAAAAGGGCUUUGACACAGGGAGGGGAGGGAGGUUUUGACACAGGGAGGGGAGGUAGGUUGUAACACAGGGAGGGGAGGGGAAAGGGCUUUUUGACAUAGGGAGGGAAGGUGGGAUGAGACACGUGGUUGGAUUGGGGAGGAGAGACACCUGAAAUAGAAUAGAACUGAGGCUUCUCUAUGAGAAGCCUCUUAUUGGACAAUUCUCUGUGAAGUGAAUUCCUGUGAUCCCUCCCCUUAUUCCUGUGAAUAAAGGGAGGGAUUACAAAGGCUGUAGUCAUAAGAAUUGCAGCUUUUACAGGCUGUUUUAGACUAUACCCCCAAUGAAUACAUACAUAAAAAUAUACAUGUAUUUAUUUAUUGGGGGUAUAUCUACUAAACUGGGUUUUUUUCCUGGGGGGUUUUCAAGUGUGGACUGGACCUUUAAAUAUGAUGAAAAUAUUGAUGGAAUUUAAUAAUCACUUUUCAGAACACUUUGAUAAAUAUACCCCAAAGUGUCAGCGGUAAUGUGAAGUAACGCCAAGUACUUCCAGCAUAGCUAUGGUAUGGUGUGCAAUGAGGCAUAUAUUUUAGAUGCUAUCCUAGUACUCCACUCAAUAGGGUAGCGCAAGUCAGGUUUCUGGAAGUUCUAUGAUAUAUAUAUAUUUUAAUGUUUCAAAGCUGUUUAUUGAGCAAAAGAAGAUGUUUGAGUGUUGCGAACAGUAUUAAUCAGGAAGUUCUGGUAAACUGGAAGUAAUGUAUCCUUGCGUCUGACUCAUUUCAUCCAAUUGUGGACUUUUGCCAAAGACAACUGAGUGACAUGAAUAUAUAGGUAAAAUGGUGGACAAGUUAAUCUCAUUACCCAUGGUAUACCCUCACAUGUUGGAAUGAUGAAGAGGUGGUGCCAAUGAGGACAGGAUAUGUGUGUAUUUCAUCGUUACAGGUUUAGUAAGUGCAAUAGAUCUGACCAGAUAUAGAUAAAUGAAGUGGUCUGUGAGCAGUGGAUAAUGAAGUGGUCUGUGUGCAGUGCAAUGGUGGAUUUAAGGGGUAUGGGGGGGGAGCAAUAUUCAAGCACCGGCCCUACUGUGUGCCCUCACUGACCAGAUGGGAGAUCAGAGAUCUUCUUGCUGGCCCACAGGCACUUUGCUGGGCAGCUGGCAGUCUGUAGCUCCGCCGAGUUCUCCUCUCGCAAGUUAGGAGCGCUGCCGCGGUUAUCAUGGUAAUGCUUUGGAUCUCCCGAGAGUAAACCCUAGCCCAGUAGGUGCUAAAGUUCACUCUCACCUCUGGGACCACCAGGGAUUGGACAAAAUGUUCCCCCUCACUGGUCAAAUGUGAGAAGGGAGGGAGGAUAUAAAGUAUAUUUAUUUAUAAAAAACAAACAAAAAAAGACACGUGUGUGUGUGUGUGUGUGUGUGUGUAUGUAUAUAUAUAUAUAUAUAUAUAUAUAUAUAUAUAUAUAUAUUUGCUUUAUUAAUCUGGCCCCCUACACAAUAACUCCAUACACAUUUACACACUGCACCCUCCACACACAAACUGCCCCCCCCACACACACACACAGACAGCCUUCCUCACACACAUACACUGCACCCCUCACACACACUGCCCCACACAUACACACUGCCCCUCCCCACACACAGCACCCCUCACACACACACAGCAACUCACACAAACUGUACCCCUUACACAGACACACUGCCCCUCUCACACACACACUGCACCCCUUACACACACAUUGCACCCCUCUCUCACACACACUGCACUCCUUGCGCGCACACACCCAUUGCACCCCUCCCACACAUACACUAAACCCCAUUACACAGCAUAAAAAACCCUCACACACACACAUACACUACUGCUGCUAUCCCCUACUAGAGGCCCUAUUCCCUACUACGGCCCAUAUCCUGGCAAACUCCAGGUAAGUUGUCAAACUGUUCCUAAAUGGUACUAUGGGGAGUGGGGUUCCAUGGCACUCCUGGCACCAUAACCACUACAGAGAGCUGUAGUGGUUAUUUUGCCUGUAUUGUUCUUUUAAAUAGACUAGCAGUGCCCCACCCGAGAUUAGGUUCAGGAUCCGUCCCUGGUGCAGUGCCCUUGGCCCUUGACAUUCAGUUAGUGCUACUCAUACAUUGGACAUUGGAUUCAAUGUUUCUCUAUGAGAAUCAUUUGAUUGGAGGAGAAGUCAAAGAGGAGUCAGCAGGCAUGAAGAUGAAACAGAAGGCAGAGUGGGCGGCUGCAAGGACCGGUUCUCAGUGCUGGAAAAAAAGUUGAGUAAGGGUUUUUUUUACUGAAAAUUUUUAAACACAAAAAGUACUGAGAGUUUCAGCCAUGCCAAUAAAUGAUUUAUAUAUAUAUAAAAAAAAAAAUAUAUUUCUACAACUAUAGUUUUCCUUAAUGGAAAAAAAUGUAUAAAUAAAAAUAAGUCUUAAACAUUACUUGCAUAGCCAUUUACUUCCCCAUAGAACUUACAAAACACUUUAACAGAUUCUCUAUGCUAUACAUGCAGAAAUUCACCGUACUUCUCACAGUUUCUCUUUCCUGUUCUUGCCCUGGAGUUCAGAUUUUUAUAUGUGGUUUUAGGGAAAGGAAAUUUCACAUCCAUACUCACAUGGGUGGGGAUCUGAAAUUAAAACAUCCCUUGGAAUAAUAUUUUGUAGCAGAAUGUUUGGAAUUCUUCAAAAUAUUUUCACCCAGGUCCAAGCAAUAAUAUUUCAUGAAUCUAUUAUGACACUACUCAGCUGCUCAGUGUAGCUGGGAUUUUUCUUUUGAAUAUUUAUAUAAACAUAUGCAGGAUUACACGCCAAGCUAUACAUUUCUGUGUUACUUAUAUGUCAUAUAUUCACUUCACCAAUGGAUCAUUAAUUUGUUUAAAUAAACAGGAUUGGACAAAUUCUUAGCUGUAAAUGACUCCACAUUAUUUAAAGUCCGCUUUCGUGGUAGAAAGGGUAUUGUCCUAGCAUAUUUAUUUAGUCAGUAAUUUGUAGGAUGAUAGGACACUCUAGCACACUGCAUUUGUACUUAAUUCUGCCUAGUGUGCUAUUUAAAGGGUUACUCCUUGCACCAUGACUAUGUCAGUGAUUUGAAGUGGUCAUGGUGCCUGCAGUCUGCAUAAUUUCACUUUAAAACACUGCACAUAUGGAGCAUAAUCUCUGUGACGGAGGUGUAAUCCCACUACUGGGUUGUCAUCAGCCAGCUCGGAACUAGAAUUCUGAGUUGGCCAGUCAGUUUCAGAGAAUGCUCAACCACUGAAUGGCGAUGGCUUCUGGCAUGUGUGGCUUUGCAGAAGCAAGGAGUGUGUCACUGGACCACUAGGGAGCAUCCAAACCUUGCGGGGUCCCAGGUACGGCAAACCGUUUUACUAGGGAACCGGGCCAGGGAACUCUUGGCAUCAUAACCACUAGAGUGGGCUGCUUUUUUUUUAAUUAUUAUUUAUUUAUUUUGUAGUGCAGAUAUAGAACACAUGAACAGUAGAAGACAUGUCUGUAAUUCAAGCAAUAAUUAGUUUAGGUAAUAACAGAUCUCAAGGAGUAUAUGCACUUGUGUACUAUGUGUGGCUAGGGGCUGUAGUGUGUGAACAUUUAUAAGUGCUCAUUAUGUGUGUCUACAGGCUGUAUAGUGUGCAUGUCGUUAGGGACUGUAGUGUGUGUUUGUGUGUCUAGGGUCACCAGUCAAUGGUGGAACUAACAGAGAGGUCCCUGGUGCAAGAGUAUUUUUGGCCCCCCCUAUCACAAGGGUGGUCAAAACAUUUUCAGCCUUCCUAUAGCAAGGGUGACCAAAACGUAGAUCCUCAUCUGUCGUACAAGUACAACCCCAACAAUGCUUUUAAACCUGGGGCUUUACCAUUUUCCCAUGCUUUCAGGUUUUACUAAGCACUGAGCAGUGUUUGAGUGCUUGAAUAUAAGCAUUUCUUUGUGUGAAUGUAGGGUUGUGGUUGUAUGUAGUGUUGGCAUUUGAAUGCAAGCAUGUUAUUUAUGUGUAGUGUUGGUUUUUGAAACCAGGUUUUGCAUGGUGUUUAAUACAGAGGUGUGCUUGUAUGUUGUGUUGACAUUUCAAUGCAGGGUUGUAUUUGUGUGUAUUGUUUGCGUUUGAAUGCUGAGAUAAAUUCACAUAUACACAUACACUGCCACACACACCACUAAUGGACCGAUAAUUGGUUCGGCCGAUAUUCGGGAUUUUGGCAAAUAUUAUUGAUACACUAUUAAUAUUGAUAUUACCGAUAAUGUAAGAGGUGGCGGUGGUCCAGCGCACUUAGGGCCGGCGCGUCCAUAAGGCUGCACAGGCGGCCAUCUUAGGGCUCAUCAGCUCUGGGGGCACAAGAAUCGAGUGAUGGGCAGGCAGGAAGCACAUAGCCCCUUCCACCUACCAGUCACUCAGUGUAGCGUGGUUGAGCAGAGCGGACCGCGGUACAGGAGCUUCAGUUUCCUAUACCUGGCCGGACUGACAGGAAGUGCUUACUGAGAAACUCCUGUACCACGGUCCUCUGCACUUGGCCACACAACAAGAGAGAUAAUGAGGCACAUCAUGGAGGGGAGAGGACCACUAAGGAGAGGUGACACGCACACUAAAGGACAGGGAGCAAGAGAUGGGAGAGGAGAGGUACCUUUAGGGACAGGGAAGGGAGGGGAGAGGUACACUAAAUAUUCUUUAAAAAAAAAAAAAAAAAAUCUGACUGGCAUGUAUAUUUUUUGCAUUUACCACUUAAUUAAAAAAAGAUACAGAAUAUCGAUAUUGGUAAGUUAUCAGCUAUUGGCCUAAAAGUUCACAGAAUAUCGGUUGAUCCCUAAUACAUACACACACAGAUACACACAUUGACACACAUGCAAAUACACAGAAACACACUGAAACACAUUCAGAUACACAGAUAUGCACACUGACAGUUAAAUACACUACACACCUGCAGAUAUACAAACGUGUGAUAUGUUCCCUACACAUUUGAGCCAGAGGAAAGUGAGGGAGUGUAAUGUAUGUAUGGGAAAAGGUGGCUACCUGUUUGUGCAGAGAUAUAUUAUGUGUGUAUAGUGUAGGGGUAAGGAAGGCAAGGAGGAAGGGUUAAUUGGGGCAUUUCAGAGGGUGGUAUGCCAUAGGGGUAUGAUGGCAAGGGGUGUAGUGGGUUAAUAGGGGGUAUGAUGAAGUGAGGUGUGCGGGUAAAUAGGGGAAUGAUGGCAGGGGUGUAGUGGGUUAAUAGGGGGUAUGAUGGUGUAGUGGGUUAAUAGGGGGUAUGAUGGCAGGGGUUGUAGUGGUUUAAUGGGGGUAUGAUGGCAGGGGGUGUAGUGGGUUAAUAGAGUGGUAUGAAGGCAGGGGGUGUAGUGGGUUAAUAGGGGGUAUGAUGGCAGGGGGUGUAGUGGAUUAAAAAGCUGGUAUGAUGGCUGCUUAAUUCAUUUAAUAAUUAAAAAAUAUAUAUUGCGCUCCCCUCCCUCUUAUUACCUUGCUGGGGUAGAGGGGAGCAUGCUGAUGACGAUCCCUGGUGGUCCAGCUGGCAGGUUAUUCAGUCUGUACCUCUGCAGGGUACAGACCAUGCUUCUCCCUCUCAUGAGUGCAGGUAUUACCGAGCAUUGUCAUGGGUUUCCAUGGAACGCUCUGAUAAUAUCGGAGCUCACUAGAGGGAGACAGGUAUGCUGCCUAGCACGGAUUCACAAAUCUUUCCUCCGGCCAGUGAGGGGACAGUGGUCCCUCUUAGGGCUGGUGCUGCCCUGCAUGGGCCGUCAGGGGAUCUCCCCUGCCGUCCUCGGCCCAUGGCCAUCUCGCCCCACCGGGCCCGAUGGCCAGUCCGGACCUACUGUCUGAGAUGGGGUUCCAUUAAAACUGCAUCUUGUAAUCCUGCAAUAAAUGGAUAGUGAAGAUUAAAUGUGUCAGAGUUCAUGAGUUCCACUGGCAGGUUUGGUUGGAGGUUGAAUUUCUCUGCAUUCCUGGGUGGAAACAUACAUUUUGGCAAUGGUCCCCAGUGAAACACAGCUCGCCAAGAAAAGGCUGACCUCAAUGUAACAUGGAUCUCUAGCCAACCAUUGUUUCUCUGUUAUAAGAAACCAUUCUCAAGGGUCUGUUUCAAGAGGAAAAAACAAAUCUUGUUAAGUUCAGUCUCUUGAAUAUGUAAUAAGAUUUACCUUCCAAAUCUGGUUUAAAGAUUGAAUACCAGGCCAGAUAUGUUGCAUAAUUUUUUUAAUGGAAUUAGUUUUUCACCAUAACCAUUAAUUAUGACUUGUGGUGUCCAUGAUACCAGUUUAUUUAUUUUGUUUCUCGAUCGCAUAGAAAAUACUUAUUAUAGUGGUCAUUUUUGGCACAAUUGCUUUGCUUGUUCUUCAUAUUCAAAGCAAUUAUGUACUAACAGUACAUUAUUGAUGUUCUCCUAGAACUAAAACAUUUUAACAGCAGCGAUUUACACAAAUUGUUACUUUUGACGUUAUCCGCUCAGUCCCUUACUCACAGACUAAUGUGUCCCCCUGCCUGUCUAAGCACUUCUCACAUGCUAUACAAGUUCCCACCUACACCUUGAGGUACCUUAAAGGGACACUACAGUUACCAGAAUAACUACAGCUUAUUGUAUUUGUUCUGGUAAGUAGAAUAAUGCCUUCAGGCCCUUUGCAGUAAACACUGUCUUUUCAGAAAAAAUGCAGUGUUUACAUUACAGCCUAGUGAUAACUCCACUGGCCACUUCUCAGAUGGCUGCUAGAGGUGCUUCCUGUGGCAGUGCUGCACAGUGUGCAACAAUUACAUUAAGUGUAUCCACCCUUUGUAUGGAGACACGGAACUUUCUUCAUGGAGAUGUAUUCAUUCAAUGCAUCUCUAUGAGGAUAUGCUGAUUUGCUAGGGCUGUGUUGGCUUGUGCUGGCUCUGCCCAUGAUCUGCCUCCUUCACAGUCACAGCCAAUCCUAUGGGAAAGCAUUGUGAUUGGCUUAGAGAAUCACUUCUGAUGAUGUCAGUCAAGCAGGCAGAGCAGGGGUAGAGCCUGCAGCUGCAGACUUGAAUACAAGUAAGAGUUGACUAUAUUUAGGAAGGCAAGGGUGGUGUAGAGGGGGGCUAGAUGGUGUUGAUAACACUAUAUGGUCAGGAAUACAUGACCCUAUAGUGUUCCUUUAAUAGUAAGCUAUGAAGGUGUUGUGGCUAUGUUCAUGCACGUUGUCCAUAGCUCUGUUUAUAAAACUAUGAAUGCAAGCUGGUAGCAGCCAUAAUGUAUCAUCAUUGUCUGCAGUUCCAUCCAUUCUCUCUGAUGAAUGUGACUGCUGCCACGUGCAGGGCAGAGAGUUAUGUAUUAUACUCAGCCUCAUUAUUUGGUGGAUACACACUGCAAAAUAGAGCUUUUCAAACCCUGGGGAUUUACUGCAAAUGCUGGGACUUCAAAUAUGAGUAUUUUUUUACAUAUUUUUUAAAUAAGGUUUUGUAAUGUGUUUUCUAUAACAAGAUCUAAAAUGUGAAGUUCAACUCUGGCCAAAAGUUAAGAUAAAACUGUGUUGCAUUAACAAUUUGUUAAUGUUUUGGCUCUUUUAAAAAAAAUUCUGCAAUUGUUUCCAGCAUUCCACGGCGCACAUUUGCAUGUAAUCUCUCAAUCCCUAUCUGAUUUUCUGCAUCACAAUUCCAGAUAACGAAAAACAAAAUAGAGAAGAGGCCACUCAUUAGAGGGAAACUCAAAGUACAAUUUGCAGAAAUAGUUUAAAUAUUAACUUAAAACGAUAAAUGGAAGACAUUCAUUUUUCAGUAGCUAUUAAAACGUUAGACUAUGGGCACUUAAAUGCCAUAUAAAAAAUGUCAAAUUACUCCCACUUUAACAAAAACAGCUGACCCAUUGUUAAUAGGAUAUACUGGCAGUUUGUAAGAUCUGAUUAAUGUAACACCAAACUUGGAAUAUUUGUAUAUUAACCCCUUCAUGAAAAAUGACAUGCCAGGACAAUCACAAUGAUUGUGAAUGUGGAUAAACUGGAAAUGUUAAAAGAUUGAGUGAUCUGACCUGCGUUUUCUGCAGUUUUUUUUUUUUUUUACAUAGUUAAACUCCCAGCUGUACUAUAUCCAGUGGACUAGCCUGCUUUAGGAUCUGCAUCUAGUAAUCCUGUUUUGUUUUUUCUUCUCUGCACUGAGGUCACCAGUGAGCACAGCGAGAACAUGCUAUUUAAUGCAGUUGCAGCUCUGUAAACUACUGGUAGGCAAUUGUGCCAUUGCAAGAGUGCUUGCGUAGCGCUGCGCCAGUCCCCAUUUUGGAUUAUGUCCAAGCUUGGCUUAACCAGCAGCUCUACACAUUGUAUCAUUGGCACUUAUCAAUGAAAACCCAUUAUUGUCAUGAUAUCUAGUGACCCUCUUUUACAUAGACAAGAUCACCAUGUCAAGCAUCCCACACUCACUCACUCACUCACUCACAAGAAGUAAAGCCAAGGUCACACGUAAGACAAAAUGAUUAUUCAGGAAUGCACUAUCGGCACUACUUAAUUACAAAAGGGUGCCAGCCCAGGGUAAUAUAAAUACAGAUUAAAACAGUGCAGUGACCAAUGGCAAUUCUGACACUGCCAGUGACACUUGUCUGCAUUGUGAAUAUGAAAUAAUGUAAUGUAAUUCAUCAGAUUGUUGGGUAAGAGAUGGUUGAUAGCUUAGAGGGUGACACUCCACCUUGGGUAGUAUACAUUUGCAAUGCAGGGUCAUCGCUGGUUGUCAGCACAGCCACAGUUAUCAUGACAAGCUCACCCUGUUCUGUACCAGCUUAACGAGAGGAUUGAAACUGUAACAUUAUAACUUCUAAAUGACUUGAUAGCGAAUCUUUCACAAAUCCAUAUUUUAAAAAUCCUUGAAAAUAUGGAUUAACAGACUGAGCACAGGGUGAUAAAGAAUGUAAGGUUAAAUCAAACACAGAUAUAUCAACAUCAAAGGUUAUUCACACAUUUCAAUCUACAUGUGGCAGAUGUAGAUCUGUGGUUUUAAUUAGUCCAACAAUGAGAGGAUACAGAGGAUAUAAUCAUAGGUAGAGUUAAAGACAACCCUACAUAAUACAUUUAUAGGACCAUUAAAUGCACCCAGACCACUUCAUGUUAAUGAAAUGAUCUGGAUGCAGUGUCACUUUAGUUUUAACCCUGCAAUGUAAAACAUUGUAGUUUUGUAGAGGUGCGUCCGAUGCAAUAAUCAAGUGACACUUUGUCAUAGGUAUGCAAUUCAUUCCUAUGAGAACCCUUUAAUAGGAUGCACACAGCACUUGCUGUGCAUGCGCAAUAAGUCCCCAGUGCUCCUCUAUGAAGAGCGUUGGAUUGGACCAUCACCAAGAGAACAACUCUUGAUGACGGCGCAUUAGGCUGAGUGGGCAGCAGCACCGAGGGAGUCUAGGUAAUACAAAUCUCUUUUUUUGUUUUAUUAUUAUUAUUUUUAUUGCACUUUGUGGGGCCCUGUACUCUAAAUAUGGAUUACGGUGCUAUAGAGUUAGGAAUACAAGUUUGUAAUCUUAACGCUUUAGUGUUCUUUUAAUUAUUCACGAGCACACUCAAGGUUCCAGUAUCACUACUUAGAUUUGACACUAUUUGUUUUGUAUUUGCCCAUUGUACAAAGCUGCAGAAUAUGUUGGUUUAUCACUAAAGAUAACGCUUCAGAAACACUGGAGGACCACAUCAAGCAUGCAAGUUUUCUAUUAUCUCAUAGGAAGUGGUUAUGACUUAUUUUCUCUCCCCCUAUAAGACACAUUGCAUAUAUGAACCAUUGCCCUGUGUAGUAGGGAUACCGACAGGCAGAUAACAAACAAUAUGAAAGAUACACAAAAUGUAAAGUAGAUUUUGUCAAAAAAUAAGACCCCUGAUGGUGAGAUUGUUGCAUGGAGUGUAGUGGUCUGGGGAUGCAGCAGAUAUGUUAUAUUUACUUGAAGCUGUACUCCACGGGCGCCACCAUCUUCAUUUUCAGCAGCUGGCUUUAAUGCAAACUUAUUAUGGUCCUUAAAAUGUCAGUUUGAGUUCCAACCCUUUCGACUGUUUUGCAUACACAUUUUACCAUUUUUACUUCAUAUUUAGUUACUAACCAGUCCUAUGAACAAUACACAACUCAAGCCCCCUUCUAGCAGAUGAGUACAUUCAUACGGCUAAGUAAUUAGUUUUUGUGUUUUUUUUCCUUCUAAUUGUAGGUGUUUUUCUGUGUGUAUUGUUUAAGGUUAUUUAUUGGCAACUCAGAAAGUCUUUGUAAGAGUGGAGGCCAAACCCCACAGGAGUUUCUCGAUUAUAGGAAAAUUUUCUCAGAAUAAACUGUUGUCCUUAAAAACAAGUUGGCGUGUUAUGCCUUUAAAUAAUAGUUGGAGAGUCAUUGCUUCUUACUAAAAUUUGGCUUGUAGGUAGGAUAUUUGUAACAUUAAAAAAUAUAUAUAUGUAAAAAUAAUAUAUUCAAACAUGUAUUUCUAGAGUAAAUGUAGAGAAUAUGUGUGUCUGGAAAUUGAAGUUUUAGGAAAAGUACUGUGAAUAUUUGAUGUUACUAUAAUGAUCUGUUGUGCUUCUGUUUAAUGUGCAUGGGUGCUCUUAAAAGAAUACUCUAACAUUAAAAAUUGUAUAUUUUAUGUUUAAAGUCAAAGUGUUCCUUUCCUCUUUUAGAUUACUGCCCCCUCCUUCAAUAUGAAAAAGUAAAGAGCACCAUUAAGCUCAUAUGUAAUCCUGUUAUUGGGAUAGACUACUUGCAGCAGCCACUACCCUUUUCCUCAGAACAUCAAACCUGUAGAUCAUGGGUAGGCAGCCUUUGGCACUACAGAUUUGUGGACCAUAUCUCCAAUAGUACUCUUUCCGUCAUAAUGCCGGAUAAGCAUCAGGAGAGAUUUAGACCAUUACAUCUGGAGAGACAAAGUUUUCCUAAACCUCGUGUUGAUCCGGGUCUAAUUAAAUGCUUCUCAUUCUCUGCAUUCUGCCUGCCAGAUGCUUCUGAUCCAGAAGCCUCUGAUGCACUGACGUUUAGCGUUUCCACACUCUGCAUGGAGGCGCUGAACAUUUCCCAUAGAGAUGCAUUGAUCCAAUACAUUUCUAUAAAGAGAUGCUGGUUGGCCAGCAAUAGCCUCCAAGAGCUUUGGAUCAUUGGAUGAAUUAAAGGACCAUUAUAGGCACCCAGACCACUUCAGCUUAAUGAAGUGGUCUGGGUGCCUGGUCCAGCUAGGAUUAACCUUUUUUUCUAUAAACAUAGCAGUUUCAGAGAAACUGCUAUGUUUAUAAUAGAGUUAAUCCAGCCUCUAGUGGCUGUCUCAUUGACAGCCGCUAGAGGCGCUUCAGCGCUUCUCACUGUGAUUUUCACAGUGAGAAGACGCCAGCGUCCAUAGGAAAGCAUUGUGAAUGCUUUCCUAUGGACUGGCUGAAUGCGCGUGCGGCUCCUGCCGCUCAUGCGCAUUCAGCCGAGGAGGAGGAGAGUCCCCCGCCCGGCGCUUUUGAAAGAGGCAAGUUUAACCCCUUCCAUCCCCUAGAGCCCAACAGGAGGGGGACCCUGAGGGUGGGGGCACCCUCAGGGUACUAUAGUGCAAGGAAAACGAGUAUGUUUUCCGGGCACUAUAGUGGUCCUUUGAUGAUCACAACCACGGAGCUAAGCAGGACCAGCCGCGUUGAGACUGUGGCAGUGUGGGAGAAAUCUCUGGAGAGUGGGGGCCAGAACCUAUAUAUGGAUUCCAGCACUAUAGGGUCAGGAAUAGAUGUUUAUAUUCCUGACACUAUAGUAUUUUUUUGAAUCUUUAAAAGGUCAUUAUGAGGAAAGUGGCAAUGUUUUGCACUGUUCUAAAAAAGGGAUAGAAUCUAUAUACCAAAACCACAUCAUUAAGAUGAAGUAGUUUUGGUACUUAGGAGUGUCCCUUUAACUCACUUAAAUGUGUGCAUGCUUUAUGGUGGUUCUAUUUGUAUGAUUUUCUGUUUAAACAAGAUCACACCUGUAGAACUUAAAGCCAGUGGGUCCAGUAUUGAAGUGUUCUUGGCUUCCCCUUCACAUGAAUGAUUCUCUUUACCCGGAUUUUACUUGUCUAGGAUGUGAAAAUGUUGCAGUUCCUGAUUAUCUAAUGCGAGAGAGUGGCUGUCAUGGGGCAGUGGUCUCACGUAGUCCUUAAUUUUUAUCACCAUUGUGGUAUUGAGUUAUUACAUAAUCUGUACAAGUAAAGCUUGGUGGGAAAGUGGCCCCUUGGUACUUGGUCUUAGCUUCACCCCCUUCAAUAGCCAGUUUUACUGGCUGUUAGCAUAAUAAACCUUUGUUAGCUUGAAUGUUGAAUUUGCUUGUUCCCCAAAAAUGGUUUGAAGUAUGCAUUGGGACUGCAUGAUAUUAUUGCCAACAUCCUAGAUUACCACAUCAAAUUAAGAAAUAGUUAAUGCUGAAAUUCAGUGAAAUUUAAAGUCAAUUCCACAUUAAUGUGGAAUUGUGACUUUUGAGAUUUUCUUUUUUUUUGUAUAAACACCCCAAGUUAAGAUGUAAUCACGAAGGCUCUGCCAAUUUUUUCCAAAGAUGUAACUUUUAUGCAUAGUGCAAUAGGUGUGAUGACGUAAUAAUAGACACACUUCUUAAUCAUCCAAAAUUCACAUAUUUGGUCUGCCCUGCCAUGGGCUUCUGAAGUCCGUUAAAAGGCGCAGCGCAAAUAAAAAAUGAACUUUCCAUCCGUCCUGAUUAGGGCAUUUCUUUUAAUCAGUAGGAGGUGCUUGAAUAUAUAUAAUAUGAAAGAACGACUUAUGCUUUCCCUUUACAAAAUGGCAGCGGAAGAUUCAUGUGUUUGGAAUGAGCUGAUAUAAAACUGUUUCAUUUCAAAUGUUUGUGUAGCUUAUUGUAACAAUACUUGUGCAGCAUGUGGUGAAAUAAAUAUAUGGCAAAGAAAACAAUGGAUAAUCAAAACUUUUUCCUGAAUAGCUUAUGGAGGAGUGAAACGCCAUCCACAGUGCAUUCGAUUUAUAUAGACAUAGCAGUUCGGUGCGCUACUGUCUCUGGUACAGAAUAAUGCAGACACAAUAAACGUCUGUACUGUUUUACAAGGCCGCUUGUCUAUUGUAUUCAGCAAUUACAUAAAAUGUAAUAUUUGCCUGGGUGGAGGGGGUAGCUGGAAACUGAUAGAACAUAAUAUAUAAAAAUACAUGUGAAUUCUGUUGCCUUAGGGACCUAGGCAGGGAGAUAGAUACAUGUUUGAGUUCUAAGAGAUGCACUGAGGCACUGUUGGGUCUUAAGGCAUUAAAGCCUUGGAUUCUAUAAUGUAUGUAUGCUGCAUUUUAACUAUGAGAUCCCCUGGCUUAGUGUAUUUGGAUUUAACUUCCCAUAAUGCAGCAGAAAGGCAGAAUGGACUAGUUACUGACCAAGCAAGCCUAGAACCACGUUGUGGUCACAUGACUGCAUCAGUCACUUCUGAAUUACAAACUGAUUCUGGAAGAGAUACUGGCCUAACAACAGUUAAGUUUCAAGAGCUGGUUUUUGACUUCAUGACUUAAAGGGACACUAUAGUCACCUGAACAACUACAGCUUAAUGUAGUUGUUCAGGUGAGAGCUAUAGCUCCCUGCAGACAAUCUAAUGUAAACACUGUAUUUUCAGAGAAAAUACAGUGUUUACAUUGAUUGAUAGGAAUACCUCCAGUGGCCGUCACUCAGACGGCCACCAGAGGGACUUCCUAUCAUGUAUGGCCCUAAAAAGGCCAUGUACACGUCAGACGUAUUAAAAUACGUCUGACGUGUGCAGGAGAGAGAAGGCACUGUGUGUGCGCCUUCUCUUUCCUACCUGUCAGCAGAGGAGAGGGGGCGGGCAAAGAUCGCGAGCUGAGCUGUCAGUCAGCUUGCACCGCGCGCAUGCGCAGUAGUGCGCGCAGGACUUCAUAGGGCGGCAUGAAUGCCACCCUAUAAAUUAUGUGCGGCAAAGCCACGCAUGCGCACAAGGGAGCAAUGACGCUUCCGAAUGGAAGCGUCUGAUUGCUCGCUGCUCGCGCCUGCCUAUUUCCUCAUUAAAAUGGAGCUCGUAGCCUUGCUUUUAAACUUUUUUUAUUUAAUGUCCAUUUAAUGCUUUCGUAGGCUAUGUAUUUCAUUAAGCCAAUGAGAUACGUAAACACUUUAGUAUACAAUAUGCUUUGUUACACAGUGCUUCCAUGUUUGUGGAAAUACCUUCAGGAAACAAUGUUUAUAUAGAAAUGGUAGGUUGAGAUCAUAACGAAAGAACUUGAAUAGCCUGCAUAGAGCCCAGAUCUCUUAUUGAACAUCUUUGUAUUGAAAUGGACCACCAACUAGUUGCCCCUAGUAACUUUUUUAACAACUAGUGAAAAACUUUUCCAGAAAACUGGAGUUAGCAGAAUAAACAGAAAGGGUGGAGGGCAAUACUCAUUAAUGACCAUGAAUUUGGAAUGAAAGAUCUGAGUGGCAUGAGGUAUAACCCAAACACGCAGAGUCUAGGAUAGCAAUAACAAACUGGACUGAAAUACAUGUAUUACUGGUCCUUAGAGUGCCGGGUUUGACAUAUAAUAGAGAGCAAAUGUAGUCAAAUACAAGUCUAGGUCAGGAUAACAGAGAGACAGCGAAAAUAGGAACUAGCUGGAGUCAGGUACACAGUAAGACCACUAAACCUCGUAGACAAGGGAUAAAGAGAAACUCAGGGUCAGGAACAAUGCCACGGUCAAUGCCAGAAAUACAACAAUGUAACAAGGCACACACUAAAGGGUACUGAGAACAUAAACCACAAUAGGGCACAGUAAAUGGGGCCAAAUAAGUUUAAAUAGCAUUAUGUGUGAUUUUAUUGGUCCAAAAUGUGUGUGAAUGGGGAAGCCAAACUGACAUGGACCUAUCUGAGCCGGAAGUGACAUGACAUCCGCAUUGUGUCUUUAAGAAAGUACUUCAACCGCGAGCAGCAUUCUCUUCACAGGAAUUUAGGGGAUGCUGCUAUAGUCUCAAUUUCUCCAUGUACACAAACAACAUACUGAUAAGACUAGUUGUAAAAUAAAACAUAUCUAACACACAUUUAUAUUAUAUUUUGGAUAUACAGUAAAUACUGGAUUACAUGACAUGGUAUUUGACAUUUAUAGCACCAGCCAUUAACUAUAGGCAUCUGUACACUUAAAGCCUGUUCCAAUCAUAGUGCUUCCCCAUAGGAUUGGCUGAGACUGACAAAGAGGCAGAUCAGGGGCAGAGCCAGCACGAUUCAAACACAUCCCUGGCCAAUCAGCAUCUCCUCAUAGAGAUGAAUUGAAUCAAUGAAUCUCUAUGAGGAAAAGUUCAGUGUCUGCAUGCAGAGGGAGGAGAUACUGAAUCACAGGAUGCUGUGCACAGUGAUGCCCUGUGCUCUGCUGACAGCAGAUCUGAGUGGAUGGAGGUCCCUCUGGUUCACUCUGAGUGACUGCAACUGGAGGUGUUCCUAGCUUUCAAUGUAAACACUGUAUUUUCUCAGAAAAUACAGUGUUUACAUGAGAAAGGCUGCAGGGAGCUAUAGUUCUCACCUGAACAGCCUCAUUAAGCCGAAGUUGUUCAGGUGACUAUAGUGUCCCUUUAACUAUAGGCAUCUAUACAGCAAUUGAUGUUUUGUGAGCAUGUCUUGUGAGCACGUGUUUACUUUUCUUGGUAAUUUGUUUGUGGUAAGCAUCAUUGAAUUUGUGCAUGUUGCACUUCUGUAAAAUCAAUACUUGCGUAAACAAACAAGAAUGUACAUUAAGACUCCCAUGGUACAUUGGAUUGAUCGUUUAUCCCAUGCACAUUCUAUUACACAGCAGAAGUGCACGCAUAAUUAACUAUUUUCAUGACAGGAGUGAACCCAAUUCAUUAUUUUUAUUCAAUGGCUUGGAUCACCUCUUUUAUUUGCAGGGUUAGAUAAUUGGGGAAAAAACAUGUUAUCUCUUUACAUGCAUUGCUGUUCCUCAAUUGAAAGUUACAUAAAAAAGUCUGUAAAUUGCAUUGGAAUUGAGAACAAAAUUGUGUCCACCAUUUAUUUGCCUGGAAGCCCUGGAAAUGUCUAUAUUAAUUGCCUUGCAAGGAACACCCCUAAUUUCAGAAGCGUGUGCAUAACUGACAUAGUUUAUCUAUGAUAAAGUGCUUCUACUGUAUGUGACCUAGUACAUUUUUGUUUACAAUAAUUCUGAAUGUUCCUGAUAGUAAUUGAAUGCUAGGAUGUUCUUCACUUGUCAGUAAACUCAAAAUUCCAAAGGAAUUGCGAUUGCAAAUUGUAGGCCAGUGUGAUCACAAUGGAGAAUUAUCCAACUCAGAUAUUUUUUCCUAAAAUUUUCAGUUGCCUUGUCAGUUUUCAACAGUUGCCAGUAGUGAAUUCACUCCAGAUAUGUGGUGUUGGAAAUAAUUCCUCGAAUUGAUGUGCCCAAACACUCUUGUGUUUUACUUCUUACCUAAGAUACAUAAGAAAUUCACACCACCACCUUGUCUCGGGGAUCCAUCCUCUCACAGCAAAUCUGUCAGAAUAUUUUCUUCAAUCUUAUGUCAACAAAGUCAAAUUACAUUUGAAAGAUAUUACCAACAUAAGAAAACAUAUUAUGGACCUGUCAUAGAAUAAGGAUUACAUCCUAGUAAUAUCUGAUGCUACUUCACUCUAUACCAUAAUAGAGCACACUAGAGUUUGCAAUGCAGUAGAGAAUACCUUGAAACAGAAUCAAGAACUAGAAGAGAAACAAAAGUCCUGAUUAACUGCAUUAAAUCCAUCUUGACCCAGAACUAUUUCUGGUUUAAAGGAAGAUACUACCCGCAGAAAAAAAAAGUAACGGCAAUGGGUACAAAAUUUGCCCCAAGCUUUGCCAACAUCUUUAUGAUGUUCUACUGACUAUAUUCUUGAGUUGGUUGUUUUUGAUGUAAACUUAGCAAAGUCAGUUUAAAGUUCAUCAGAAAUCACAGUUUAGUGAAUAAACAUUUUUGAGGCCUGAGCAGAAACUAACUGAAGGGCAAGCUACUGAGUUUAUCUAAGCUUUUGCCUGUUCAGAGUUAUUCUCUGUUUUGUUAGUGAAUAAAUCCCCUCUUCUUAUUAAAACUGGAAUAUCAGUUUGUAGUGAGCCACUUGAAGUCUUGUAGGUGCUACACAUUCUGUAUAAAUUUGCCUGCUAAGGUGAUAUUAAAACAUAUGUCAUUUGCAAGUGCAGUCUAAAAAUGAACUCAAACGCAGUACAUACAGUACAUGAAUUCACAUGACGAAGGUCCAUUUUGUACUGAAACGCACGUCGGGCAGGUUUACUUUAUUUUGGACAAUGGACUUUUGAGCACUUGAGGGUGUUUUUGUUUUUGUCACAUAUGAUCUGAAUUUAGCAGCAGAAAGUUCAGCUGAUUUAUAUAGGGGGUAGAUCUAACUAGGGUUGACAGGCUAAACCAGGGGUCCUCAAACUCUGGCCCCCCAGAUGUUGCUGAACUACAACUCCCAUGAUUCUCUGGCUAUCUAUGUAAUUCAAAGAAUCAUGGGAGUUGUAGUUCAGCAACAUCUGGGGGCCCAGAGUUUGAGGACCCCUGGGCUAGACUAACAUAGGUAUCCUGUAGGUUGCCUUCAUAGGUGACCAAGAUAAUUGUAGCCCUAUGGCAAGUCUUCCAUAUCAGACCAGCAUUUAUAGGUAUCCUUAAGGAAGAUUUUUUUUAGUCCUAUUAGGUUGAGCCAAUAUAGAUUUAUUUAUCUGGAUAAGUUGGAUAUUACUUCGCCUAUAUGAGGAGAGUUAUUAGGGUGUAUGAGACCCAAUCCCACUGAUAAUCCCCUACAUUAGUGAUCUUGAGUCUACAAUUGAGACAUGUUCAUCUAUCUAGAUUGAAGACUUAUUUUGUUUCCUUCUCCUGUUUUUUUGUUUUCUGUGUUUGCAGUUUGUUUAAUUUUAGACUGACCUUGUGCAGAACAUGACAUUAUCAUAUUGUUUGGAGUGACGAAGAAAAAAACACCUAUUUGGUAUCCUCACUGAUGAUGAGCCAUUCAGCAGCAACUGUCUACCUUGUAACACUGCCUACAUAGUACACAAAUCCCUGUACUGUAGAAUUCAAGCAACAAAUAGUAACACUUUAAUGAGGGUGCUUAGUAAUAAAUGUUAUUAUUUUUUCUUUUUAGUUUUGCUCAGGUUACUUUAUAUCAUUGUUAGUGUUCAAUUAUGCCAGACUGAGUGUCUAUGCUGGUGUCAUAGAUACUCUGGUAUUAUUUUUCUUUGAAUAAUUAUCAAUUUGAUUGGGUUAAAGGGACACUCCAGGCACCCAGACCACUUCUGCCCAUUGGAGUGGUCUGGGUGCCAACUCCCACUACCCUUACUACUAGACAGCCACUAGAGGGCACUUCUUGAUUCAUAGCAAAGAUUUUCUUUGCUAGAGCGUCACUGGACGUCCUCACGCUGUGUGAGGACCUCCAGCGUCGCUCAAUUCCCCAUAGGAAAACAUUGAAAAUCUUUUUCAAUGCUUUCCUAUGGGAAGACCUUAGGUUUCCUCAGCCGGCGGGCAGGAUCAGUCUCAUCCACCGGCUGACGUGAUUACUGGGAGGAGCGACGCCGACCCGAAACCACCGGCGAGCGACAUUAGCGGGGUCUCAGGUAAGUGACCUGAAGGGGUUUUUACCCCGUCAGCUACCUGGGAUGGGAGGUGAGAGGGAGAGGGUCCCUCCAGUGCCAGGAAAACAAAUUGUUUUCCUGGCACUGGAGUUUUCCUUUAAGCCUUGACAGCUCUGGUGCCUUUUGGUUGCCUGUGAUUCAUGAGACUAGUGCUGGUCUUUUUAGAUCAUUAGCUUUUUAUUGUGAUUCAUACAGUAUUGAAGCCUGUACUAAAACAGGAUUAUCAAUAACUUAAACAUUUUACUGUCUAUGUACCUGGAUAAAUAUAAAUAUGAACCCGUUGCCUUAAAAUUUACUCACCACUGCCAGCUAUAGCAUACUCACCAGGGGUGAAUUUCUACUCUAUUUACUUUCCAAUGGCUAGUAGCAAGUACAUUUUAAACCCUGAUUUAAUGUGCUGAUAUAUAUAGAUAUCCUUGUACCUUAAUUUCUAAUAACAAGGCUUGUAUAAAGGGACGGUCAGUUUGGAUGCUCUUUAACUUCAAAAACAUAAACCGGUACCAAAACUAAUGCAAAAGGACAGGUAAGGACCUAUAUGGGUUACGGGGACAUAUCAACAAUUCAUUAGGAUUUUCCGGGACACAUUUGACAUACCACCUAUGUCUGCCAUAUAAACCGUAAAUAUUUUACAGAUUUAUGAACAAUGCCGUUAUGGAUAAUAGUAAGUUUUGAUAAGAAUUAUUAUCAUGUAUUUAUUUUUUUCUAUUUUUGCAGUUCUGCUCUGAAUUAAAUCAGCCAUCCCUACCCAACAUUCGUAAGUGGAAAGGAGUCAGAGGCUCUUGGAAGUGUGUCAUAUCCGAAAAGCCAUCAUCCUACCUAAACGAGGUACACAACGUCUUUAUUUUUAGUUACUGUUUUGUUUUGUUUUUUUAAUUUUUAAAAAAAAUUUAACUCAGGGAAAUCUCACUAGGAAGAUGUUUUUAAUUUGUUUUGGCACUUACCUCAUUUUUUAUUAUCAUUAUUUACUGGCCAAGGACAGGUAUCCGGUUGUUUGUUCAAAAUCCUAUAAUGCAGUGCCAACUCAUAAUGAUUGAGCUGAUAUUUAGAUAGUGUGUUCGUGUAUGUGGAAAUAGUUUUCUUUUUAAUUGUUAUUAUGUGUUUUGUGAUUUUGAAAUUCAGUUACGGGUGUAGAAUUAUUAGUAUUUCUUUAAUCCCUGCUUGGAAGAAACAGGUCAGUCGAGAUUAGAUUGCACUACAAUUGGUAAAAAGGUGAGCAUAGCUAAUAACAAUACAAUAUAACUUAGUAAGUAUUUACACUAUACUAUACCUUUUUAGCCUCUGACAUUUUUAGUUAUGUGUUCAGAUUGUUAAUGCUUUCAGCAUUUCCCACCUCCCAUCAUUACAUUUAUCCCUCAACUUAUGGAGACAUUAUUCUCUGUGGGACUGUAACAUCAUUUGUUUAAAGCAGACAGGCAGCAGUUCUGACUUUUAAAAUAGUCUGGAGUGGUGAUGACCACAUUAGUAAAAUGAGAAUAAAGUUGUUGUUGUUGUUGUUUUUAUAUUAUGCAACCCGAGCUCUGCCCACCUUUUAGUUCAUGGGUGCCCACAGUAUAAGAAUAUAGAUACAAAGUCCCAAAAUAUUCUUCUUUACUGUUUCAUUUAAAAAUAUUCCAUUCUUCUGCUGUAGAACAGUAUAUUGGCACAUAGACUCAUACACACUUAUGAACAACUCCACACACUGUAAUCAUGAUGAAGAAGACUAUUUGUAAACGGAUUAGCAACAGUAUGAGCAUCUGAUUUUGGACAUUGUAUCUAAAUUCUUACCUAUCGGUGAACACAGGAGUGGACCACCCUGUUAAACCCUGCAGGAGGAUUUGCUAUAUAGUGUCACGGCUUUGGGUGUGACAUUCAUUGGAAAUACACUUACCUUCAAAUAAGGCAUGUGAUUUUUCUUCCACAUUAGUAUUUUUGUUUUUGUCCACACAGGGAGCAUGUGUCCCAUCUGGAAAUUUGGCUUUUUUAAAUUUAAAUGGUCUCUUUUUCCAGUGCCAAAACUCACGCGGCGUGCCGUUUCCACAAUCGCCCCAUCCAAUGCUUCUCAUAGAGAACCCUUACGGGUGAGAUGUGCAUGUGCGGCAAGUGGACAUCCAAUCAAAUGCUUCUCAUAAGAAAGUAUUGAAUCCAAUGCAUACCUAUGAGCUGCAUUUGAUGACAUUUGACAUCCUCAUGGAGUAGAAUGUCACACGAACAAGUCAGACUUGGUUGUUGCAGCGCAAGUGCCUUUAUCAAAUGUCAGGAAGCCAGCCACAAGAGGCGUGUUUAAGCCUUUUUUUAGAGUGAUGGGCUGAAAUGAUAGAUUCAUUGAGAUUAAGUGGUUUGGUUCUGUUUAUAGGUUAUUAUAGAAAAGUGUGUGCUUUAUAUAGAAUUGGACUUAGAAUAUUUAUAUGGAAAUGUUUUAUGAUAUUUAAUUUUAAAAUGUCUAAUUUUCUUUCCACAAUCCCCAUUUAAAUGAAAAAUACCCUAUUUUUAAUUGGUCUUUGACCAUUUACCAUAUAUACUCGAGUAUAAGUCGAGUUUUUCAGCACAUUUUUUUGUGCUGAAAAACCCCCACUCGACUUAUACUCAAGUUAAUGUCUGUAUUAUGGCAAUUUACAUUGCCAUAAUACAGACCAGGACCGCCAGGCUCAUUACAAGCCCGGCGUUCCUGUUGGGGGCUGGCAGAGAGCUGUUACUUACCUUUCCUGCAGCUCCUGUCAGCUCCCUUCUCUCUCCUCCGUUCCGGUCAGCUCCCCUGUCAGCUCCACUGUAAAUCUUGCGAGAGCCGCAGGGAACACUCCGCGCGGCCGCGAGACUUACAGUGGAGGAGAAGGGAGCUGACCGGAAUGGAGGAGAGAGAAGGGAGCUGACAGGAGCUGCAGGAAAGGUAAGUAACCUCUCUCGUCCAGCCCGCCUCCUGCACAGCCCAUCCACUGGACCACCAGGGAAUGAGAGCCCCCCUCCCUGGCCAGGCAACAAGCAGGGAGGGGGGACGAAAAUAAAUAUAAAUAAAAAAUUUAAUAAUAAUAUAAUAAAAAAAAUAUUAAUAUAUAUGUAAAAAAAAUAAUUAUUAUUUAAAAAAAAUAAUAAAAAUGCCCCCCCCACACACACACUGCACUCAUACACACUGCAUUCAUACACACACACUGCAUUCAUACAAACACACUGCAUUAUAUACACACACGGCAUUCAUUAUAUACACACACUGUAAAUAAAUAUUCAAUUAAUAUAAUUUUUUUGGGAUCUAAUUUUAUUUAGAAAUUUACCAGUAGCUGCUGCAUUUCCCACCCUAGUCUUAUACUCGAGUCAAUAAGUUUUCCCAGUUUUGGGGGUAAAAUUAGGGGUCUUGACUUAUAUUCGAGUCGACUCAUACUCGAGUAUAUACGGUAAUUGGUCUUUGACUAUUUAAAGAAGGAAAAGUUCAACAACUCUGUAGCAGCUCUAGUACCUUUAUACUAUGAAGUUUUUUUAUAUAAACAGCUCUAGUACCUCAUACUAUUCUGUUAUUUGUAUAAACAGCUCUAGUACAUCAUACUAUUCUGUUAUUUGUAUAAACAGCUCUAGUACCUCAUACUAUUCUGUUGUUUGUAUAAACAACAGCUCUAGUACCUCAUAAUAUUCUGUUAUUUGUAUAAACAGCUCUAGUACCUUAUGCUAUUCUGCUAUUUGUAUAAACAGCUCUAGUACCUCAUACUAUUCUGUUUGUAUAAACAGCUCUAGUACCUCAUACUAUUCUGUUAUUUAUAUAAACAACAGCUCUAGUACCUCAUAAUAUUCUGUUAUUUGUAUAAACAGCUCUAGUACCUCAUACUAUUCUGCUAUUGGUAUAAACAGCUCUAGUACCUCAUACUAUUUUGCUAUUUGUAUAAACAGCUCUAGUACAUCAUACUAUUUGGUUAUUUGAAUAUAAGAAAUUCCAAAAUAGAACGUAAUGAUUAUAAGUAGUGAUGUCCCGAACGGUUCGCCGAGUGGUUCGCCGCGGAUGGCGAACAUAUGCGCUGUUCGGUCCAUCCCCUAUGUCAUCAUUGAGUAAACUUUGACCCUGUACCUCACAGUCAGCAGACACAUUCCAGCCAAUCAACAGCAGACCCUCCCUCCCAGACCCUCCCACCUCCUGGACAGCAUCCAUUUUACAUUCAUUGUGAAGCUGCAUUUUUAAUGAGCUGUCCAGGAGGUGGGAGGGUCUGGGAGGGAGGGUCUGCUGUUGAUUGGCUGGAAUGUGUCUGCUGACUGUGAGGUACAGGGUCAAAGUUUACUCAAUGAUGACGAAUAGGGGGCGGACCGAACAGCGCAUAUGUUCGCCAUCCACGGAGAACCGUUCGGUGAACCGUUCGGGACAUCACUAAUUAUAAGUGGUUGUUUUGUUUAAUUUAUUUGAUUUAUGGAUCUAAGUUUAAGCAAAAGUAUACCGUUAUAGUGAGUGAUUUAAGAUUCAUUGGCCUUGCUCAAUCUGUACAUCAUUUGACAUAUUGUAAACGGUAGGAAGCGACAAAAGCUAAAUGAUAUUCUACCACUCUGUUCCCUGUAUAGUUACUAUAGAAGUACUACACUCCUUCAUUAUUUUUAGGAUGGAAAUGAAAUAUCUGGAAUAUUCAAGCCAUGACAAACUGACAAAUCCAGAAGGAAAAUUUAGAUAUAUUUUAAAGUCAUGUGAGGUAAAGCAGACUCAUGAAAAAAAAAGAGAAGGUAUUAUAUUGUACAAGAACUGUACAAUGAAAAUGAUUGUAUUGAUGAUUACAUUUUGUAAUCACAGAUAAGUUACUCAUACUGCACUGAAAUAGUUUAUAUCCAUACUUAAAACCAGUUCACGCUCAGUGCAACAGCAAAGAACAAAUUCUCGCUCAGCAUUUAUGUCUCUUUGCCUCAUUUCUAUUUCUGUGUAUUUAAUUACAGAAUGAUUUUGAAAAGACAGUGAAUUUUUAUGACCGUCUAUUAUCUGUAACUCCAUUAUUAAUUUCCUGGGCCUGGUUUAUCUCUCUCCCUAUCAAGUUGAGAUAACCAUCAUUUCUAUAAUGAAAUAACAUUUUAUGUUUCGUCGUUAUGGCGUGUAUGACAAUGUGGGCCACAAUAUCAUUGCUGAAGCUGAAAUGGGGAGAAUGCUGUGUUGCUUUUUUUGUAGAGUUGCAAAAUAUACAAUUUAAAGGGUUAGCACAAACACUAUAUGCAUUUUGCAUUGCACCCCAACUCUCUGAGAAUAGUGGCCCCUAGUGGCAGAAAUCUGUAUUAAUUGUUACCAAUAUAACAUAGGCCAUCAGUGCUAUCAAUCAUGUUGGCAGUAAAAGUUAUUUUAAUUGUAUUAAUUUUAUAUUUAUUUUCCUCUGAGAGAACAGAGCUGAGGACUGCCCUGAGCCUCAGCCAAUACUAAACAUCCUCUGUAGUUUUCCUCUUUUAAUCUGCUGUAGAGGAAACAGUGACAUACAAAAAUGGAAGGGGAAAACCGGUAGAUGAAGGGACUUCCCAAGUUGGGGCUUACCUCUAUUUUGAUGCAUUAUAAAGGUUAUGCAUUGCAUAUUUAUAUAUGUUAAGAAAUCAUGCCUGUGACGAACCAGUGUCCUCAGGAUUUGCUAAGUUUGCAUUAGACCCGAGAGUAGGUAAAACUACGAUGCAAUCACAAAGUUAUGAGGGUGGCUUUGGGAAUUGUAACAUGGCAUACCUAUGUGAUGUAUUUGACUGGUUUAAUUAGAUACAACAGUUAUUGGUAACAGAGUGAGGAAGGCUGUGGCAGGAGACCUCUCAACACCAUUACCAUAUGCAAGUAGCAAAGGCUGUCAAUUUAAAGGGACACUCUUAUCAGCAAACCUCAUCAUAUCUUUGAAGUGGUUAUGGUGCCUGGGGUCGCCUGGUGCUAUCCUACUGUUCAGUGUUAAACCGGUUUUGAAUGGUCUUUUGCAGACUAGCUCGCUCUGCUGCUCAGACUUUCAUAUCAAUCCAAGCAGUAACAGGUGCCAGAGAAAGGCAGAGAGCGUCAGCUGAGCACUCUCCGUCUAUCACUGUUACCCAGCGCUGUUAUGAGUUGAUCUGAGUAAAAUGUAACUUCUUUCUAUUAAACCCUCCAGUAGGGGUUGAGCUGCAGGCACCCUCAUUUAGUGUGAAACCAUUCAACAUUUGUGUAAUAUUGAACCAUGAGCCAGUGCCAAUGGCCUGAAGGCACAAUAACCACUUCAAUGAAAUGCAGUGAUUGUGGUGUUUAUCAUGUCCCUUUAAUACACAGCUGGGUAUUCAUUAGCUUGUAGCAAGAGAAUGAUUUAAGGGCUAGCUGCGCAAACUCCAAAAGAGUACCUUUUAUUUUAUUUCCUGUGUUUUUUAAAUUAUUGAUAAGAACUUGAAACUUCAAUUUGCUGCACCCUUAAUUAAAUGAGCAAAUUACAUAAUUUCUAGAAACUCUUAUACUCAUCAGUGGCCCUGCUAGUUUGACUUUCAAAUAGUUGCACUCUGUGGAUUUUAUGUUAUGAGCAGAGUGAAUUGAAAACCUCUUCAUCUUGCCACCCAUUGUCAGUGUUACGCUCAAGGAUUCAGCUGUUGUUUAGUACCAAAAGGACAUUGUUAGACAGAGAGAGUGUUAAUAUGUCUCUAUAGUAAACAUUCUAUUUCACUAAAUGCAGACUGCAUCAUUUCCAGGCUCUGUCUGCUCAGCACAUUAAAUCUGCCCCAUUUCUUUCUUUCAUCAGCAAUGCAAUGGGGGAAUUAGAGCCAAUGAGAUGGCUCAAAUAAAAAGCUUUUACUUGCAAUUAAUGGCAUAUAACUUGCACGGGAAGACAAAGGCUUACAGUAAUGCUAUUUCAAGCAAUCAUCAUUUGUGAGAUAAGAUGCAAUUUAUAAGUUGUUGAUGCUGAGUUGACUGGAAGCUGCUUUACCACUAAUACCAGUUUAAUGGGAUCGUAUUGAUCAUGCCAGUGUAUUGUUUCAAGAUUUGGCCCUGUUAUUUUAUGGUUUCCUGUAAUAGCUUAUAGCCAUGCAAGUGUGGUAAUAAUCAGAUCGUAGGGCCUAACAAAGCUUUGCCAAGAUCACAAAUGUAAGGUAAGGUAUAUCCACAACAUUUAUGGGUUUAUAAUAAGUGUAAAGCUGUACAAUAACCACUCAAAGUGCUGAUAUCAUGGCUGCCUGUGUUUCAGUUAGAUCACAGAUACUGCAUGUAACGGCACCCCCAGGCAUAAAGGGGAUAUUCCCCUUCCAGAUACACAGUCAGCUACCAAAGACACCAAUCCACCGAACCGGAGAAGUAUACGAAUGCUCUCAAACAUACGAAUGCUGUAAACAGUCGAAUAGGAAAAACCAUACAAAAGGUUUACACUCCUAGCAGUCGAACUGGAACAGCAUACAAUAAAUCCCCCCAAGAACGAGACAAGGCUCCGUGUUGAGGGUCAAAACAGGAACAGACAGAGCUGUGGGUUUAUUGUUCUUAUAUACACAUUCUUACACAUUAGUACCACCCACAGGGUUUUGGAAAACAACCAAUAAACACGUACAAUACACUCAGACACUCCCACACAAAAUCAUCCCCUCUGCCUGUAAUACAAUUACAUUACAUAAUGGGUUAAUGUAAUUAUCACAGGCAGAGAAAUACAGUUUUUCCACAUUAUUCAUAACUUUAAAAGUAUACAUCACAUUCACAUACAAUUACAUUUUCAGAAUCAGCAUACUCCAAAUACAAACAUAUGUCAAAAUCAUCCAGAUUGGUCCAUUGGUUCAAAAGAUAGAUCGAAGUCCUUUGUGACCAAAUGAAACAUGGCUUUUCUGCCCAAAACCAGUUCCACAGAGUCUUCUAUCCGGAGAUAAUUGGGAAGUAAUCCAAUUAUCUCCAAGGACAGAGGCAAAACUCCAUUGAACACAUGGUAGCAAAAGACAAUAAAAUACAUAAAAAUAUAUAACUGUGCAGCUAUUGCAUAAAACAGGUACAUUCAACAAAUCCCAAGAUAGCUUAGAUCUUAGCGCACAUUAUUACUGAAUGGCGUUCAGAUCUCAUACACACAGUUCAAUUGCCAUGGAGCCAAAGUCUUUCACAUAGUCUUUCGUUAUACGAAUGGGCUCCAUGGCAAAGCUAUCUGGGGUAUCAUUAUUCAAAUAGGGCAAGUACCGAAUGACCCGGCUUUCGUCUCUUUGCAGGGGAAAAUCAAGCGUUUCAGCAUGGGGCCAUAGUCUAAAGGCAGCAGGCGGGCAACCAGGCUCCUCCAAUGCACAGUAGCCCAGAAAUGUGUCAGUCCAGUCCCAGUUUAGGAGAAACUUUCCAGGUUAUGUUUCCCUUGUGACCUGUUUCACACUGAUCUGGUGUACCUGCCUUGCCACGUAAAUAAUGAUGUAUAUUGUGUACCUGGCCCACCUUAAAGGGACACUCCAGACCCCUAAAGCACUUUAGCUUGCUAAAAAGCUUCAGGUGUCGAGAGUGUCCUAUUUUUUCAUUUUGCAGAAAAUGCAGACUUCAAUAGAAACUGAAAAAUCAAACAUGUUUAGGUGAAGACUAAAGAUGGAUGUGAUUUUUUUUUUUUUGUAUUUUUAUUUUAGAAAGCUGAAUAUUCUGGAUUUCUUUGGGACACGUCAGCUGGAAUUGAACUAAAGAAUGUAAUUUUACAAGAAAACCAACAAACUAAUGGCAGCAGCAAGAAUAUAUAUCCAUAUCCCUACAUUGCACAUUUCAAGGUAAUUCAUUAAUAUAAUGUGUUGCAUCACUUACAUUAAACAUUGUUGAGUGCGGGAAAUAGAAUUGAUGGCCCCGAAACUUCAUGGAACUUUCCCUGAUAAGGCAACCAAAUGUUGAUAAUUACCCUCUUACUCUGGACCUCCAGCAAGUCCUCUAUAUUAACAUGAUAAUAGUUUGAUAUUUAAUUCUUAGUAUUUCUAAAAUCAAGGUGUGCAUCAGCCCCACAAAAUUAAAAAAAAAAUAAUUCCGAUGUUUAAUAUUAAAAAUAAAUAAAAAUAAAUAAAUAAAAGCCUCUAUUUGGAAAAUUAAAACAUUUGCUACUUCCCACUACCUUGGAGUCCCAUCUCAACAUCCUUUGCACUGGUGCACACGCCACCCUGCUAAUCUUCAAACCUAUCUAUCUGAGAGCCGGGAAUGGCAACUUUACAACAUUCCUGGGAAUCACAUCUGAGCUCUGACUUAGAGUUCUAAACCACACACUUCCUUUCUCGACUUUGCCUCCCCAGCCUAGGGCUAAAUAAAAAUAUUAUUUGCCUGCCCGGCAUCUGGAACAAGGCAUGUCCUGGGCGUUGGACGAUAUGAAUUCCUCAUCCCUGUUAUAUAUUUUCUUCAUAUUAACUGUGUGUGUUGAUUAAGAUGGUAUUGGCGGUAUGUUGUAUGAUGUUCUGUUUAUGUUUUAUACAUAUAUUUUUUAAAGGUGUGCAUAUUUAUUUACAUUAUAUUUCCUCCUCGACAAAAUUGAUCCUCUGUUCAUCUUCACACAGAACCAUUUUUAUCUUUCCUUUUCAGGUCGGAACAAAUGAAGUAACACUGGUGAAUAUUCACUUGUCCCCUAACCUUGGGGAAGCCGGAAAGCACCAGAGUGACGGCCACAAAUUGGCAACCUUUGGCCAAACACUGCAGGAAACCCUGAAAGGUAUGCAAAGCAGCAUAAGCUUGAAGUAGGAACAUGACCCAGCCUGCCAUUAAUAGCCAUUCCAAGAAUGCUUCCUGGUAACCUGCAGAAAGCAUGUUUAUCGCACAACCUUCUAGCUUCGUGCUGGCAAUCAAUCACUGGGCACCUUGCUGUCUUUUAGACAUGCUACACUAACUGUAUCUGAUUGAUGGGUCCAUGCAUUAGUUUAGCUCUCAAGGACGAGCGAAAUACAAAGUGGAUACAAGAAACAAUCUUUAGUGCAGUGGUUUGAAUAUUAUUUCUAUAUAAAUAUAGAUUUUUACUAAAGCAUUGAUGCAUACAUUAGAUAUUUCUGAACUACACUCCCAUGAUGCCCAGCGAGCCUUAGAAAAAAUGGAGCAAUCACCAUGGAGAUGAUGUGGCGGGAGGUUUAUAAUAGGAAAACAGGUGCUCUUUUGGUUGCAAAAAGCUAAAUACUGAGAUAGUAUGUUGGUUUACAUGGAGACUGCUCGUAGGUUAGCACUUUGCCCCACAAUAGCGCAGAUUUUGUCCUUGAUAAAUCGCCCCCAUGGUUGGGUGGUAACAUGCUAUUCUAAUAAGCAUUAUUUUGUGCUGAGAAUCUUUCAUGAACAUUAUUGACCAUUGUGUUUAACUAAUGAAAUUACCAUUAUUUUAAUUGACUGAAUGAGAUAGGUAUAGAAGAGAGGAGAGGAAUGAGAAGGAAUAAUUCCAGCUGGGCUGGUAUAUUAUAAUUCUCCAAUACUUAUUCAGACUAUUUAUCCUCUAUGUCUGACAUGAUUUGUGACUUUAAACUGCAGUGCUGUCUCUUAUAUCUGCAGAGUGACAUUUCAGAAAUAGAUCCCUGGAAUUUCUUAUGCAACAUUAGGAGGUAUAAACAAGGCUUAAACCCCAAGAUGCAGGAUCCUAGAACCCAGAACUGUAUUACUGACAUUCAACGUUUGGUGCCUUUAUAACUCCUCCAUCUUUAUAAAAUCAAUUUUGUAUGUAAAAAAAAUAAAAUAAGGGGGGAUGGGGUGUGCUUCCGUGCUGACUGGACACAUGGAAGAACAGCUCCCAUUAUCAAUAAACAUUUGGACCAAUUUACGGGUUCUGACCGGUGUCUGGAGCUGAGGAGCGAUAACACACACUAACCAAGGGUGCUAACUCACCUUCUGAGCUUGAAAUCCGCACCCUGGUCCCUUGUGACGAAACAUCCAGCAACCAAUCCUGCUUGGGUGGUGAGUGGAGUAGUCGGCCGCCGCUCUGCUAUCCUGCCUGUCGGCAAUGGAAGGGACCUCCUGAUUUGCGUGGCUCCAGCCCCGUUCCCCCCCUCUGGGCCGGGGGGGAUUAUCCCAGUCCACCCUGGGGCCCAGAUAAUGUCAGGUCGCACUCACCUCUCAAGAUGGCGGUGACGCCUGCUCUAAAUCUCGAGCACUCUGUGAAGAAGGCGGCCUCCCUCGGGGCUCUUGGCGCCCUCUGUGGACAACCAUGGAAACCAGCACUUGGAAUACCUGUGGCUUUAAUGGUCUGACCCGGGCGCUAAGAAUCGACACCACAGCCCCACAACUGAGAGCACUUAGUGCCCUUCAGCUGUGCCACUAUAAAAUAUGAGUAGAACCACUGUAGGGCUCCUCUAUACCAACUACAAGCGGAUGACCCGAAUACACUCUGCAUCAACUAGUUAUACAACCUGGAUGGCAGUCUGGCGGUAUGCCGGAGGAAUCACAUCUGUUUGAAGGGACUGUGUCCUGCUGGUGGGGGGGAUUGAGUAGUCUCUAGGUGGGGACUGGGGGUGUCUCUUCAUGUUUGACUCGCUUUCCUUAUGCUAUUUUCUUUUUAUCGUCCUGUUCCACUGAUUGGCUAAGCAUAUGGUUGGGCUCAGGGAUCUUUAGUAGCGAAGGCAUGUGUUCCUCAGUUUUGUGAUAUCCUUCAGUUUCUUUUCUCACAUGCCACACUAUCUCACGUAGUUAUUUUUCUUUACUUUAAAACGUAUUGUUCAGUAUCUACGACAUAAGCAUUAAAUAAAAAUGUGCUAUGACCUUGCAUGCCAGACCAAUGUUUUUUUUGUGUGGUUCGCAUGGCUAGCUCUAGCUAUUGUGGCAUUGCCAGCCUGUCUGUAAUACCUAUGCAAGUAAAAUAAAGAAUAAAAAUAAAAAUAAAAAAAAUAUCUGUCUUGGGGCGUGGCCUACUGCGGAGCUGAAUGGACGUGCACUAGUUCAGCAAACCAAAACUCGAUCGAAAAUCCACUCUAAUCGUAGACUCUACCCAAGUAUGGGGAACCCUAAGAGACAAAAUUCCUCCCACAUUUAAUCAAGGAGAACACCCGCAACAAAAUCGGGCUCUCUAACUCGAUAUUACUACAGACCGCAAAUUGGAGGCCGCGGAAAACAAAAUGGCGAUGAUGGAAAUCCAAACGGACUCCUCUCCACCUAGUCCAGCACCAUCUGAAGGCUCUUAUAAAUCGCAGGAGAUGCAUCUCCAGCACGUAUUUUGGGUAUCUGGAUACAUUUUUGAUAAAUUAUUAGGAACAUAAUGCCAUCUAUUAAUAAUUUUAUAAUGGCUCUCAGUGAUAUUUAAGCAAUGUAUGGCUUUAAUUACUGCAUUAUUUGCAAUUAUCCACUCUUUUCUAGAGAUACUGAUCUGUAAGUCCUUUUCCCAGGAAUUAAGAGCUGGAAAGACUGGAAUAAUUUUAAAUAGAUCGCACAGGUUUGCACAUCUUGAUACCAAUUUUUUAUUACUCUUAAUAUUUAGUAUAUUUAAGAAAGAUUGUAAACCUUCUGAAGUUUCUUCUACUUUGUGUUUGUUUAUAAAAUGCUUUAUCCUUGAGUAUGUAAAAUUUUCUUUAUAUGGAAGGGAAAAAGUUUUUCUAAUUUGUUCAAAAGGAACAAUCUGAUUUUGUUGCAUAAUCUGAUCGAUUCUAUGUAUACCGUUAGCCUUCCAAGUUCUAACACUUAAGUCUUCAAUAUUAGCUGUCAGGAUAUUUAAUGGCAAGUCUUUAAUAAUUUUGUCUACAAUCUUGAGUCUCUUUUUCCAGUUUUUCCAAUGUAGCAUUAAAUUAUUAAUGAUUAAACCCGUGUAGAGAUUAUCCUUAUUGUUAGUUUUCCAAAAUACGGAUAAUAAAUCUGGGGCAUUCAUUCUUAUUGCUUCUAUUUUGGCCCAAGCUUCCUCCAUAGAACUCUCUUUCAAAAUUGUAACUAUAUGAGCCAAUGCGCAUGUCUCAUACAACUCUAGCAUGUUAGGCAAACCCAUUACUCCAUUUUUAGAAUUUUAAUUUUAUAUCUUUCUAUUGACUCUAGUUUUUUUUUUUUUAACCAGAUAUAUUUUUCUAAAGCAGACUGGAUCAUUGUAAGCCAUGGUUUUGGGACUUUUAGAGGAAGCAUACGAAAUAUGUAGCUCCAUUUCGGGAUUAUAUAGGAUUUUAUUAAGUUUAUCCUGCCUGUCCAUGAAAUCUCUGCGUUUCUUAAAUCUUUUAGUUGUUUAUUUGUUUCAUUAAGGGCAAUAUAUUAUUCUCUACAAGUCAUAUUUUGCUUUAAUCCUUGCUUGCACAUCUUUAGGUAAAUUUUUUGCUAAAAGCAUGGUUUUAUCUGUAUUUAGGUUAAAGUUUAUAUAUUUGCCAAAUUCUGAUAUAACUUUUAAUAGUUCCUCAAUUGAUGUUUCUGGGUCUGAAAUAGUAACCAAGAUGUCAUCCGCAUUUAAUAAUGUUUUUUUUCAGAUAUAACUCCCCUCCCUAUAGUUCUAGCCAUUGGGGCAACAUAGAGAGCCAUAAUGGCAUCUAAAAUCCAGCCCUCAAAUCCAAAGGCUCUCAGAGCCGCCCUCAGGAAGUCCCACCUGACUUCCCACAAUAGUGGAUAUUAUGGAUGCUGUUCAUGAGUCGGAUGUCCCACUUCUGACCCUGUCAUUGGACGCGGAAAAGGCAUUUGACAGGGUCAGAAGUGGGACAUCCGACUCAUGAACAGCAUCCAUAAUAUCCACUAUUGUCCUUACGCUAUUAGUAGAGUAUCUGUCUCUAAUAAAACCGACCUGAUCUUUAUGGAUCAAGUUCGGUAAAAUGAUUUGCAACCUGUUUGCUAAAAUGCUUGAGUAUAUUUUGAUGUCUGUAUUUAACAGCGAAAUAGGACGAUAGUUCUUUAUAUAUUCUGUUGUUUUUUCUGGUUUAUGAAUUGGAAUGAUGUUUGCAUAUAGCAUUUCUUUUGGAAUGUCUUUUUCCUUUACUAUGUUAUUAAACAAAUCUUUUAGAUGGACUAGCAGGAUGUCUUUAAAUUGUUGGAAAAAUACAUUUGAAUAGCCAUCUGGACCAGGGUUUUAUUUUUUUUUUAGAGUAUCUAUUGCCUUCCCGAUCUCUAUUUCUGAAAAAGGUUCACUAAUGGAUUUUAAUUGUUCCAUAGAUAGUUUUUUCAUAGAUUUAUUAUUCUUAAAAUAUGAAUCUGGGUUAUUUUGUUGGUUAGGUAGGUUGUACAAGUUCUGAUAAAAACUAUUAAAUGCUUUACCUAUUUGUUCUAUUUUAUAUGCCUUGCGAUCCCCAUAGUACUCCCCAAGAAAUUCUUCGACACGGUUAGGGUGAUGGUCACGUAAUUUUUAUGGUCGUACUCGCAUCCUCGACUGGCAAACUCUCUCCUUACCAAACCAGUGGGUGCAAAUAGAAACAUCCUUCUUUAAAACUCCCAUCCUGACAAUACCAUGGCAGAAGUCAGGCCAAAUGUUACUACGACAUAAACACAACCCGACCAUUGCAACCACGCUGAGAGAAUGGACAAACAUUACGCGGGUUGGGGAUCCAUCUCCAUACCCCUCCCCACUCUAUCCGCUCACUCACAACCCCCUCCUACAAGCAGGUUCCUCCGGUAAGCCAUAUCAGCUGAGUCACAACAAGCCCUACCUCAGACUCCAGUACAUGGUGCAAGACCACAAAUUAGUACCUUAGAGCACUCUCUUCUCAACGAAAUCACCUACAGGAAUGCAACACCUCUACUAUACACAGAAAGCUCACUUUAUCAGGAGUUUGAAGCUCCUGCCGGAUGGAGAUAGGGACCUUACAGCUUUCGAGCAGCUGUGCAUCUCACACAGCUUAAAGCAAAAGACACUCUCUACUAUGUACACGAUGCUACAAAAAGCACAUUCCCCUGAGCCCCCAGGGUUCACGGGGAAAUGGGCAGACGAAUUGCAUGUAGAUAUCACACCUGACCAGUGGCAGAAGAUAUUCCUUAGCGUACACAAGAUAUCUACGAAUCUCGUUACACAUGAAAGUCAUUACAAAUGGCUCACUCGCUGGCAUUACACCCCAACGAAAAUACACAAAAUACAUAAGGACACCACAGAUGCGUGCUGGAGAUGCGAAUAACCAGAUGCACACCGCACACAUCUGGUGGCAAUGCCCUACAAUUACAAAAUACUGGAAACAAAUUUACACACUGGUACAGACAAUCACGGCAACACAGUUUCCUUUUUCCGCAGAUCACCUCCCUUUUCUCUUACCCCCCUAACAGCGAGGACAGGGAUAGACCUGGCUACCCACUUACUUAUGGCAGCAAACCAACUAAUUCCAGUCCAUUGGAAACGGAUAGAACCCCCGUCCAUUAGGGAAUGGAUCAAAAGGGUAGAGGGUGUAAGACACAUGGAGGAAAUCAUUUACGCCAAGUCCGAAAAUGACACAAAAUUCACGCACAUUUGAGCACCAUGGAACACUUUUAUACUAGCAAAAACCAAUUCUCACUAAACGGCAGACAUUUCCGGACCGCACGCACUGUCGCUCAGACGUAGAUGAUAAAGGUGAGAGAGCCAACUCUCGAAUAUCACACAUCUCAGGUACUUAGAAAACACCACACCCUGAGGUAGAUAAUACAGCUAUUGAUACGACAUAAUCCGUACUGGUGACCAUAACACACUCCUGCGAUGACUCGACAUUCCUCAUUGUAAUGAACUACACAUACGCCAAAAAGUACGAUGCCAAAUAUACACUAUAAUUUUACCUUAUCUUUGAACCCCAAAUGUUGAACUGUUAACACAAAUAUGUUCUAGUGACAGAUGGUAUACGUAUUGCUUAUUACAAAAGACUUUGUCAAAUGCGAACUUUGAUACUGUAGAAAAACACUAACACUAUUUGCGAGACUGUUAUUCUGUAAAAUCGUCAUUUGAGAUCUUUUGUUACAUUGAACAGAAUGUUAAUGUGAACACUUUGGAAAACCCAAAAAAAAAAUAUUAAUAAAAAAACAAAAACAUAUCUGUCUUGAUACUGUUAAGACGUCUGUGUCAUGUAAAUAGUUAGGGAGCCUUCAGUAAUGUGCAGACAUAUUGUGGCUAACAUUUAUAGAGCUGACAUGAUAGGUCAAUUAAUUAAUGUACUGACUCGUCAAACCUCACAGUUCCGUGUUUCAUUCCCAGCAGGAUCACCUCAGCUUUUUAUCCCUGCAAACUCUGUGAAAUAAGUACAGUUGAGCUGGAUAAUAGUAAUAAUGUUUAUUCCACAGGAAAAAAAAAAAACAAUCUCAAAGUAUCCUUCCUGAUAAAAACAUUGAUUAUUAAAUAAGGGAGUUCCCAGCUAUGUUUAUAUACCAUCUGUUGGUCGGUUUGAAGAAAAUGCGUACAAACUCUGUACUAUUCUUACAAGUUACACAUUUUGGCAAAUUUGUUUCCCUUACAAAUUGGGGGCAUGCCAGCCAUUCAAUUUUUAUAUGUCACUUCACAAAGAAAGCGAUAUAAAUACUGAAAUAAAGUAAUGAGACUUUCUCUUCAUAUUGCUAUUCCUGCUGUUCCUCCCCAGGAGUUUCCUUCCUUGGUAAGGGGAUUGAUAAUAACUUGGCAGCACAUGUAGGAAUGCACUACAUUCCUAAACGUGGAAAUAAAACGUAUAAUAACCCAGGUUUUUUUAUAUAAUUCAGCCAGAGAUCUAAAAUCAGAAAAUGGAAGAUGAUAUAUUACUUUGGAGCCAAUGGCUCAUUCUAACAGCUAAAACUGUGUUUUGUUUUUUAACCCCUGCUGUGACAUUCCGUUUAUUCGACGACCCCCAAUUUUAGACUAAAAAAAAACUUUCAAAAAAACAACAUAGUCUUAUACAUGGAAAAAUACCGUAUUUAUAUUCUCCUUCAUCCUCUGAGUGUAUCAGUGUCACUGUAUCUACCAUAACUGAGUUUGUAAAAGUCAUAGUUUCAAAUUAUAAACAUGUCCUUGUUUCCAUGGAUUGUUUUGUCUGUUUUAUCACUUGUUUUCAGCUACAUCCCCUGAAUGCAAAUUAUUAUCUGUAGUUUUUGAUAUUCCUGAUGCUGUCCCAUUAUACUGUAUUAUAUGUGCAAAUAUAGCUCACUCUACCCCUGUCUAUAGUUUGCACACCAUAAAAAGUAUGACUUAGAAUAAUACAAUUUGCAUUCCACCACAUGUGAAGUGAAACUCUAAUUCCUAAUCAUAGUAAACAUAGUGUGCUCCAGAUACUCUGGAAUGCAACUACCGUUAUUCUCAGCAGUUCUACCUUGAUAACAGUUGUAAUUUUCAGUGUCUGGAGUGCAAGAAAUCAAUAUGAAAACUCCUUAAUUUCUUUAAAGGACCAAUAUAGGCACCCAGACCACUUCAGCUCAAUGAAGUGGUUUGGGUGCCAGGUCCCCCUAGUUUUAACCCUGCAGCUGAAAACAUAGCAGUUUCAGAGAAACUGCUAUGUUUACACUGCAUGGUUAAUCCAGCCUCUGCAAGCAAACUGUACAACACAAAGGUUGAAAUACAGUACAGGGUGCCACAAUCACAAAAUAUGAGGUGGUUAUAGUUACCAAAACGUAGAGUUAAGGAUCAAACUCACAUGAAAAAGAGAAACAGAGAAACUUUAAUACAUACAAAAUAUAAAAAAAUGAAAGUAGAAACACACGGAGUAAAUCGGACUUAUUUGAUGCUGGACGUCCUCAUGGAGUCCAGUGUCAAAAAAGAUCCCCAUAGGAAAGCAUUGCUUUCCUAUGGGUGGGUUUGAAUGUGUGCGCGCCUCUGCUCGGGUCCACUCGGGAGCUGACGUCGAUGGAGUAGAGGUCACCAAUGCCGAGGGAGCCCGGCGCUGGAUUACGGUGUCUAGGGCUCUAUAGCGUUAGGAAUACCUAUUUGUAUUCCUAAUGCAGUAGUGCUCCCUUAACUCCAAGCCUUGCUCUAAUCAUUUACUGUAACUUCCAUAAAUCCUAGCCUUAAUAGGACACUCCACUGUCCAAAUAAAAAAUCACUGUUUAGUAGAUACACCCCAAAUAAUAUAUGUAAAUUGAAUUAUGCUUUUUUUAUUUGGGGUAUAUUUAAAAAGCAUUUAAAAAAGCUGCAGUACUCUUAUCUGCAGCCUUUGCAAGCCCUCCCCUUCUAACCCCGCCCAGACUUUCUGUGUCUGUCCAAUCACAGACUUCCCAAUACAGCUCAAAAGUCUUUGCAAGGCAGAUUCUCUGACUCUCUUGAAUUUAGCUCCACUUAGCUAACCAAACCAGGAAGUAACCGGAUCACUUGUCUGAUUAACAGCCGGGGGUUGUGACAAGGUUAUUUUUUCUUCUAUUAAAACCUGCACUUUUUGUAAAAUGAAAAAAAAAAAAGGACACACUUUUCACAAAUAAAGCACUUCAGCAAGCUAAAGUGCUUUAAGGUCUGGAGAAACCAUUUACCAGUAAUUUCUAGCUCCACAGUAAUUCAAAAUCUUCCACCCUAACAAUGAGAAUAGCUGUAGUCCACAGUAUUAUGAGUGUAACCCUUUAAUUCAUUUUAUCCCCUUGCCAAAACCUAAACUCUUAGAGAUAGUCAAGCUAGUACUAUCCACAUGUAGUCUCGGUUCACAGUAUGCAAUCCUAACCAAUUAAAUGGCUGUUAACUGAUGCUGUGUUGAAAGAAAUGCAUUGCCAGGUCAAAGCUGACAUUUCGAACAUACCGUUAUGAACCAUUGCACCAUUCGGAUGUCUUCAUUUCAAAAGCAUUCCAUUAGAACUAGCUACUAUAUUCAGGGUAUAAACACCUACAUAUGAAAUAUAUCUGUCUCUCCCUCUCUCUCUCCCCUUGCACUCAGGCUAUAUAAGUAAAUCCAAUGCCGGAUGCUAUAAACCAGAGUCUGUAAAUACGAAAGUAUCAGGAAGAUAGCUUGCACUCAGUCUUUUUUAAAAUAUCAUACUUUAUUGAAAAUUAAUUAAAAAGUGGAUCAACGUUUCAGUCCCCAUCCGGGGCUGUCAUCAGGAUAUAUAUAUAUAUAAAAUCUAACUUCUGCAUAGACGGUAUUUUUCCUAUCACAGUGUUUUUAUUUUAUUGUCAAUGUACAUGUUUCCCAAGAGAAUAUCAUCAUAUGCUUCAUACUUGUUGAAAUCUACUAAAAACAUAAAUCACGCAAAGAAAUAGAGGUUUAGCGAUAAUAACAUUAGGGCUAACAUAUGGUAUUAUUAAAAUGCAGUGCGUAUUUAGUAAACAAUUAAUUAAUCAACUACUGUGUAAAGCCCCCUGCGUAAGCCCAUUAAAUAACAAAUAAAUGCAGCCUUGUUGUCUGCUCAUAAUUUUGAGCUUUGAAAUAUAUAGCUUAGCCAUUUCAUCCUGUCAUUUAUUAAAAAUAUGCUCCAAGUAACUGAAUGAUGAUUUAUUUACUAUUGAUCUGGCAUUGCUGGUGGAAUUAAAAGGUUUGUUUUGUCUUGUUGCACCCAAGAGCUAUGGGUUAUAUUACUAAUAAAAAUAUGCGUUAUGAGAGGCACACGUAACACGCCUGGGUGUAGAUACAUGGAAUUCCAUUCUUGUUGAAGUAGGAUAAAAUAACAAAUAAAAGGGUCCAAGAAUACUUGUAGAGAACAAUCAAAGUCUGUGUGAGAAUGCUAUCUGAAGCUAUACGUUUGAGCUCUAAGAUGUCACCUACAUGUAAAUGUCUGUGGUAAGCACUUUGCUUAUAUCUUAAUCUCAACCCCACCAUAUUGUUUUCCAAUAGAUAAUAUUUUAUUUAAAUGUUCUUGUUUGUUUGCUUUUCUAGUGGAGAAGGAUGUGAUCAUUUUAGGAGGUUUUAGCCUCCCCCCAGAUGUCGGUGACUUUGAUUCGCUGCGUAAAGAGAAGUUUCAAAACCUACUUCCAGCGAGCACCUUCACCAACAUCAGCACAAGUAACCCGCAGGGGAAUAAGUCCCUCGACAACAUCUGGAUCAGCAAGAGCUUGAGAAAAGUUUUCACAGGUAAGCAUUUUGUUACAAUGUAAUGGUAGUAUUGAUGGAAUGUGUUUGGGAUACAUUUACUUUGUAUAAUAACUACUUGCAAGUUCCAGAAAAAUUUUACUCUCAAGUUCAGUUGGGUGCUAUAGUGAGACGUGUGCUUCAAGUUAACUUGGGUAAUGAUUAUGUCUCUGCUCUGGCAAUGGGUCUGCCGCUCUCUAAGUAACACAGUGAAUGCCAAGUUUGCCACAAAUUAUUAGUGCCUGGGCUAUAACAUUUGCAUUUGGCUCACCAAAUUUUAAAUAGGUUUGGUCCCCCUUGAAAAAAAAGGGAAAUGGGAAGAAGAGAUUGUAGAAUACCUCUCAGCCCAAUUUGUGUCUGGUUGAAGGACUGAUAACCUGAAAAGCAGAAUAUGGCAUGAUUAUGCUUCUUCCUCUAAUAAAUGCAAUGGCAAUCCCUAAGCGCUCUCAAAGCACAAAUAAGACACAAAGUGCUAUAUAUUUAUGUGUAGAUAACAUCAUUAGUGUAAUUGGUACCGUUAUGUGGGAUUUCCAUGUUUAAAGAGACACUAUAGGCACCCAAACAACUUUAGCUUAAUUAAGCAGUUUGGGUGUAUAGAUCAUGCAUCUGAAAUCUCACUGCUUAGUUCUCUGCUAUUUAGGAGUUAAAGGAACACUAUAGUCACCUAAAUUACUUUAGCUAAAUAAAGCAGUUUUACUAUAGAUCAUUACCCUGCAAUUUCACUGUCAUUUAGGAGUUAAAUCACUUUGUUUCUGUUUAUGCAGCCCUAACCACACCUCCCCUGGCUCUGAUUGACAGAGCCUGCAUGGAAAAAAAAACUGGUUUCACUUUCAAACAGAUGUAAUUUACCUUAAAUAAUUGUAUCUCAAUCUCUAAAUUGAACUUUAAUCACAUACAGGAGGCUCUUGCAGGGUUUAGCAAGAUAUUAACAUAGCAGGGGAUAAGAAAAUCUUAAUUAAACAGAACUUGCAAUAAAGAAAGCCUAAAUAAGGCUCUCUUUACAGGAAGUGUUUAUGGAAGGCUGUGCAAGUCACAUGCAGGGAGGUGUGAUUAGGUUUCAUAAACAAAGGGAUUUAUCUCCUAAAUGGCAGAGGAUUGAUCAGUGAGGCUGCAGGGGCAUGUUCUAUACACCAAAACUGCUUCAUUAAGCUAAAGUUGUUCAUGUGACUAUAGUGUCCCUUUAAAUCACUUUUGCUUAUGUUUAUGCAGCCACAGUCACACCUCACCUGGCUGUGACUGCCACAGUCUGCAUGAAAAAAGUGGUUUCAUUUUCAAUCAGAUGUUAGCUUACUUUAAAAGUUUUUAUCUCCUGCUCUGUAAAUUGAACUUUAAUCACACAGAGGAGACUACUGUAUGGUCUAGAUGACUACUAAUACAUGAGAUAUGCAAUACUAAAUUAAACAGACUGUGCAAUAAAGGAAGUUUAAGCAUUAGAUCUCUCUUUACGAGAAGUGUAUAGGAAGGCUGUGUACGUCAAAUGCAGGGAGGUUUGACUAGGGCUGCAUAAACAAAGUGAUUUAUCUCAUAAAUGGCAGAGAAUUGAGCAGUGAGACUGCAGGGGCAGAAUCUAUACUCUUAUACUGCUUAAUUAAACUGAAGUUGUUUUGGUGCCUAUAAUGUCCCUUUAAGGGUACCAAAUUAAGGAUCAGUUUAGUAGAUAGCUCCCUAAUUUGGUAUUCUUAUGUAAAAUUUAAAGGGACACGGUAGGCACCCAAACCACUUCAGCUUAUUAAAGUGGUCUGGGUGCACUGUUCCAUGUAUCUUAACACUACAGUGGUAAUUAUUCCAGUUUCUGAGAUUAACUCCACCUCUAGUGGCUGUCUACCAGAACACCACUAGAGGGCUUUCUGGUGUGAAACAGACCUUUGGUCCGGUAUCUGAUGCUCAACGUCCUCAUGCUUUGAAUGAGGACCUCAUGCGUCCGAUUUUUCCCCCUUUGGAAAGCAUUGAUUAAUGCUUUUCUACGGGGAAAUCCUAAUGUGAGCGCAGGCAUUGACAAGGCAGGGGAAGAGUGUGGGCGGAGCCUGACCCAGCACCAAGGGACAUCUUCGCUGGAUUCAGGUAGGUGACUGAAGGGGUUUUAACCCCAUUCAGCCCUGCGGCGGGGUGUGGGAGGGGGGGCACUGUAGGAGACUAUAGUGCCAAGAAAACAGCUUUGUUUUCCUAGCACUGUAGAAUACCUUUAAGGAUACCAAAUUAAAUAAAGGUACCAAUUAUUUAAUUUAUAAAUAGGAACUAAUAAAUUAAUUGUACAUGGAAGAAUUUUCAGUCGUCAUUAUUCCAUUCUUUCAAUGUGCCGUUCAUAUAUUCGGAAUUCAGACGAAUGACUGAACGUGCCGAUAUUCUUCCUAAUUGUGAUUCUUCCAAAAACAAAUCAAUAAAGAUUUAGAUAGAUGCAUGAAUGCAUACAUGCGAGAUCAGCAUGUAUGUAAACAUUGACCUUUAAAUGGUGGGAUUCCCACAUCUAACUCUUUCUGUUUUGAUUUCAGGUAUCUCUUUAGUUGUAAGAGAAGGCCUCACUAAUCCGUGGAUCCCAGAUAACUGGUCCUGGGGUGGAGUGGCUUCGGAGCACUGCCCUGUACUAGCCGAAUUCUACAUUGACAAAGACUGCAAUAGGAAAGAGGUCAAUCCCAAGGCCAAUGGAGUCACAGUAGAAAGGAAUGAUGCAAAUACAAAGCACGAAAGAUGAAAACUCAAGGGAUUUUUUCCCUUUUUUGACUGUGAAUCCUGAACCCAAAACUUUACGCUUUGCAUACUUUAAAUACUAAUUUUUUUGUUCAAAGUACCCUGCCACAUCUCAUGCUGUAAAUGGAUAUUAUAUAUAAUGAAAUGUGUUAGAUCAGCCACUGUCUAACUUUCCAUCUCACCUUUGUGUGGACUGUUGCGGACAUGGACAAUAUAUAAAACAUUGAUAUAGAACAUAUAUGAGAAAAGGAAAAUACCGUACUUAAAAAUUUCUGUGAAACCAUUUUUUUUCCUUUUAUUUUUAACUGAUUCUUGUCAAGCAAUGCAAUAAUCUAAGACUGUAAAAAUGAGACCUUUAACACUGUCAGCAAUUUUUUCUCAAAUAAAUUAAUGAAAUUACAUGAA